AUGGAAACAGGGUACAAAUCGCCGUUCGUUAAGCCUCUGGUAUUGGCUUUGCUGUUCCUAGUAUCGAGCUGUUAUUGCGCGUUUAAAAAUGGAAGUCUGGCUGACUUACGUUUCACCAAAGACCAUUACAAUGCAACAAUUCCAGAAAACGCGCUUUUCAAAACAUACGUCCGAACGGAAGAAAAAAUGGGUAUUUAUUGUGCGGACGACGACGUCGUCAUCCGCUAUAAGAUAGCAUCCCAACAAAAGAUCAAAUUCUUCAAGGUCGAAGAGAAAAAAGUCGGAAACUUUUGGUUCCUGUUGGUCCGGACGAAGACCGAUUACGACGUCCUGAACCGGGAACGCCAAGACGAAUAUGUGUUGGAAGUGAAGGCGACCGUCACUUCGUCCAUGGAAAAGCCGAAAGACAGCAAAAAAAGAAAUAGUGUUUCGUUAGAGCUCCACGCUACCGUGCGCAUAUCGGUCCUCGACACCAACGACCUAAGCCCCCUGUUCUACCCGGUCGUGUACGAACAGACCAUACCCGAAGACGCGCCGCUGCAUUCCAGCGUGUUAAAAGUGUCGGCCGAAGACGCGGACGUCGGAAUGAACGGCGAAAUUUACUACAGUUUCAAGGAAAAGACCGAUCAGUUCGCCAUGCAUCCUAGAACCGGUGUCGUGACGAUCACUAGACUGUUGAAAUACGAUGAGAGAAGAACGUACGACUUCGUGGUCGAAGCCCGGGACCGCGGCAUCCGAGGGCGGUCCAAGCCAAGCACCGCCAAAGUGAAAUUCAACAUACAGCAAGUAAACAUAUACGAUCCCGAAAUUGACGUACAACAUUUGCCGCACGUGGUCGAGGAGUCCAACUGCGACAUAUACGCCAUUGUCAAGAUCACGGACCGGGAUUCGGGUUUGAACGGCGUCGUGAAAAGUCUGGAAAUAAUGGACGGCGACCCCGACGGCCAUUUCCGGGUCAAAGAAACGGGAAACGUCGGCGAGUACAAUAUCGUCGUGCUCAAAAUGCUGGACCGAGAGACGACGCCGAAAGGUUAUAAUCUAACGCUGAGGGCCUCCGAUUCCGGGACGCCCGAGAGAGACACGUACAAAUCGAUUCCCAUAAUGUUGGACGACGUCAACGACAACGCGCCCGUGUUCGAACGCGAACUGUACGAAGUGAACAUUGCCGAGACCGCGCCGAUCAAUUCGCCCGUUAUCAAACUGAAAGUGAGCGACAAAGACGAAGGUAAAAACGCGCAGGUUUCGUUGGAAAUCGUCGGCGGCAACGAAGGCGGAGAGUUCCGGAUAAACAAGCGGACGGGUAUGCUUUACACCGCCAUGGUGUUAGAUGCCGAACAAAGAUCGUCGUACACGCUCACGGUCAGCGCCAUUGAUCAGGGCAACGCGGGAAGCCGAAAACAAUCGGCCGCCAAAGUGAAGAUUUUCGUAGUCGACGCCAACGAUAACGAUCCGCUGUUCGAGAAAUAUCUAAUGGAAGUGUCUUUGAACGAAAACGAACCGGCCGGCACGUUCGUCGUAAAAAUCAACGCCCGCGAUAAGGACUCUGGUGAAAACGGUUACAUAUCGUACAGCAUCGCCAAUUUGAAACCGGUUCCGUUCGACAUCGAUCAUUUCACAGGCUUCAUAAAAACCACCCAUCUUUUGGACUACGAAACUAUGCGACGGGAAUACGUGCUGCAUAUCAGAGCGUCGGAUUGGGGAUACCCGUACAGACGACAGACCGAAAUGAAGUUGGUGAUCAAACUGAAAGACGUAAACGACAACAGGCCCCAAUUCGAAAAAAUCGACUGUCAAAUACAAAUUCCCAGGUUCACCAACAUCGGCAAAGAAAUCAUGACCAUGUCAGCGGUGGACUUUGACGACGGCAAUUUCAUUAGCUAUCGCGUGGAAUCGGGCAACGAAGACAACUGUUUUUCCAUAGACUCUACGUCCGGCGUACUAUCCGUCACCUGUGACCUUACCGACGUGCGUACGGAAGAACGUAACGUGAAAAUCACCGCCACGGACGGUUCGCAUUAUUCGGAUUUGACGAGCGUGCACGUGACGUUGGUAAACGCUAAGCGUACGCAAGCCACUGACGACGCAAUCAAUAUCGAAUGUCGGGAAACCGGUGUUCUCCGACGAUUGAACGAAGCCAUUGAAACGGCCAAAAGAAACAAUAUCGUCGAAGACGACAAUUUCGCCAUGAUGCCCAGCCGGUACGGCGAGAACAUACACAAACCCGAAUUGAUGAAUUUGCCCGUCGCAGUUCAGGUGAACGAGUCCGUACCGUUGGGAUACACCAUACUGGCCAUCCGCGCCAGGGAUCGAGAUUUAGGAUACAACGGCAAAUUGAUCUACGGGGUUUCGGACGGGGACGACGAUUCACUGUUCAGAAUCGAUCCGGAAACCGGCGAUCUGAACGUAGUCGGAUAUUUGGACCGGGAAACGAGAGACGAAUACGUGUUGAACAUUACCGUGUCGGACCUCGGCCGACCGCAACACACCACGUGGAAAUUAUUGAAAGUGAUCGUUUUGGACGUCAACGACAACGCUCCCAAAGUCGACAAGAGGGUUUCGAGCUUUCGGGUCAGUGAAAACGCUCGCAACGGCACGGUAAUAUUCAAAAUCAACGCCCGAGACCCGGAUCAAGGCGAAAACGGCCGGAUUGUGUACACGUUGAGCACGGACACGACACAGUUCGCGGUCGACAGAACGUCCGGCAAUCUUUUCGUGUCCGGCAAAUUGGACCGGGAACGGCAGGAAGUGUACGAACUGAAAGUCAGCGUUUCGGAUUGCGCUCCCGAACCGUCGACCCUGCGCACGGAAGCCCUGAUACGCAUCGUCGUCGACGACGUCAACGACAACGCGCCCGAAUUUCUCGUUCAGAACUACACGGUCAAGGCUCUGGAAGAUUUACCGGUCGGCAGCGUCGUCGCCAUAGUGACCGCGAUCGAUCCUGAUCUCGGUACGGGUGGCGUGGUGACGUAUUCGUUGGAAUCGGAGUCGUCGGCGGAAACGGACGACAAACUGUUCGAAAUCGACACGGUCUCCGGGACCGUGCGUACCGUGAGCGAAUUGGACUUUGAAACUAGGCAAAUACACACGCUAAUCGUACGGGCCGUCGACGGCGGCAUGCCGUACCUAUCGUCGGACACCUGGUUGACGGUAGAAGUGGUGGACGUCAACGAAAACGUAUUCGCCCCCGAGUUCCCCAAUUUUUACGCGAUGAUGGUUGUCGACGAAAACGAACCGCCCGGGACCCUGUUGGGCACGGUGAUCGCGACGGACGCGGACCCCCCGGGGGACGUGUCCAGAGUCGGAUAUUCGAUCGUUGAUGGCGACGGUCUGGGCUACUUUUCAAUCGACAGCGAAGGUAUUUAUACAAUAUUUCAUUGAUAAAACUGAAUAAAAAAAAUAGAUCGUAAAACAGUUGGACGGUUUUUGCGAACAGACGAUAAACUCAAUCCGAUCAAGUCAAAAACAACUUUUCAGAAGACAAUAAAACCGUUCCUUUUUUUUUUUUUUUAAAUAAAAUUAAAAAAAAACUUCGAUAUUUAUAUUAUAUUUUUAAAAAAAGAAUGCUUUUGAAUCGUUUUUCAAUCAUUUGUAUGCGCAGUGAUUCCGGGACCUUUGUCAAAGACAAAACCCGCGUUUGCUAUGAUAAUUUCAGAUCGCAAUAUCACGUGUUACCGUCGGACGCGACAAUUUCCGUACGGUUCGCGUGCCGAGAAGUGACUUUCGAUCGUCCUUUCCGGAAAACCGUCCGAUCUAUUGUUGAAAUCGGUCGGUGGGACCGGUAGGACAAUUCGCUGCUCUGGCGCGGUGUAAUAUUACAGGCUAUAGAUUUCCAUCGAGCAUCGUCGGUUUCGUUUUCCUAUAGGUUUCGGUUUUAUAUACGCGCGCACCGGCCGAAUCGAUAUAAUCCUCGAAAUCGCCGCGCCGUAACAUAUUGUGGGUACGCAGCGGCGUAAUAUCGUCCGGGGAGGCUUAUCGCAGGAGGCGUACGUGUGUACAAAACCGUUACGUUCCACGGACGAGAACUGCAAAUAUUUACAAAAGUCAACGGUUUUAUAAUAUUGUAUUGUGUAUCGUUGGAUUUGUACGUACGCGUGCGAUUUUGCGCGUGUUACGCUGUAUAAUGUGCACGCGCAAACACACAACGAACGAAAGUGGCGGUGAUCGUUAGAACAAUUAAAUGUUCGACUAACUUACGCCCGUUGUGCAGCGUGCGUGCGUUUGAAAUUAAUUCUCACUACUCGUUGCCGGUUUUAAUGGGUUCACCGCGCCAGGGUGGCUAAUAUAUACGUACACUACACGAAUGUUUACUAAUAAACCGCGGUCGCGCGCAUAACAACCAUGCCAAUAUCGCACACGCCGAUUGUGUUACUCGAAACGAUCUGUAACGCCGCCGUAGCGCAACAGCAAUAUUGUCCCGAUCGACGUUUCCGAACUCUAUUUAUUGCAGUUGUCUUGCCGUGAAGUUUGCGUUUUCUAUAACGGUAUGUCUAUAACGAUUCGUGUGUAUCGUUUCGAAUUCCCGUAAUGAAUCAUUCAAAUAUAAUCCGGUUAAAUCAUAACGUUAUAUUGUAACGAUGUAUACGAUCCCCGUAUCUCGUUUCCAAUUCCGUUAAUAUUUCACGUCGCCGGUGCCGUAGCCGGAAUUCGUUUUAGGGGGGAGGGGGAGGGGGGGGCUUAAUUUUUAAUGGCGAAUAAGGACAACAAAUUAGGUUCGCGCUGAAUCGCUGACAAUUUAGUUCAUAUAAUUAUACACAUUAUCAAAUCAAGAUCAUAUAAUUAAUACAUAUUAUCAAAUCAAGAUCGUAUAAUUAAUACGUAAAAAAAAAAAAAAAAACAAAAAAUUAGAUUACAUUAUUACAACAUAAAGUCCAAGCGUUUUCCAUAUUUUGAGGCGAACAUGUUAAUUAUUGUUUCAGGGUCGAUAAUUAUUUCCCGGCGAAUAUUCAUAAGUGCUAGACCAUUUAGCCUCGUCUCACUUGUUGAGCUUCUUAAAUAGAUUUUUAUUAUUUUUUUGUGUAGAGAAACUUCUUUCAACUGAUGCUGUUGAGACUCGUAAAACGGCUAGUGUUAUCAGCAAAACAUGAAUAUUUGAAAAUAACUCUUUGAGGCAUUUGAUAGAACGUCUAAAGGGUAUUUUUAAACCAUUUUCGGUUCCACGUUGGGCCAUUUUUUUUGCCACAAUUCAAAUUCAUUUUUUAGUAAUACCAUCAAUAAAUCAACAUUAGUGUUUUGAGUUUACAAAACUUCUUUGUAAAAAUCAAUUGCUUGCUUUAAAUCAUUAAAUGAAGAAUUUUCUAUAUUAUUUGGCAAUAAACAAGAUGAUGAAACGAUAAUAUUUGAGUUAAAUUUAAAUCUUUCAUGAAAUGAUGCCGGUUUACGUAAAAAAAAUUGAUUGCCUAAAAUAAGAAAUCCAGUCAUUAUUGUGUAUAUAGUUUGAACGAUGUUUAUGAGUACCUACUACUCUUGGUGUAGUCGGAAAUAUACCUAAUUUUUCUCCAAUUUUACUAGCUCGAUAAAAAAAUCUCAAUGAAUAUUUCUUCAUUUCUUAUUCUUUGUAGUUUUUGCACAGUUAAUUCGACUGUUUCCAUAGCUGUUAAAUCUAAAUUUUCUUUUUAAAGGAAUCUGGAGACAGAGUGUGCUACUCCAAGAAUUGUAUCCAUUGUACAUACAGUUAUUAUAAAAGAAAAAAAUACACAAAGAUUUAUGCAAAGAAUGAGCAACUUUGUUCUUUAUUUCCAUAAGUUCUUCUAAUGCACUUACAAUUUCAUAAAAACCUUCAACAAAUAUCAAAAUCGACUCGUUACGUUCCACCCACCUCGUUUCGAAAAAUUAAUAAAAUUAUUGUAGUCUGAUAUUUCGAGGGAGGGGGGACUUCCGGGCUCAAGCCCCCUGGAACAGCAAGUCGCAACUACAUUACAUAUACAUAUUUGUAUUAUUUGCGAUAAUUCAAGCCGAAUAAUAUCAACAAUUGUUUUUUAAAUUUAUGCUGCAAUAUUUUUGAUUUUUUGAUCCGUGGGAGGGUUUUUAUUCUCGGCAGCUAUUUUCAUGAUACGAACGACGAAGCAUACCAACUUAUCUGAACGAAAAAUUAAAAUGUAAUAUUGCAGAGGACAAUUUUUAUUUUUUUUUUUUUUUUCUACUGGCUUAUACAACACUCUUAAGAGUUUUUGUCGUCAAUACAAUAUUACGCCACCUAUCCCUGUCAUGCACCAAUUCUCUCCGUGUAUCUAUUGAUUUCGUUGGUUUCGCGACAGUGUUUUAUUCUAAGGUAGGAUCGUCAGUCCUACGCUAAAUCCCCAACCUAAGAACCAGAAACCCCCUGGGUGAUGAGCAUGCUACUUUUCCUGCGCCAUUGUAUACCCACGUAAAAAUGUAUACUGUCUCAAAAGAAACGGAAAAAAUGCAUAUAAGAUAUAAAUAUGUAUCAACGAGGGGAAAAUGCUGAUGAGCUGAGGACAAUGAUUCUAAUGAACUGGAUAAAAUUAUUGAAGUUAUCAGAAGCCGAAAGACAUAACCACGAAUUUAGAUUGUAAGUUUGCCUAACGAGCUAUGAAAAAAUUACAUCUAAAGUGACACUGUUCUAAUCGCAGUUCUGGUCAUAUUAUUAUUAUAAUAACAGUGGUUUGGUCCCAUAUGAAUUUCGCCUCAAAAUUACAAAAUAACAAAAUACGUUAUUGAGAAUUGAAUAAAAUUUUAGGUAGCACUGAUGACGUUUAUCGUAACGAAACACCGUUACACUUGUUUACAUUGUAUAUAUCAUGUGUUUUAUCGUUGAAAAGUGCGCUAGUGCGCAGGCAUAGUACACCACAGUAUAAUAAUUACGUACGGGGCCCGUUUAUCAAAAAGUUCGUUGGUACAAUUGGCUCCCGCCAGAGUACAGAUCCUUCGGAUUUAGAUCCCGAUACGUCUACUGAAUCGCCAAUAAAAACGUUAAUCGCGCGGCCGUCGAUUAUAAUAUUGUGAUGUCCUCUCGAAAGGAACUAAUAAUAACCGCGAAGACUAUACACUCGCUUUAAGAACUUAAACCGACUAUACCGUCGUAUAAAAGUUUUUGUAGUUUUUCCCGUGCGCUUUUUAUUUUAUAUACCUAUAUUGACCGGAGCAAUAGCUUUUUUCAUUAGCCGCGGGAUUAAUACUCGGUAAGACCUCGUGGGACGCAUAUUUCAUUUAUUAUAUAUAAAAAGACAUUACAAAGAGUUUUCAUUUUUCAUCGCUGCGUGUGUUUUUGUGCGCCCAAAUUGAUAUUAACCAAAAGACACGAAAAGAAGAACAGUAUUAUGCGACGAAGCCAUUGUGACAAUUUUUUUUUUCCGGUACUAUAAAUUAACAUUUUGUUUUUCUUAACGGGGAGAGUACCUAUAAUAAUUCACCUUCAAGCUAUGCGUGGCGUGUUUUUAAAAAGAAAAUCUAUAGCUAUUUGUUUUCUGGUAUAUAGACGAUUUAUUAUUGAAAUGUAAAGUUGACCGCAAAGUAUAUAACGCGUUUUUUAUAUUAGUUUUACAAUGGUGUGUUUUGGUCACAUAAACUGAAAUUCAUACUGGUUCUUUUUAAUCGUUUGGUCGAUUAUUAAAACAAAAUAUAUGAUUAUCGAUAAAUGACCGUUAAUAUAUUACCUAUACAUAAAAAAAAAAUGUCCUGGUCCUUUAAACAUAGAUAAACAUAGAUAGGUAAUACCUUAUAGAUACUUUAAAACGAAGAAAAAAAGACUAUACUUAAAAGGUAUAAUUAUCGACUGGGCGGGUUUUUUUUUUUUUAAACCCCAGGCGGUAAUUAAGUCUAAACGAGAAAAGGAUCACCGGCACACCUCGUCUGCUCUAAUUUACCACACACACACACACACACACGAACCGAGUUGGCGCCAUUCCGCGAAAGAAAACCUACGGAAAAAAACAGUUAUCUCCUUCGUAUUCUUUUUUCCCCUUCUUCCCUAUAGCUGGAAUUUCUUUUUGUGUCAUACCAAUGAUCCGGGCCGCGUAUACGGACCUUCCCAAAAGUAAUGGGCUUGGCGUUUUUCCAGUUUUCGCGUUCUCUCUAUGUAUACACUUGAUUGCUUAUCAACGUAAUGCCUCCCCCCCUCAACCCUCUUAACUUUGCCACCCGACGAUAUUUUUUCAUUCCGCGACACCUAUAUAAAUGUAUAGGAAAUAGGAGAUAUUUAACUUCAUAUUGGUAAUAUAUAUAUAUGUACACGUAGUAUUUUUGGAGAAUUAAACGUAAUCGUGCGGAAUAGGGUUUUUGCUCUUUAUAUCGGCACGGCCAAAACGGGAGAAUUGAUAGCGCAAUUACUAUCGUACCUACCUACUUACCUACCAUACAUGUGUAAAUAUAAUAAUGUCCUAAAGACUUAAGUAGUAAAAAAAAAAAAAAAAAAUGUUUAAUUAAAUUAGUAAUAUAAUAUAUAAUAGUAGUUCGAUAAAAACUAAAAUCUGAAAUUUUAAUUAAUCAAUCCACCACCGUCGACUACACCAGUACGCGCGCGAUAGCGGCGGUGGACUUUCUGCAGAGAAUAUAUAUAUGCAUAUUUUUUUUUUUUUUUUUAAGCCAGCAGUAUAGGGGUACCACUAGAGUCUAGGGGAAGUGAGAAAUCCCAGAAUUUUGAUUAAAAUCUGAAUUACAGGCGGUGGCUACCCUUAAUAGAUCCCUAGGGUCGCCGUCACUGUGUCGGCUGCAACAUUAGGAUACGCUGAUUAAAAUAUUUAAAUAACCCGACUACACUCCGUACUGGUACUGCGAAGACUUCAAGAAAAAAUAUUUGACUUCCUCUACCUCCCCAGCCCAUAAUCUUAUACUUGCUCUUAUUAAAAAAAUAAAUUCCGAUACGCGAUAUUCGUGUUUUUAAUAUAUAUAUAUAUAUAUAUAUAAAUAUUCUGCAACGCCCUUUGCUAAAUAUUUCAAUGGUCGUCGUCGUCGUAUAAUUUUUCGCCGACAACGUGAAAAUUUAUAUUUCAUCGAGCUGCGAAAGAAAAUAAAAAAAAAAUGAAAUAUAUCUUUAAAUAGUAAUAAAUAAUAAUUAGAGUUUAAUGAUAAAAACGCACGGCAUUUUUUAUGUUUUGUUUGUUUUAUUUUCCUUUCUUUCGAAAUGAUAUUUUUUUUUUUUUUUUUUUACGAGUAAUAUUAUCCCAUAUAAAGUCGUCAUCUUCUUUGUUUUACUUAUUUAAAAUACAAACAUUAAACUUAUUAAAUAAACAUUAUUAUUAUAUUAUAGCAGCUGAAGUUUGCAGUCGAAUUUGGUAUUCCACACAAUGUAUAAUAAUAUAAUAUUCCAAUGAUGCAAAUAUACAAUAAUUUUGAAAACUUCUUUUUUUUUUUUGUUAAUAGCUCAUCUUUCCACUCGGUAACUAUAAAAUAUGACAAAAAAAAAAAAAAAAAUUUACAUAAUGUAAUAGUGUUAACAACAAACGAUUUUCCGAACGACUAAUUCGCAUUUCAAACACACCGUUUUUCGCUUCGUCGAUUUUAUAUAAAGAAUAUUGUCGCUCGGCGAUGCCUUUACGCAUAUUAAGUAAAAACUGAUUUAAUUUAUCCAAAUUAUAUGUACGUCUCUUUAUGUAUAUACUUGCACAUUAAAAAGUUAUACCGACGGUUUCAAUUUAAAUUGAAAUUUCCCUCGCCAUCGUAUAUACGCAUAAGGUAUAUAUUGUUGUUUUCCAUAUUAUAUAAAAUAAGUGUACAGAUACUUUAUUUUAUUUUUCGUAUUUAUCACGUCGAAGACGUAACUUUUUUUAUUGUCCAUUUUCAAAAAUUAUCCUCUAGUUUUUUGUUUGCUUCUUGCGGUAGUCAUAAUUGACACUCCGCGUGAACAAUUUUUUAUUCCAUUUUGUGCCCAUUUAGGUACCAAAAUUUUAUUUGUAAAACAAAAAGUCUUAUUGUAUUAGAAUUUCUUUGUUUUCUGAAGAUUUUCUUUAGAUUCUUAUAUGCGUAGUGAUUGUUAUCAAAGCGUUACUGUGGUGUUUUUUUUUUUUUUGUGUGUGUGUCUGUAAAAGACUUUUCUACCAGAAACCAGACUUUUUUUUAGCAUUUUUGAUCUAGCUGAUACAUUUAAAAAAUCAUUUUUUUGAUUUUAAUUGUAGUUUAAUUAAUAAAUGAGAAGAACUGGCAAUUUUUUAUACUAUAAUUGCUGUAGACUUUUAAAUUGCCUUGGUAACAAGGAGAAAAUGCUACUAAUAGUACUCAAAAUCGUUUUUCAUGAACAAUUGUUAAUCGUUGCGUACACAGAUACAAAUAAAUUUACUCCAUAUAACCUCCCUUCCAAUCCUAAAAUAGUGAUACGCCCAUGACCCAUCAGCAGUGUCAGCCUUUUUUUUUCCAAUUACAAGUAAAGUAUUUUUAUCGGCCGCAAAUCAUAUACUUACGACAUUGUCGCAACCUCUUUGUUUGGAAUAUUUAUCGUAACCGUUCCUCCUCUUCUAUAUAUAGAAAUAAUAUACGUACGUAUACCAUUUGUUGCUCCGUCCUGCAAAAGGCUUAAUGCGAAAAAUAAUCGCUAAAAUCCUGUGUUUUUUUUUUUUUUUUUUAACACUUUUUCACAACGAAAAAAAGAUCCCAUUAGCGAUGGAUAUUCUUUCGCCAUUGAAUUGUUCGCCGGUCGACAGGUGAGAGUACCUUUUCCAAUGAUUAAUGGGACCCGCCAUUUUGCCGAGUGUCAUUUAAAUUUUGCCCAAAAGCGUUCUUCAAAAAAAAAAAAUAAUAAUAAUAGUUAUAAUAAGUACAUAUUUAUUAUACCGUUCGUACAAUAUCCUGUUUUGUGUUCCACCUCUAAGUCCCUUUUUUUUUUUCUUUUUUUUUUAGUAAAGGUAGGAGAGGGGUUAAAAUUUCUUUUAUAUUACCCGACGUCGAUCAACCCGUGGCGUCGUUUGUCUGUUUUUUGGGGGUCUUUUUUUUUUUUUUUCGAGAGUCCUGUUCAAAUCGCUUGUCACCGCGUUAUAUAGUAUCGUACAAAUGUUGCACAUUAUCUGUACGUUCAUCUUUUUUUCUUUAUUUUUUAUACAUAGUCUCUCAAAAACAAACUGUAUAAUAUUAUUGGUGUAUAUCGUAAGUAUAUAAUAUUUUCCAUCCGCGUAGAAAUCUACGCAUUAAAAACGCGGAUUAUUUUUAUUUCAGCGCAAAUGUUUUUUAGUAAUAGAUACAUAUCAACGUAAAUUAAAGAAAUUUAUUUGAUUUCAUAGUUAUUAAAAUUCGUAGUAUAAAAACGUAAUAUUUCAAAUUAUAUCCAGUGGAAAACAACAAGUCUACAUGUGUAUAAGAUUCAUUCGCUUGACCGACCAGACUGGAACAGGCCGGGCGAUAGUUACUGAGUUGAAUAAUAAAAUAGUUCGUGGACCGGCAAUGUAGCGGACGUGGAAUAAAAAAACGCUGAAAAACGACCCGUUAAAAAAUUAAACAGGUGCAGAGCUUUUAGUGCAGCGUAUGCGAACUUUUCAUGGCUGCCUUUCACGUAUUUAUAUAGGACGCGACGAAGCAUUUCGAUCGGUAAAGAAAUUACUUCGGUCGAGUAUUUUUUUAUGUGCCUAUAAUAUAUCGGAACGUAUUAAUAUAUAAUUGUUUGCGGUGUUAAUGAAGAAAGUAAAUUUUCAACGGGCAAAAACAAAACCCGAGAACUUGCAUCCGUGGGCAACCUAACAAUUAUUUGCUUUAUAAUCUGAUAAUAUUAUAUUUUCAACGUUUUCGAAUUCGUAUAACUUUUUUCAUAGCCAUAUACGUAGAAUCGAAAAAAAAAUAAUAUCUGAAUAAAACUUGAGUUUAAUUCGAGGUUCUUAGAUUUCAAAAUUAAUGAAAAUGUAUUUUCAAUUCCGUUUUUAUUUUCAGUUAAAAAUUUCCCAGAAAAUAUGCAAAUGGAAAUUGUCGAUUUACAGAGCAAUGCCUACACAUAGAGUAGCACAAGAAAGUAUAAUACCGUUGAAGUCUAUAGACGUAGAAACAUAUUCUAAUUUACGAAACAAUGUUUUAAAAAUGAUGUUUCCUUUACCUACAAUGAUGAGUAUACUCGUAUUUGUACACGGAUGAAAAUUAUCAAAUAAAAAACCAAAACUCACACUCACCUGAGGAUUGCAUCGUCUCAAAUUCAACUAAAUAUAGACAAACUAGUGAACGUCCCACUAAACAAAUUUUAAAUAUUAAACUGUAUGCUGUAAUAAUAAUAAAUAAAUAGUUUGUAAUUUCAAAUUUAAUCGAAUGUGUUUCAACCGCCCCGUAACGUAUUUACAGCCCGUAUCCGACCUGUAUUCGGCCUGUAGGAUAUUUGUAUAAAUAUGCAAUCCGUCUUUAUUUUCCCUGGAAUAGGUUUUAAGUUAACAUUGAGGACACUAAAUCCCUUGGCGCAGUAUUAUUAGGUUUGGACCAACAAGUUAAUGUUUCGUAAAACUCUUUAAAACUGGAUAUCGGGUAAUAUAGGUAAUAUAGUGUGGAAAAGCCGUAUCAUUAAAAUAUUUAAAAAAAAAAAAAAAAAUGUUCAAAUUUUACGAAAUCGGAAACAUUUGGAAAACCGUCACCAGUCCAUUUAAGCAAACGGUUUUAUCAUACUGUAUUUAUAACUGUAUAUAUACUGUAUUGUGAAAUUGAAAUAUAAUCCGCGAUAUCGGAUUAAAUUCAAAAUGUGUAUAUACUUCGUAUAUUGCUCGGUGUAGUGCGUGGGUUUUCUCGAGCCGCCGUAACGUCAUCGCGGAUUAUUAUCAUAUAUCGAGGGGACGAAUUUUGGUCGAAAACACACUCGCGGUGUACGAGAAUAAUACGUGAAGUCGAAAGUACUCGCGUUUGCAGAGAUAACUGACUGAUUUUAUAUACUUUUUUUCUUUCUCGCCCUCCGAAGAUUCGAUGCUCGUCCUUCCCUAAUACCAAAAAGGCGGCAAUGGUGAUAGUGGGUUCCCUUUACCCCUCUGUCUGUCCGUGGACUACAAUACAUCCGAUACGGCCGGAAUAUUGACAGGUUUCCCGCGCCUCGCGUCCGUCCGUCGACUCGUCGUCGCGGCGAUCGACACAAUCGAAAAAUUUCACAAAAGCCAAAAAAGAACACGCGGCCGCCCCGGCGUGUGUGUUUGAUGGAUGGACACGAUAACCGAACGCGAACCAUCAUUCAUUUUGUUUUGCGGAAUCGCGUUAAGUAUAGCGAGGUAUAGGUGUUGUAGGUGUACGGGAAAAUCAACGCUCACGCCACACGGACUUUAAAAUCGCCCGAAAACGAACACUCUUAUCUGCUGCGCUAUCCGGGCCGCCCGUAAAUCACUAUACGCGAGAUAUGUUAUCAGAGUCGAGCAAACAGAACGUUCGUAUUCUCAUUAUUUAAUAUUUCCGACGGGUUUUUAUGUUAUUAUCUUAUUAUCGGGGGGGGGAGCGCACGACUGGCGAGUGUCGUACUGCGUGUCUAUUACGACGUAACGUUUAAAAUAACGCUCUACGGGUUCGGUUAGGCCCGCAGUCGGUCCGCGAAAACAAUUCAACGACACUUUGGGUUUUUUUUUUUCUCAAAAACUUUAUUGUUGUUGUUAAUAAUUUCGAAAGGGCGGAAACGAGCAAAAGAAGAGACUUCGAGGGGGCGGCAUUCGUUUCCGCCGAAAAUUUUAUUUUCAUUUCCGCCGAGUGGUAUUUCUUUCUACCUAAAUAUAUAGUUUGAAAAUCGUUUUAGAGCCACACGGGGGUCACCGCGAGGACGCGGUUUUUAUGUAUAGUGACUCCAAAGAUUAUUUUUAUUUUUAUUUUCUCGUUUUUAGUUAUUUGUAUUUGUUUCGUUUCGCCCACGUGUGUCGUACAUUUUCUGUAUUGGUUAUUAGUUUGCACUGUUAUUGUUUAUUGUUGUUGUAAAUUCGAUAAAGUGACGUGGACAAAAAAAAAUAAAAUUUUUCUAUACUUGAUAUCUUUCGAUUUGUAAUAACCUUGCGUAUUUUUCGUAUAAUAAUAUGGAAAACCCGUCUUACCGUUUUUCAAAAAAAAAAAAUACAAUUUUUUUUUUUAUUAUUAUUUUAUUUGUACCACUGCGAUAAUACCCACUGCGGUAAUAAUAGUUUGACGGCCUCCGACGGAAUGUUUAACCGCCGACAAUACACACAACGAAUUUCGCAGAUUGAGUUAUAGACUCGGGCAUUUCCAAUCGGGAGCACGCUCGCUGUAUUCCACUUUCAAAUGCCGCCGUUGAAUAAAUGAUUUUCCACGCCCGUUGGCAUUUUUUUUGCAUCCGCCCCUAUCGUUCGCAUUGAUUGACACUGCGAUCGCGUGUCCGUUUCGAGAGGACCUUCCCGUGUGUCGUCACCUCGCGCCUGUAAAACGACGACGAUCACGGCCGGCAGUUCGUGAACCCUUAUUUACCUUGUUUUUAAUACAUUAUAAUAUAGCAUACGUAUAUAUAUAUACGUACAUUUUUUUUUUUUUUUUGCUCACGGUUUUUCGACGAACCCGAAACAACGGGACGUGUAUCUUUUGCGGUGAUCGCGAAGAGCUGCGAGGAAAACUAUCGUAAUAUUCAACGUAAUCAACAUUGUCUGUACACGUGCGCUUCCCCCCCGUUUCCGCUCUGUCUUCGAUCUUUCUUUGCCGUUGUAUAGGAAUUUUAAUAUACCCUUAUACCCUUAUUUUGGUGCAAAUUGCAUAUCUUUCGUUCAAUGCAAUUUACAAACGUCUUUUUAAAACCUUACUGUAACACGGGUAACUAUACUCACCCGGUUCCGCUGGAAACUUCGUGGUUCGUUCUUAUUAGUUCAGAGAGUGUGAGUUUGGAUGAAAAAAAUGCCGUACCCCUAAAGCGGGACCCACGCUGUGAAUGUCUCCUUAAAUCGCGGAAAUUGUACUUUUUUUGUUUUUUUUUUUUUUGUUUUCGGCAUCCGUUAAUCACGCGGAAAAAAACUAUUUUUAUUUUUAAAAUAUGUUUUCCCAUUUCAAUACUGUGCACGGAAAAAAUCCAAAUUAUGUGCGGAAAUUAUUGAAUGUUUCGGUUAGAAGACAAAUAUUUAAAACAAUCAUUACAACUCGCACCUUCGAUGCGGUAUCAUAUAUUGUAAUAUUGAGCGUUUUAUAUGAACAUACCUACGUGUUUUCCGAUUAUUCGGCGGUUUUACACAAAUAUUUGUUUUGACAUUAAUUAAACGGUUCCGAAUAAUGAAUAUAAUAUUAACCAUGCGUCUAAGUUUUAUUUAAUAUAUCAGACAACUUUUGUUCGACAACACUCUUCUGCGGUGUAAUUAAUUUCGUGUCUGUAUAUAUUAUUAUAAUUAAUGUCGUUAAAGUCGAACUUUUCUCAAAGUUUAUAUUGUAUUUGACUGUGUGUAAAUAUUUUCUUCGUUGCCGGCGUAUGCCGUAUUUUAGUAUUCAAAUUACAAGUUUGAUUAAAAAAAAACACAUACUAACUUAAUAUACUAAAUGCGACAUUUAUUCAUAGCCACUAAAAUAUCGUGUAUCAAGAAAAAAAAACAAAUUGUAUAAAAUAGUCUGGCGAUGACGUGCCCGUACUCGGAAAUUUUAACGGCCGUCCCUCAGCUUUUAUAUCGGUUUUUUUUUAACGGUUUUAGCUAUUAUUCCCUUUCACGGUCUAUUUCUUUUGUAUACUUGCCCUUUUUUCUGCUGCACUAGUUUUUUUUUCCCCCGACGUGAUCGAAUGAAAUUGUGUUUAAUAGACACGCUAUUUUUCGUAUAUAUACAUACAGGUUGGAAAAAACUACUAGUGGCAAAUGAUAAGCGGUUUGUGAUCAUUGUUACCGCGCUAUAGGUGUUAGUGUUAACUUGUGCAGUCGCUAAUACACAGUAAAUAACUUAAUUUAUAGGUUUACAUACAUCUCAAAUAUUAGGAUUAAACUUUUUAUGCGAGUUAAAAUGCAUUAACUAUAUAUUUGUCACUACAUAACCAUAUAUUUAACAAUUUAAUAUUCAAACCUACCAAACAUAUUAAACCACUUACCAUUAAUAUACAUUUCUUAAUAUCAGAUCUAGAAUCUGAUAUAUCUGAUCUAGAAACUUUGAUAUUUGACAAAUCAAAUAAACUUUUUGAAACGCAUUAAAAUAAUGCGCGUUUACAUACGAGUGUAUAAAAUACCAAUUAGGUUAAUGCUUAUGAGCGACUCCGCGUAAACAUUGUAUGUGGCCGCGUUAUUAAUGCGAAAUUAAAAGUUAAUGAAUUGCUCAAAUCGUCGUGUGUUUACUUUUUCUCCUAGAAUUUUUUUGUUUUGUUUGCCAAUUUUCCGUAGUAUGCAUUUAUCGUUUUAUCUUAACGAAAGAUUUGUCUAUAAACAUAUCGAAAAUAUAAAUUUGUAAUUAAUUAUAAACUCGUAGGUACUCGUAUGUUAGCUAUACCCGUAGGUUUGUCCAUUCGUGAAUUAUUAACGUUCCAAAAUUCCAACAGAUAAACAUUUUCAUAAAACGAAUGUAAUAUUUAGUGUAAUUCCUAUAGAAUAUAGUUCCUGAAAUUAUCCGCUUUGGGCAUACUCGUGAAGUUUAUAGCUAUUAUAUGAUUUGACUUAAAAAAAAAAAAUACCGCGAAUUAUGUCUUUUUUUUUUUUCGGGCAACAAUACUGUAGAGAAACAAAAUAUUUUUAGAAAGAAAAUAAUUGAUUAGAUAAAGUCGUAAUAUCAUUAUAAAACGAUUUAUGUAUAUUACACUGCAUUAUUGCAAACGUAUAUAUUUCCGUUGCGUGACGUGACAUAAUCAACCGUCCGUGUGUACAUGCCGAGUGUACACAAUAAAACUGUUUUAUUUUUCAUUCUACUGAAGUUUUUGUCUAACACCACUGCAGAUGGCGUACCUACAGUCUACAUACGUAUACAUAAUAUAUAUACUGCAUUAUGUAAAUAGGAUUUUAGAUAAAAAUGUUUUGUGAAUUAAUAUAUUAAAUUUUGUUUCCGUAUCAUGUGAGCAUUAUAUACCUACCUAUGCUGUCACUUAAAAACGUGACGUUAAUAACACAAACGAAUACGACUUCAAGAGAAACGAGAGAAUGUUUCGAGUUUUCGUAAACGGGAUACCAUUAUUUUCUACGGUCACAAAAUAAUAUAAUAUUGCUUAUAUUUUUGAACGUAUAACGUAAUAAAUAUUUUUCUUAGCUUUUCAAACGAAUAGAACAAAACUACUUCUCCGACGUCACUCUAUUCGGUCUUUAAACACAAUCAUUCGAUUUCGGUUACUCUGAAAAUGUCUGUAAAAAACAAAAAUUUAUAUAGAUUGCUUUUACUGUUUUUUUUUUUUUCCAUUACUAGUAUAGAUAUUUUUGAAAGGGUAUUUAACAUAUUUUGUCCGUGAUUUCGAAAAAUGAUUACUAAUCCUUGAAUUAUAUAGAUAAAUAUAUACAAAUAUAUAUGUAUAUAUAUAUGUAUUAUAAAUUGUUAUAAUUCAGUAUAUUAAGUUUUAUAAUAUAUAUGCAUAUAAUAUAAUGUAACUUGGGCAAUCGUCCACGCCUCCCUGGAAUACCAGAAGAUCAAGUAUCCAUGGAAAAAACAAAAUUAUUUUUCUCUUGUAUCCUACCUAACAAUAGUAUUGCAUAGCAAAUCGGGGUUUGUUUUCAAAAGUGAAUGAAUGUUGAAAUCGGGAGGCAAUCUAACCCCAUCUCGUAUAUUGUUCCUAUACCAGUAAUUAAUCAUAUACCGUACGCUAUAAAAGCAUUUUUCAAAUCGAAUAAAUUAUAUUUUACUAUUCGUUUGAAAUAAUGAUUUACAAACCCCUUACAAUUAGAGGAGAAAUAAUUCGGUCGUGUCAAUGAAUUCAUAAUUUCUGAAAAAUGAAAAAGAAAAAUCAUACCGGAAAUUUAUUUCAUUGUUUGUUCAGGUCGCAAAAGUAAAGUAGCUGAUUGACGAACGAGGUAAAAACAAUGCAACAGUGUUUUUUUUUUUUUUUUUUAAUGUUAUAAAUGUCAUACAAUUUAUCUUAGAAUUCCUUGUUUUAAUUUAAUAUGUAGAUCGGCAUAGUAAUAUAAUGGGAUGGCGCGCGCACGAUGGCAGAUUUUACUUCUGUGUAUUAUAUGAAAAAACCGCUCGUCGCAUUAAAAUCACAUUUGUUUGUUCCGAGAAGUAUAAGAUGACAGUAAACAUUAAUUUGAUGCAAUAGAGAGCCAAAUAAAAUACUAUGCCAAAAAUUGAUAUUCUGAAGAUGAUUGCAUUACAGCGGCGGAAAUUUUACACAUGAAAAUUUUCAAGAAAAUAAACAUAAUUUUCGUUUGUUUUUUUUUGUUUUUUCGAACUCUAUUAAAUCUUCUUCAGAAAACAUUUAAACAAAUGUAUAGAAUUUCCGGACAAAAAAUGUUAGUUUCAAUUUACAACAUGUGUUCAUUUAUUUUUUCUGUGUGACGUAAACGAGAUUUCAACCAAAAGACUUUACUCCGAUCAAAAAAUUCAUACUUGUAGCAUUUGUAUGGAUUUUUGGUGCAUCAAAGCGAUAAUUUUUAAAAUUGUUGAUGCUUCUAACAAUGAGUGAGGGGGAGGGGGUGAAUAUAUACAGCAAAAAAUAAUCGUAAAGCCCUACAAUUUACAUCUAGUAUAACUCAUAUUGCCAUUUUCUAAAAUAUGGUAUGUUUCAUAAAAUAUUAUUAUUUCGACUGUUUUUAGAUUAAACUUAAUAUUUAAUGCCAUCGUCGUUUUAUUUACAAGUAUAUUAUGUAGAAAUAUUGAAAGAAUAUAAUAUAGUAGGUAAUACAUAUACAGGUAAUAUUAAAUAAUAAUUUUGACAGCAUAAUUAUCGCGUCUUAUAUGCAAGUUGUAUGUAUCCGCUAUAUAUUUGGAUUGUGUAUGCCAACAAUAUAAUACAAAAUAACACACGAUACUAAAAAUAUGUUUUCUUUCUGACUGGUUUUUUUUAUAUUUAUAUUAUAUACGUCGUACAUACGCAUCCGGAAACUGACUUUUUAAUGUAUCAUAUACGUCAAGUCGUAUAUUUUUAAUAUUCCGCGAGAGAUUUAUCGUUUGUUUCUUUUUUACUCCGUGCGAGUUCUGACGUGUUGUUCUAUCAAAAAAAAAAAAAAAACACGAAAACGUAUUUGCAAAAAACGAUAAAGUAUAUUAUAGUAGAAUAAAAUGGAAUAAGAACAUCAGCGCAAGCAGCAGUUGAAUAGGUAGUAAUAUCAUGGGGCAUUACUACUCUUUUUUUCCUUUUUUUGAUGAGUUUUAUAGUUGCUUACAGUGAUGUAGCAUUUUACGAAGGAAGUAGGAAGUUAAAUUUAAAAUGUAACUGUAUUUUUUUUUUUUUUUUUUACGGUUUUAGUUAAUGUUAUAUUAAUAUUUGAAAUAUUAUAUAAAGUUCAUACAAGUUAUAAUAUAACCCGUAUUAUUGAUAAUAUUUCAUUUUUGUAGAUAAACACUGCAAUGCACAUCUAUUGCAGUAUCUAUAUGUAUAUUAUAAGUGUUUACAUAUAUCUGUUCAUGACGUUCAUGCAUAUUAAUAAUAUUGUGUACUGCUACCGCAAAAUAUGCAUUAUACAUUUACGGUUUUAUCAAUUUAUUUUGAUUAUAUGCAAUGAUAACGUAUCGCACUGUGUCACAACCAUCGAUGAUAAAAUAAUGUCACGUCAACUUAUUAGUGAACGCGUAAUAAUGAAACUAAAGCCUUUUUGGGUUUAUUUUACUUUUUCACGGUGGUCAUCAUAGACAAUUAACAGUUUAAACAAACUGCCUCCAAUUCCUUUCAUGAAAACUAAAUGCCAAAACCAUGGACUGAGUAAUUAGCUGUCCUUGAGACCGACAGAAUUGUUCUCACUGACACCUCGAUCACAUAUCAGUGUAUCCCUGUUGAUCCGGUUAGUACUACUACCUUCCUCCUUGAUACUGAAUUACGUGUUCCAGCUUCACCGAGUCGUUUUUUUUUUUUUUUUUGUUUUUAUUUUAUUCAUCCAAAACUACAAAAACAUCUACGAUUAUUUCCAGUUACUCUUACCACUCUGAUGAACUUCUUGUAAUCACUAUGUUUAUUUUCAAUUGUAUUUUAGAAGAAAAAACCGCGUAUGUUCGUUCGUACAAAAAAAGAGCAUCAUGACUAUUGAAUAACUAUGACGGGAUAAAGCAUAACGGCAUGGUAAUAAUAGUUUAUUUCUAACCGUAAUACCAUGGUUCAAAUUUGCAAACAUGAUAUCACAUGAGCUCACGUGACAUAGCAAUAGACUGUUCGCAACUUGAUGCGCCAGACUUGAUAUCUACAGAUGUACGAAUCUAUAUUGCCGGCCAUAACUAUAACCGUAUGUGAUUUCAAAAGUUUUUUAUUCUUUCAUAUACGGGACAAGAACUACAAGAAAUAAUUAAGUAGUGCGUAGGGAUGUACAUUACGGUUAAUAAAUAAUAUAUAUAUAAUAAAAAACUAAUUGAAAAAAUGGAUGAUAAACACGUUAUUUCAGUCAACAUAUCGACAGCUAGGGAAACCAACUGUACUCGAAAACGCGCGUCGUCGUUGCCGUAAUUAUUUCGCUCAGAGUUAAUUGGUAUAUUUUGCGGGACUUUUCAAUUCACCCAGCUAAUAGGAUCGGCGGCGGGUGUGUCCGACAGUUGAAAAUAUAGUCUCGGACUUAAUCUUUCGGAACGUUUCCGACGUGUCUUGUCGAUAUAUUUGUAGACAUAUAUAUACGUAUACACGAGAUACGCGGAAAGCGAUUUGAAAAGCCACUAAUUCUUUUUCCCUUUUUUUUAAGACCUCUUGUUACAUUUUUAUUUUACAAACUAAAAUGCAACGAACCGAAGAGGGGAAAAAACUGAAAACUUUACGGCGUAUUCCCCUCCGGCCCAUAUAUACUGCAGCAUAUACUCACUUCGUUGCACUGGUAUACCUCAACGACAGCGCGGAGAAAAAUCGCCUCGCGCACUAAAAAAUAAAAAUAAUAGGCGUCUCUAUUUUUUUUUUUUUCUACGACCCGCCUCCGCGAUGAAACUCAGAAUCUUUUUAUAUUCUUAAUGUAUAUAUUUAGAAGCCGGUCGACCGAAUAUUUCAAUUAACGAGAUUGUGCGCUGUGUGUACAAUAACGGAAUCAAAGGCUUCGGCCGUUUAUUUCUCUUAAUAAUAAAACGCUUCUGUCCUACUUCCCUCAUCCAUUGGGACGACGUUACGAAUAGUGGACGAUGGCGACAAUUGUUGUAGCGUGUGCGCGUGUGACAAAGAAAAAAAAACAGGAAGGGGAGAGAAAAGAUAUCUCUCGCUAUCUCGCUGCGCGUCAAAAAAAAAAAAAUUGAAAAUAAUUACAUUUUCUUUUGUAUUACUUAUAAAUAUUACAAUAGUUUCUAACGUAUCACGAUCGUCGUCGCGUGAUCUACAUUAGUAUUUAUAUUAUAUAUUUUUUUCUGUUUCUUUUUCUCUUAACCAAUGUGAGAACUAACAAAAACGCGAUUAAAUACGCGGUGGUGACAUACGUGAUAAUAUAGAGACACAGGGUGAAAAUAAGAAUAACCAUCACCAUGAUUUAACACUGAUAAGAUAUACCAUAUACGCAUCAAGGCAAAACUACAUAUUUGUUUGUUUUUUUUUUUUUUUAUACGUAUAUUAUAUAGUAUGUUAUAUCUAAAUAAUGAAAAAAAUUAAAAAUUGUCUCGCUGAAAUCUCGUACAAAUUGCAAAUAAUACGCAAUAUCAUUUACACCGAUUCACUAUUUUUAUAGGGCAUCAAAUCUUUAAUAUAUUUUAAUACAUCAAUCGCCGUUUAGAAAUCUGUGGCUUCGUACCUAUAUUUUUGUUGAUUUCGGAAAUCGAUUUUUUUGAUCAUUCGUAUAUCAUAUGUUAAGUAACACGGGCCGUUGUUUUAUUCAAUGUACAGAAGGGUACGCAUACAAUAGAUCAAGAUUUUUAUCCAUCCUGUAUAUUAAUUUAUAUUUUUAUGCGUGCUCACAUAAAUAUGUAUAAUACAUACAAGCAGUUUUACACCAUCUUUAAGUCCUCUCUCUGCGGUUAAGUACGAUGAGCGAAUUGGCGGCGGAGUGCAUAGUAGUUUGCAUUAUGGAAAACGAUGAUGUCCCGUCUGUAUGGUUGCCCGGUACUCAUUAUUUUCACCCCCGUAGGUCUCUUCGGUAUUUUUUUUUUUUCGUUUUUCUUUUUAUCCACUCGAAACUGUCUUUUCCCCUACCCGCCACCGCCGUCUAUCGAUCAUCGUUUUCAAUGAUUCAUCGCACCCGUCUCGGGCCGUUAAUCUCCCACCAUCACCAUCGCGUCCUUUCUUAAUACUUGAAAUUCGUCAAAACACGACCUUCUUUCUACCCGCCACUAGAUUCCCGUGGGUUCGUAUUCGUUUUUAGCUGACACGAUUAAACACCCCGUAUACACGACAUAACAAAACGCCGGUCAUCGAUCGCUAUACACUCAAAAACGAUUACUUUGAAAUCUGAGCUCCAGUAGUUACUUUUUUUUUUUUUAUUAAACUUCGCAGUGGACACUUUUUCGAUCCGAAAUCAAAAUCAUCGUGAUAGUGGGUUUCUGGUUGCUUUUUAGAUCCAUUCAUAAUUUUGUAUUCCCUUUUAGUUUUCUCAAAUAAUAAGAAAACCAAAACGACGGAAAAACGCAUCGUCGGUUUUUGACAAAAUUUAUUUGGUUUUUUUUUAUUUUUGUAAUUCAGUAAAAAAUAAUUAUGUUAUAGAAUAUAGAGACAUGCAAUUUUACAUCAAAUCGAAAAUUUUGAAAAAAAAAAUAUAUAUUUUUUCUAUAUAGACUUAAAAAAUAAUGUAUAUUUUCAACAAAUAUUUACCGAUUAUUUUAAUUGUUUAUGCAGUGAGUUUUUUUUUCUUCUGUCUAAAAAUAACUUUUCUACCAAAAAUCUUUGCUCUUAACAUCAAGAUGAAUGCCAUCUUUCGGAAAACAAAACGUUGUCAAGAGUUAAUGCAUUGUAUAAUUCAUUUUUUAAUUUUCUUUAUAAUACUUAUUUUUUUUUUUUUUUACGUGUAUAAAAUUUAAAAAAACCUCCCACCCUAACAUCCCUGCCUACAACAGUUCCCGUUUUUUCGCGGUACGAAAUUCGGGAUGUGUUGUUUUUUUUUUUUUCAAAAUGUUUAACGUUAUAUACAAUAAGAUCGGUUUUCAUUUUUCGGUUCGUACAUAACAGCUCUCGUUAUUUCACCCGACGGCAUGCUGCAGAAUAGAUACCGAAAACUCUAACAACACAUGCCUACCCAUGAGGAGGGAUGAGCUAUGAGCUGGUAUUCGGGGAAUAAAUAUAUAUUUCGUGGAGAAUUUUGAUGACGGAGAAAUGAAUAAUAAUAGUAUUAUGUUUUGUAUAUGCGAGCUUGAAACCGUUCGUCUCCGUCAUAUUUUGUUGUCCGCACAGAAAAAUAUAGUAAUUAAUUUAACGCGAUGAAUUCUUUACCUCUUAAAAAUGUAUACAUUUAAAAAAAAACAACUAAGUGUAUUCAGAGCGAGUAUAUCAUACAAUAAUAUAUUACUAUAUUAUGAAAAUGUUAAUUGCGUCGGUUAUUCUUUUGUUAAACUCAUUAUGUAUAUACGCUUAACAGUAUUAUAACCACGAGAUAAAACCGUCAGGAAUUCGGAACGCGAUAUUAUUAUUAUACACUUACACCUAUAAUAUACGCAGUAUUAUGUAAAAUUGUUCAACGUACGAUUAUUUUUCAAUAAAACGAAAACUUGAAAUUGCUACCCGUCGAUAUAAUGAUGCAGAAUACUGCAUCGAAAGAAGUCGUGGGCGUCCAACAGCAAAAGUUUUUAAUCGUUUUGUCACUGGUUUAAAAAUACAACACUGCAGUUCCUGCAGUACGUAUUAGCUGAAGGUCUGGCUUCAGGAAAGUUAUGAAAAGUUUUACGAUACAUAGGAGUUGAUUAAUUGAAAAGCGCUUUUCACAACGAUAUUAUAACAUUUUCGUUUCGCAUAUUACUUUCGCGCCGUACAUAAUUAUUAUUAUUUAAUAAUAACAGACGUGUUUUGGCGACACAGUUUUCUGUUUACCGUUGUUCGCUACUUGGCCACAAUCACGAUUACGAUGUACGAGUAUCUAUAAUCGCGGUUGUAAUAUUGUCCACAAAACGAACAGUAAAGGUGGUACUCCAGCGACGUCGUGGGCAUUUUGCCGUAUUUUAAUUGGCUAUUGUUAUCUCGGUAACCUGCAAGAUCUAUGGACAAGUUCCAGACUCGGUCCGAUAUGAACUUUUCUUUCGUUUAAUAAGUUACAACGGUCAGUUAACGGUUUUUGUAUUAUCAGCAUGUAUAAAUUAUAAUAUAUAUGUAUAUCUAUGGACAUGACAUCGCUAAAAUUAUAGGCACCUCUCAACUCCGUAUACAAAAGAUCGGUUCCUCUAAAUUAGUAUGAUAAAGACAAAAACCAAGAGCACUGACUAUCCAUAAAAUAGCGUUUUGAUUGGUCGCUGAAUUAUUUUGCUCUUAAUCAACUGCCAUCAGAGAGCUAGGCGAACUGCGGAAUCACUUUUUCAACCAAAUCGAUCGUCUAUUUUUCUACUAUAUAUUAUGAUACCGUCUUAAACGUAGUUUUUAAUUGUUUGCCAGAUCGUAGAAAAGUGCAAACUGUUAUUGUUAACCACAAUAUCGGCCAAAACUGUUCGGUAGGCUGUACUAAUAGCUUUCAAGUCGCCGAAAACUGCAUUGUCAAAAACGUCUAUAUUGUAGUAUUAUUUCAAACAAGACAUUUUUCUGAAACGCGUUCGUGUAAUCUGGAUCGUCAAAGUGUAUAUUAAUACUAUUAUUUCCGGUAUAUUUCGCCUGUAUAUACCUAAUAAUAUAAUAAUAAGUCGUAUAUUAUAUUAAAAUAUCGGCUCAUUCGGAACAAUUCGAAUAGUUCGCGCGCGAUUCUAAUUAACUCGAACCCGGGGCGUAAGUAAGUUUGUAUUAUUCCGCAGCAAAAGAUCAACACCGCCGCCACGCAUUUACCUUGUGGUAGUCCUUAAUUUUAGAUAAAGAUUUUUUUUUUUUUUUUGUUUUUCAAUAGGCUACCCCGCCAUUUUGUUCGUUUAUAUGCAAAACAAAUUUGGGUAGAAUUUAGUCUUUAUAACUCACAACCUUUACGUAUCGCAAGGAGGUUGAAAAAUGACCAAAUAGCGUAGUUUUAUGAAUUUUAGAGUUUAAGUAAAAAACUACUAUUGCAUUUAACGUAAAACUGUUCGGAAACUUUUUAAUAGACUUUUAAAUUGCUUAUAAACAAUUAGUUUACAUAUUUUUCAAUAAAAUCAUUACUAUCCAAGAAAAAAAUAAAACAUGAUUUAUUUCUUUUAUUUGGAAAUCGGGUAGAAUAUUGUUAAUGCAUUGUGUACACAAUUAAACUGCCUACAAAUAAGGUAUGAGAAAAAAUUUCAUUCGAUCGACCAUUUCGUACUUGUUAUAAAAAAAUUAUAAUUAAUUAUAAAUUAAAUUAUCCCGAGAACCUGUACGUUUUCGAUAGAAACGUAUCGACAAAACCGGCGCUGAUGCGCAUUUUUAUUCACAGUAUUGUAAACUCCGCGUCUUUACGCACGCAAUACGCAAUAACAAUACCAAUAAUACCCCUAAUAUGAUUAUCAUGACCUAACUUUAAAAUACAUACGUAAGUAUAUAUAAUCAUCGUAAUAAUAUUAUUAUUAACGUUUGCGCGUGUAUUUAUAAUAUUAUUGCAAACCAUUUUAUCGCAACAAAACGAAAGUACGUGCAUACAUGUAUACGGAACGUCCCGCGAGGAUUUAUUGUGUUUUAUUUACUCGCUGUUAGGUAGUAUUAUUUUUGUAAAGCGACGGGGGUGCGGUAAAUAGUGUUUACGUUACACCAUUUUAUUCCAUAUUAUAUUGCCCCGUGUGAACGCGAAAAAAAUUGUAGGUACUACCAGCUGUACAUAAAAAAAAUAUUGUACGGUUUUGAAUUUUAAGUCCAGUUUACAGUUGUGUUGUUGCUGGUGUUUUUGAUAAUUUACGUUCCAAUUGUCAGCAUUAUUACGGUUACAUAAUCUUGUUUCUCGUGAUCGUUGAAGUGUUAAAAGUUCAUUAUUUUAACUUGGUAAAUUAGUAUUCAAUCCUGUCGUCACAUUCGCAAUAAUGUACCGAAAACUAUUAUCGACACUGUUAUUCGAGUUUCUAAGAUUGUCGUCUUCAUAAACCUAUGAAAAAUGGAUUCGUUUUUAUCAGAUACUCGGUUAACCAAAGGUAUAUUUGGCAAUAUAAAAAUUCUCUCGGGCGUUUUGAUAAGACUCGAUAAUUUUUGCAAGACGGCGACGGUAUGCACAAUACACAUAUUAUUAUGAUACAUGGUUGACAAACAUUAAAAAGAAAAAAAAUACAAUAAUAACCAUUGUGAUUAUUAUAAAGAAACGAAAAUUUAGCUAAAAUUGUCUUUGAAAAACCAAACCAAAUCCAUCUCGCUGUUGAAGACAGUGUUUCGUUUAUGCAAUUUCUCGCUUAGACUAUAAACGCAUUUUAAAUAGAAUACAUUAAGAGUAAUUGUUUAUUGUACGGGUUAGAUUAAUAAUUUUUUGAUUUUUUUUUUUCUGAAGAAUCGAGGAAGCGUUAACAAAGAAAAAUAAAAUAUUUUUAAAAAAACGUCUCAUGUCAAUUUCCUUGAAAACCUUUAGUAUUUCGAAUUUAUUUUCGAGUUUGGUAAUUAAAUCGUCCCUCGGGCUUUUUUUUUUUAAUAAAAUCAAACUCCAAACCCUAUACAAGAUCAACCGAUACAACAUUUGUGCGGUUGUAGUAAUUUUUCUCCACUGUGCAUUAUCCUUUUACAAUAAUAAUUUGUAUAAGUCUCUUUAUCCGCGUUUCAUAUUCUGACUAAUAUAUUGUAAUAACAAAAGUGUAUAUAAUACAAUUGUUGCAUUGAGAAAUGGUAUCGUAUAUUUUUCUGGCCGUCGCUCAUUAACAAGUAAAAAUUGUUCUUAAGUACUUGUUCAAAACUUUUAUCGAUACAUAUAUAUCAUAAAGAACUGAUAAUAUCGCACUUCGUCCAUAAAAAAGUUUUCGAGAAAAAUGGUAAAAGUAAUCCAAUCCAAUCCUCUUUUGAAAGUGUUUUCUCAUUUUUGGGAGGGAAAACAGUCCCAUACAUUUUUCAGUGUCUUUUGUUUUAGAAUCUGAGCGAAGUGAAGUUUUAUUGAGUUUACUACCUAUAUGGUUUUCAUUUUUUUUUUUUUUUUUGAUGUCUGGUAAACAAGUUUUCCUUUAGAAAUUUUGCUCUAAAUUGUAUAGAAAUUUUCAUACAAAAUGUUUGAUAUAAGUUACAUUUAUGAAUUUUUUUUUUUAUUUUUCAUGCUAUUUUCUGAAUAAAUGCUAAUUCUAGCAAUUCUUCGUACAUAAGAAAUAAAUAAACUACGAUAUUAGUUAUAACAAUUAUAAAUGCUAAGUAUUAUAAAUGGAUUGUCGAUCUAUCGUAGCCGAUGAUCUAUCACUUCCUGAUCGUGUUAUGUAAACCUGAUGUUCUUUCACUAAAUAUUGUUUCCGGGUAUUCCUCAACAAUAUUCCUAAUAGUUUGAUCCUAUAUUUCUAACUAUUAUAGGAUAAAAAUAAAAAUUUAUUGUAUGCACCAGAAACUCCAAAUAAGAAAUUAUAUAUUGCUAUUUUUUGCAUAUUGAAAUUAUUUUAGAUUUUCAUAGCUAUUUUUCCUAUAAAGUAAAAGUCGGGUCUUAUCGAGUACCCCACCUUACCCGAUAUUCGAUUAAACCUGAAAAAACCGUUUUAAAAUGAAUUUCGAAAUCUUCCACCGAAUUGGGACGUCACAUCGUGACUAUGGUUAGCAGGAUGCUGUAUAUUUAUUCUGUUCGAAGUAUAUAUUAUAUGUAUUGGAAAAUUCCAGUUCGGUACAAACUUAUUUCGCGAUGUCACGAUUAUGUGCUAAAUUAAAGAACGUUAAGUUUCCCCUAUGUAUGCGUAUUUUUUUAAAAAUUUCUUGCGUGUAUAUUUUACGCGUAAAAUUACUUUCAUAAUUUUUGUUGCAUCGUUAUUUCUAUUGUAUUUGUAUGUUGACAACUCGCCUGCGAAUUUAAAUUUUUGAAAAUUAAUAAAAUAUUCAACUACUUAUUUAAACAAAAACUAUUAAUAUUUACCUAGUAAUAUUUCAAUCUUUAAAUAAAUUUAAUAUUUCAGACCGCAGUAAAGAGGAAAAAUUUAAUUUCUUUAAUACAAAUUUUCUUUUUUUAAGUCGAGCUUUUGAAUUCCCACUGUCGGAUCAUAUAAUAUCCGCUAUAUUUUCGAACGUAUAUUUGAAUGGUUUUCCGCGCGUAUAAAGUCCUAAGCCGUGUACACGACCCUUCAGUGGACGAUAUUAUAUUAUAAUAUUGCCUCAUCCCUCGGCCCGGGUGUCGAAAUAACCCGAGCCGUGAGCGGUUAAGGGAUCGCCCGAUGGGGACCACCGCACGUGGAGAGAGAGAGCAACACUACGUCACAACACCCGGGCCAUCGAUUAUAAGGACAUUAUGCGAUAUUAUAUGAAAGAACAGUGGUGCCAGACGACUGCGAGUAAAGGGAUCAUUAGGGAACGCGCCCCGUCAUAAUAAAGGAGACGUGAUUGACGUAUAUUAUGUAUAAUAUACGCAUAAUGGUUGUCACGGUUUCUGGAAACCUGGAAAAGGCAAGGAAAAACCUAAUGGAACUGAUUUCAGCCAGGGCGUUUGUAUGAAACUCUAGAAUUUUAAUUUCUAAUUUCAGUCUCUACUUUUGUAAGUAAUAACUAUUCAAAAUUCAAAAAAAAUAUCGUUGAUAAUGAAAAUGUUGGUGACACUGUUAAAACUAUCUAAACAAUUUUUAAUGUCGAUUUGAUAAUAUUGUAUUUUCUAUCGUACUAUUCUAUGAUGAUUCCUUUAGUUAAUUUCCUUUUUAGUGUUUUUUAGUAUUCAACUUUAAAUUAAACAAUUUCAACCAUUACGUUCGGCCUUUGACGAGCUCAAUUUUUAACUAGGUAUAUUCAAUCGAAAAAAAAUCCUCGAUUUGUUUUGUGACAUCAAGCCGCGUCGUGGCGUAAGUCACGAAGACGAUGGAAAGCAAUUCAAAAGACCAAAAACCACAAAAAACAGAUCAAUGUAUACUAUAAAAAUUAAAAUGUAUUCUAGGAUUUUUUUAACAUUCCACAGUCCGCAACAGUAAGAAAUAAUUUCUUACAAUUUAAUUUGGAAGAACUGCUAUUCUAUAGCCCGUAGCCCGGUAGUAGAUUAAUGCAUUGCGUAUUAUUGUAUACAGGGUGAUCAACAGAACGUAAAACAUUCAUUAUCUCGUAAGCAUUAAUUUUUUUGGAAUUUCUUAUUACUCCUUGUUUGAAGGAAUGAAACCGUUAUCAACUUUUGAUUUUCAAUCUACAUUUAAAUUUAAAUUUUCAUAUAUAGAUGCAGUAAUAGUUUAAGUAAAUUUUACUGUUGAAAUUUCAGAUUUCCGUCAACCCGUUAACGAGAUAUUCCACUUUUGAGUUUCGGCGGGAGGAGAGUGGUGGAGCAAUAUUAAAACGCCAUGCGGUGCACACAAACAUACUUAAUGCAAUACUACUUACCCCCCGCCAAAACUCAAAAGUAGAAUUUCUUGUCAACAGGUUAACGGAAAUUUAAAAUGUUAACACCAAAAUUGAUUUUAACUACUACUCCAUCUAUUUAUAGAAUUUUAAAUAUAGGUUAUAAUUUAAAAAUAAUAAUAAGGUUGAUAAAGAAAAAAAUAUUCCGAAAAAAUUUGAUAUUUUCCAAGAUAUUUUACGUUAUGUUGAUCACUCUGUAUGCCUACGUAUUUGAAGAUGCGGUCAACACCCCAUUGUUAUUUAACCUGCAAUUAAAUCGAAAACAGUUUCGCGUCUGAUUUCUAUAUAAACCGCACGAUCCGGGACCCUUCGUUUCCUUUUCCUGUUGAAUCAUGUGAGCUCUCGACAACCGUCACGUUUUCGAUUUCGGUGCAUAGCUUUCGAGUAGCCCGUUUCACUCAAGUCAAUUCCACGAACGGCGGAUAUUAAAAUGUUUCUUAACACAAUUUGUUUUCGAAAUUGAGACUUGAAAAUUAUAGAUAGAUAUUUUAUGACAUUCAUAUAGAGCAUUAUACGGCACACGAGCGAAGUUUUACAAUAAAAGCUUAAACGAUUGCAUAAUGAUUAGAAAAAAAAAAACAGAAAUCGAAUUCACGUUAAUUCCUCCAAGAUUAUUGCUGGUUCGUGAUAAAAAAAAAAAAAAAAUCACCCUAUAUAAUGGAAUAUUGUCGCGGCAGAAAACGCACAACGGUACGCAUUUCGAUUCGACGUGUGCGGCGAUCAGCGUAAUAUUUAACUAUAUCUUUUAUCUUAUCUAAGAUAAAAAAAAAUUCAUCCAUCUAUAUAUAUUUAUACUUGUGCAAUGUUUAUAGUACAAAUGAUAUUGCAUGUAUUUUACCUAAUAACAAUAAUUGUAUAUCUACUGGUAUAAAUUUAAAUACAUACCAAAACAAUUGUGAAGGUUCAUAAUAAUUAAAAUUUACUGUGACGAGUCGCGUGAAAUAUUUUUUUCUUUAUAUUUAUGCGUAAUUUUGAAAAUGUCUGUUCAGUUUUGGUUUAGUUAUUGAGUAAUUAAUAAUGUCUACUACCAACGGUAAUUCGGUAACACGUGGCCGGUGUUUAAAUAAUAUUGAAGUACUAUGAGUAGUAUCUAUGGAGCGCACUCUCAACAAGUUAAGACUUAAGUGUGGGUAUUACAAAAAAAAAUGUAUCUUUUUUUUUUUCUUUUUUUUUAUCUAGAUAAAAACGUAUUUAUCUUUAAUCUUUGUCUGGAUAAAUUUGUAUUCAGUCGGCUUUUAUCUUUGCCCCGAUGAUUUUCUGUCGCAUUACCUUGGUCUGUAGACGAAAAUGUACUUAUCCAAUCCCCGACACUGACGGCGGCGGCGUGGUGGCGAACCAUCGCGUACUAUCUCGUCGUCGUCGAUAUUAUCACGCCGCCGCCGGAGAGUCGUCGGGCAUCGGACGCUGUGCAUGUGCGUCGUACAUACGGACCGCGCGCGUCCGCGUGUGCGCGCAAGUACAGCGCGCGGUGUUGUUUAACGCGCGCGUUUGUCGAGCACCAAAACCCUCCCACCCACGGGGCGCACUCCGCGUACGACGGCGACGGCACCGCGCGCGCACAUAAUAUUGUCGUUCGUCGACGCGUUACGCGCGGCGAAUCCCCCGGCGCCCGGGACGGCCGGCCGACUGACUUGCACGCGGCGCGGCAUUUCACGGUACGCCGCGCUGGGAAACGAUUACCGCGGCGUUUAUAGCGCACAGCGGUCGCACGCACGCCGGUUAUAGGUGCCCGUGCCGGAACGCGUACAAUACACGAGCGCGUGUAUGCAUUUAUGAUAUUGCUGUUAUUAUUGGUGCACCGUUGUUGUACUGACGCGAUUAAUCACGGGGAGUUUCCGCGUUUUCGCAUUUUCUCGACGUCGCCGUGCGUCGUGUACACGUAUGCACACACGCGUCGUAUAUUAUUAUUAUUAUUAUUAUCGGAUCGGUUGGAGGGGAAACGACCCUCGGGGAAAUCGGCGGCGCGGCGGUCGAUCGCAAGGCCGGGGCCGGUCGGCCGGUCGGAUUAGCGGAAAUCGUUCUUGCCCCGCCCGCGUCUCCUCGCGCUCCCGAAACCCCUCGGCGCCGUAAUUGACAAUUUCGCCCCCGUAUACGUACAUAAUAUAUAUAUAUGCAGAGAGAGAGAGAGAGAGAUCGUGCGGCAUUGUUAUCGUUAUUGCCGUUGCGGCGAUGGCGUAUUGUGAAAUAUACCGCGGCGCGCGCGAGUCGUCAAUCAUAAUAUAAUACGUCGAUAAUAAUAAUAAUAAUAAUAAUACAAUGUAGGUUAUUAAGGUGCCGGCGCGUCCAUCGUUUGUCGAUUACACGGCACUAGACGCCGCGGUGAACCUGUGCCCGACAACCGACGCGACCGCCGGUGACAAUCGUCGCGCGAGCUUAAACGCGAUACACGUGGGGCUGUCGGCGAGUUGGGUAGAGGCGGGGGGGGGNGGGGGGGGGGGGGGGGGGGGGGGGGGGGUGAGAUACCCACCUAUGUUCUGCGUGUGCACGACGUCGCGCGACGACACCGGGCGUAUACCGCGACGUGACGCGAUCAUCUCGAAACGGUUUAAACGUCCGCGGCGCGAACGCGCCGUGCCGUACGGACUUCAUAACGACUGCGCGUGCGACGGACCGCGCGUCGGGCCAACGCCGGUCGGAAUGAUUAUUGGUUGAGGCGCGUCGAGAAAAGGAAAAUAAGAAUCGUCACUUCGCGAAAAGCCGCAGUGCAGACGUCGCGACUCCGUACGUUGUUUCGGUGGCCCGUCGAACCCGGCGUACGGGUCGGGCGAUCGCCAGACCAAAUUUUGCGCCGGUGACGGCGAGUGUAAUGCCACGAAUAAUAAUAAUACUUAAACGAAAUGCUGUUUCGCGCUGUACUUGUAUACGUACAGUAAUAGUGUAGUGAACGAAAACGAUUUCAUAUUUUCCAUCUCCGCCGCCGCCGCCGUGUCAAAGUCAUAUACGAAAUGUUUUCUAUACAUUAUUUAACGUGGUUCACGUGGCCGUAUAUUUGUAUACGAAAGCUCGACGGUCUUAAAUAUUAUAUAUGUAGUCGGUUUAAUAAUUUAUAUAUUAAAGCUUGAUGAACUCAAUUAAAACCGCCUACAAAGUUUUGCUGCUGCGCCCCUCGCUCUCAUAAUUUUAAUGUUAAACAAAAUAAUAUGCAACUCUAAUACAACUGUUUUACGCGAAAUAUUAUGAUAAAAGCAACAGCGGAGAGUAUUAAUAAUAACGACUAACGGUUAAUAAUAAUCGAUAAAAACGCACGGCCAAUCUUGACCGACAUAUUUUAAUCGCUCGGGAUCUCCGUGAAUAUUGUGUCAUUACCGUUUCGGAAUUGGACUAUACGAAAUGUUUAAAUAUAUGCUUUUUUUACGUCACGAAUUCGCAUACGUUACACAGCCGUUUGUAAUGAGUACCAUCCCCCCCCCCAAUAGUGAAACUGUACUGACAGCCCGAAUUUCCGUCGGUAACGCUUUCUAUUUGCCCAACUUCGAAAAGGCGGUACACGUGCAUUUAUUGGUUCCGUUUUACAAAGGCACGAUAUAGUUAAAACAUACUUACGCGAACUACACAGAACUCGCUUAAUUUUGGUUUUAAAAUAAAAAUACCUAUUAUAAAAUCAAAAGAAAGCGAAAUUCCGGAGGGCAAUACGUUUCGUUUUUCCCCAUUUUCUCCAAACAUAACAGUCGAUUUACCGUUUAUAAAUAACGGCUUUUCAACGUUUUUUUAAUUUACUAAAACUUAAAAAAAAAAAAAUGUUUUCAAAAAAACGCAACAUCCUGCCCUCCGGAAUAUUGUUCUCUAUCAAUUUGAUAAUAGGUGCUUUUACUUUAAAAACCAAAAUAAUGCGAGUUCUGUUUAGUCUACGUAGGCAUUUUUUUUACCAUUUGUUAACAACUUUUCUACCAAAUAUAUUCCUUCGAUUUUCAAGCGUAGCAUCUUUUCUGUUCUUAAAUUAUGUCUCUUCAUUUUUUUUCUUUGUAAACUUCACAAACAAAACUUAUGUCACAGUUUACUUUUCCACGCGACUCGCGACUAGAGUACAUAUAUAGUCUGUAAUUAGGCAAUUUAUACGUCCAUGUGCGUGUCAAUAAAAUAAUAAUGGAAUUGCUAUUGAAAUAGAACGACGAAUAAGUGUUAAUUUAUAUAAAAUAAAUAUACCUAAUUUAAUUUAGUACCUACGGCGCAUCUUAACGUCUGACGUGGAGUUCCGAUUUGAAUUUUUAAAAUGGAUUUGGAUUCGCGACUGUAUUAUUUAACUUUACACAAAGUCCGAUUCAAUAAUAUUGCAUCUCGAUAAACAAUGUUAUCAGACAAAAUCGUUAUAGUUAUUCCUACGUUUUUGCACUCGAAUGUAUUAUUUCUUCGUGAAGACGAGAUAGAGGGUGGACCUCCUACCUAUUGAAAAACCGAAAAAUUUCUCUACGCGUUUACUAAGUAAUAUAAUAAAUUAAUAUAAUGGAUAGUUGUUCAAAUCUAACGUCCGCUCGGAAUUUGUUUUUGUACGUAUAUAUGUUUUUAACGAAUAUUCGUAUUGUUUAUCGUUUCAACUCGGGGCUGUAUCGUAUAAAACGGCUCCUGGCAUUUGAAUCCAUAUUUCCAGGUUCUGUAUAAAGACCCCACUCGGGACUACAGUUUAGCAGGGCCGGGAAGGAGCCUUUUCUUCGAUCGGUUUUUUUUAUUUUUUAUUUUUCGUUUGGUCGGUCGGCUGGCUCUAAAUUACACUUAGCACUGCAAUCGUCGUAUCUUGGCAAAGAACGUUGGCAGCUGUGCAUCUUAAUGAGCCAAUUGUGUUUUUAAUCUCGUAGUUCACGAGCCCUCCAUGUUGAUAUAUAUUAUGUACCGGUGACGUCAUCAUCGGAACCACCGCCACUGCCCGUUUAACUUCCGAUUCCGGUGUCUCGGGGUGUGCGCAGCGUUUCCCGACCCCGAAACCAUUGCAGCAGAACCGGACGUAUUAUAACUAUAUACCCGUAUAUAUAUAUAGUUAAAAAGUUAUUCCCUCGGCACCCGCAAUGGUUAUUAAAAGACGUAUAAAAUAUAAAAUAAUCACCCAAAAAGUUAAUAUAUAUAUUGAUUAUUAGCAGUCGAUUACUGUGCGGUCGGUAAACAACUUCCUUUCAAAAUUUAACAUUGCAGCUACUAUGUCAUUAACCCUAAAACGGAUGAAGUAUAUUUAUUCUAAAAAUUUAAAAUUUAAUUCACUCUUCAACUUCGGGUCUAAAAAAUAUAUUAUUGAUGUAAAUAAAAAAAAGAGCUAAUGAAGGUCGAUCUCUGUAAUGCUGCAUUUUGUCGGCAUCGCAACCCACGCCGCCAAAAUAAAGAGCACAGGAGAAUAAAAUUAAUAAACAACUUAUUUUUGGAUGUUAAAAUGGUCGGAUCAGAGGAAGGAAAAUUGAAAACCUUGUUUAGUUAUUUUUUCGAAAUUUUAUCAUUUUAAUCCGAUUAACAGUUAGAAUAUGUACAAUUAUGUAAAGAAAUUAUAAACUUUUCUGUUUUUUUCAAUUUCAAGACCUUUUUGUUCUUUUGUUGGUUAAUACUUAAAAUUCGAUACAUAAACUGCUCAACUCUAUACCACAGUUUGUACCAAUUUAAGCUUUACCUCCUAAUAUUUUGUUACUCGAAAUACUAUAAAUGUUAAAAAAUUCCGUAUAUCUAUAUAUAUAUUUUAACCGGUAUAUUUUUUAUUUUUUUUUUUACUGCUACUUAAAAGAUACCGAAAUAUUGACCUUGUCAGAAUUUGAGGUUUUAUGGAAACGUGAACGCACGCGAUAUCCGUGUCACGACUUCACGAGUGAAUUCCCGACCGCAAAGUUUUAUAAUCGCCUCCGAUGAUCGAUUCCCUCUCAAAUACGACUGCGAUGAUGCUAUGAGGUUCUUUUUUUUUUUAAAAAGAUUGCGUAGAUAUAAAUAUUAUUCAAAUUUCCGAGUAUUCGGUUUCCAUUGUUAGCUGUCGUUUCUCAAAGUUCGAUUACAAACUACAUCCCCCGAAACAACUACUGCGGCGGCGGUCGUAACAUUUCCUUUGUCGAAGGUUUUGCGAAUAUUAUUUUAUUUGUUGUGUACUCGUUCCCAAACCGUUUAGGAAUUUCUUCUUUACGCACUUGAUUGCGUUGUCGUUGUCAUCGUAAAAAGUAAUGCGCGUUCAAAAUAAUAUUCGUUUGCGAUGGUUUUCGGGGCCUUUGUACUGAGUGUAAAUAUAAUAGUUCGGUUUUCGACAUAAUAAUAAUAAUAAUAUACAAUUAUAUCGAAAAUCUCAUUAAUAUUUCAGCGUUUUAUUAUAAUUCUUCGGGCUGCAAUUUCGAAUUCGUAAUACUCCAUGGAUAACAAUAAGUGCUCGUUAAUUUACAUUUCAAUAUCUCCCAAUUCGAUAAAAAACAAAAUGUGCAUACAUUCAUAAAUGUACAAAUUAAAACAAUACACAACUUUUUCGGCUUUCAGUUACACUUUUUUUGAGUAUGCAACAUUUAUGCAGUUAUCAAAUAAAAUUACUGUGCUUUACCACUGGAAUACCUAUGCAAAAAAAAAUCACUUCUCGUGUAAUAACCUCAUGAGUCAUAAUAAAAAAUGUAUUAAAGUAGAUAAACAAAACAAAAUGUAAAAGCCGAUUUCAAUAUUCGAAACCUGUAUUCUUAUCCAUGUAUUGCGGCAAAUCUAAUGAUUUCGCCCUUUAAUCCCGUUAAUUUCAAAAUUUGUAACAGCUUGACAAAACUCGGAAAAUCAGUGUAGAGGAUAAAAUAGAAUAUUAAAAAGCUUUUGAAGUGUAGAAAAUGUCAAUAUGAAGAACUAAUAAACAGAAUGAAUAGAAAACGAGGACUUUGACUUAUCUAUAGUAUGUAUAAUUAUUAAAGUCCGAUGGGAUAGGAUAAUUCAGUUUGACGAAAAGCGUCAUACAGAAGAGAUGACACAAAAGGUGGUAUUAGAAGAGGCAGGCCAAGAGAACGGAUGAAUAUUGAGUACACAUGAAACAAAUUAUUAUGAUGAGCGUGGAUAAUGAUAAUAAGAUUAGUUACGAGGAUUUAAAGGAAUUAAUAAUUCGGUAUACGAAACGGCGGCGUGAAAAUCCGCUGCGGCAAACCAAUCGGAUGAUGACGAGGAUAAAAGAAGAAAUAAUGAACAGAAUUAAAACGUGUAGAUUCACGCGUAUUAUUAUAAUAAUAAUAAUAUUGUACAGGUAUACUAUUCUAAUAGAUAAUGACGCGUGGUGUAUACCGGGUCGUCUGAGAUAGUUUUAUACGCGUGACGUGACAAAAUCCAUCAUAAUAUUAAUACUCGACAUCCGCGUGUAAAUAAGGGGGCUGAUGAUAAUAAAUUACAGUGUUUCGCCGAGAUAAAAGAUCCGCUAAUUAAAUUGGUCUAUAUAAUAUACGAAGGUAAACAGAGAUAAUAAUAUUAUGUGUGCUCGUACCUACGCGUACUAAUGGUUUUAACAAUUAAAAUUACGCUGCACACUGCAAUUGUCUGUAACGAUAUUAUUGCAGCCAUUCCGUGCAGUCAGUGCGAACAUUAUUCGUAAUUAUAUAUUAUGUACUUACCAUUAUUUAUAGCAGUUUAACGAGUUGAUUUUCCUUUAAUGCAAUCACGUCGGUAAUAUUAUUUUAUCUUCUUUUUUUUUUUAUUAUUUAAUUGUUAGGUUUUUUUUUUUUUUUAAAAAAAAUCGUUCAUCAUAAUCCAUAAUAGUUGUCGUAGUCACUAUAAUAAUAUAUCAACGAAAGUAAACAGUUGAACAAUCAAUAUAAAAAAUGUAUUAAGUUAACGGCCGGAUCCGUCGACUAUUAUUAUAUAAAUGUUUCUCUGAAUAUAAUAUUGCAGUUUGUUUGUUUGAUUUGGUUUUUUUUUUUUGUUGUUGUUGUUGUUUUUAUUUGAUCAAUUAAAACAACAAAACCAAUUUUUUUUCCUCUUUAAGAAAACGGCGCGGCACGUGGCACGGAGAUAGUGAAAAUCAGUUUUUCAAAAUUCAUUAACGUUCAAUCUAAAUGACAAUGUACUACAUUCCGAAACAGUUUGGUUGCAUUUCAUUGAUUUUGGCUCAUAUUGUUCCAAAAGUCAAUAUUUCUGACUAAAUUUCGGUCAUUGGAUCCGAUGUUCGAUUUUACCAUUUUUUUUAAUCGAUGUUUUAUAUCAUGUCCUAUUUACCAUAAUUUAAAUGUAUACCGGAGGUAUAAAGUGCCUAUAUUAUACUUGAUAAUAAUAUAGGAAAAGUUUUUCAAUAAUGAAAUCAUUAUGUUGCAUUAUCCAACACAAUCUAAAUAUUUUGAAACCACCAAUCACGUACCGUGAAUUUUCAAUGGGAUGGGAUUUAGUAAAUAAUAAUCAUAAUUCAUGAGUUAGACGUCGAAUUGAAAUUGUACAAUAAUAUCUAACCCGAUAAUGAGCAUCUAAAUUCCGAAUCUAAAAUUAUUCGAUAAUUAAUUUAUCUAUUUUUAUUUGAUAUUUAAAUAAAAUAUAUGAUUCAAAGAAAAAUAACUUAUAUAAACACUCAUAUAGUUGUUGUAGUUUUUAAGCCAAGGAGUGAGAGUAUAUUAUUACCUUAUCGCAUGACCUCUACGCACCUCACGAUAUUCAAAAACCUUCCGACUGAUUCGUCGUUGAAUUUUUUAAGACGAUGUUAUAAUAAUAUAGCAAUAUUCUAUACCUACGUAUAAAAAUGUACACAUAUUUUCAAUUCCCCUAUUAUGCUUAUCUCGAAUUCGAGUGCCAUGUGAGUAAUACGAGUCGAGCUGAAUUUUCACACAUAUACAUACGUGGUGUCAACGUUAUAUCUUCGUAUAUAGAGAUUCGUUGACGUGACAUGAAUGCCCGAUAUGCUCGUGUAUGAAUAAUAUGAAAAACGUAUGGAAAAAUUGCGAUUUCGAAAACAUUUCCGAACGUGACGGACUGAAAAAAAAUCCAUGCGCGGUGACGUUUCGAAAAAUACACGCGACUAUAGAAAAAAAACAAUUGAUUACGAAAAACGUUGCAGUCGUCAACUAGUUGUCUGUGUGGUGCUUUUUAGAUAUCCCCAGAAGAUUGCGAUACGUCAUCCGGUUCAUAAUAAUAAAAAUAUACCACUCGACCGUAAAAAUUAUACCGCACUAAAGUAUGCAAUUUGAUAUUCAAUAUGAUUUCCGUAAAUAUAAUAUAUAAUAUUAUCGAAUAUAGGAGAAAAAUAUGAUAGAGGCGUUCGAAAUGCGUUACUGUUAUUCAAAAAGAUACAAAAUAAUAUAAGUCGUGUGUUGAACCAAUGGGGUCACUAUAAUCAUAUUGGUUCUUACCAGGCAACUGAAUAUUACCAGGCACUUUGAUUUUUAUCAUUUCUUGAUACCAUAUUGAUAGUUGAAUAUCUGUAUAUAAAAACAAAUGUAUGAACUACGCAUUUGCAGAAAUUUCCAUUACCGAAUUGCUGCAUUCGACAUUCGUCCCAUAGUAUCCACCAUAUAUAUUUUUUUCUAAGAACACACAUCUCAGUAACCUGCAUUGAAUAAUUUUAAACAUAAAAGUAGGAUUAAAUAAUAUUUGGUUUAAUUUUGACGAUAGAUAAUUUGUACUUUAUUAGUAUUACGUGUAAAAAAAAUGCAAACAAAAAAAAAACACUUUAACCAGCUAGACAAAAUUUGGUACCAAAAACUAAUCUUAAAGUUGAUGAUCGAAACACUGGUAAAGAAAUUGUGUUUACGGUCAAAAAAACAAAAUAAAUAUAAUUUCCAAAUAAAUGAUCUAAAAAUGCUUACAACUCGUGUGUCACUCGGAGAUUUUCUUCGACUUUUGACACUAUAAAUUUAUAACAAACUAAAACACCUGACUAUCAAUAAUAUUAAUUUUACAAAAAAGUAAAUAGCCGUUUAUUAUUGUACGAUUGAUAAAUAACGGUUUUGGAAUUAUUAAACACGCAUCAGUUAUCGGUAUCUGGUUCAAUUACAAAAACGUUUACUAGUUUCUAUCGGAAAUUUUAAACAAAACGUAUCUUCACACGUCGUGCGCUAUUAAACUGUUAGUUCUUCCGAUCCAAUGAGUUUUUUCACUUAUUAUUACAAUUUUUUUGUUUAAAAUUCAUAACGUGCACAGUCACGUCGCAUCCACUUGUCCGAACUGAACCCUCAACCUUUUCCGAUUCGUUCGUAUUUCGUUUAUACAGCUUCCCCCCCCCCCUAUAUCUAAAAUACACCUAUACGUGUACGAUAAUAACAAUAUGAUAUAUUUAUAUUUGUGUGCAUACGUGCGGGGGAGUGUGAACGGCGCCGUGGUGUCCAGCCAGGAAGAGCUUAUAACCGGAACGCGAUCUCCGGUCGAGCCGUUACAAUUAUCGCGUACAUAACACGCGCCGCCCCACUAUAAAAGUCACACGACUCUGCGGCCAUUUCGUUCUUUAAAAUCCGGAUUAUCUAUACACAAUAACGUUCGAUAUAAUAUUAUAGUACGAUCGAAUGCCGACGGAGAGGUUCGUCUUUAUAUAUACCCCUCCCCGAACAAAGAGUUUAAGGAGCGAAUAACGAAACGUCGUGGCUGUCGCCCCGUAAAAUCGAUGUGGUUCAUAAACACCAUGAGAGUGCCACGAACCUUCGAAUGUCGGUCUCAGUUGUCUUUGGCCAAUGCGCUACGGAGUUUUUUCCACGGGUUAUUUGUAAUAAUUGCGGGGGAAUAAAAUUUGUCUAAACAAACAAUUUGGGAUUUUUAAAAAGUCUAUAUUAAAAACAGUCAAUUUUACUUAUUCCGAUAUUGUGUUAUGAAUACUCAAAUGAAGCGAUAAAUAUUUGAAUCUGAUAAAAAAAAAAAUAACGAUAAAUUAUAUCCGUUAUUGAGAAUCGCUUUUUAAAAUAUCGUGAGACCUCGCACAAGGUAAUAAGUGAUUAAUAAGUGCACGUUCUACACCGCGAUAUAUGUAUGCUAAAUGAUUAAAAAGUUUAAAUGUCUAAAACAAUCAUAUAAAAAAAUAGUAAGUUUAUGGAAUUAUGAUAAUUGUGAUAUAAUGUUUAAUAAUUAUGGACAAUUUUAGUAAUACAUACAUUUUUUCAAAAUAAAUCGCCCGCGUAUAAUCUAAAAUGUCCUGGGCAAAUGCUAUCCGGAUUAUUUUAUCAUUAUUAUUAUAGUUUUCGCAUAUUAUUUUUCAGUAUUCUUCAUAUGUAUUAUCCCGGCCUCCACACGUACAUUAUAUAUAUUAUGCACUAUCGGGGCUUCGAAUAUGACUUGUAUUUUUUUAAUUUUUUAUUAGAGAAAGGUUAAAAGUUCAACAUAAAUUGCCAUGACCCUGCAGUGACGUAGGAGUGCAUAACAUAUUAUUAUUAUUAUAUGGAAUUUCUAUAUAAUAAUUAUAUGCCGUUCUGGGUCUGGUUUAUCAAAGUUUGGUGCAGUUCGUAAUCUACAUAUAUUAGAAACUAAAAAGAACUUUCGACGUACUGCAGUGGAGAAAUAUAAAUUUCGUGUUACCACAUUUGUCCUCUGUGGCCUGGAGGUGUAUAGCGAGUAAUAAACCUGCUGUAUUAUUAUUAUUAAACUUACCGCGGCGAAUAUUUUAUUCCCCCGUUGAAUAUAAUAUUAUAUAUGAACACCUCAAUAUAAAUCAUCGUGUGCUAGUUUUUUAUCGGAUAUUUUUAACAGGGUAAAACGUCAUUAAAACCCAACUCAAACAUUGCUCUUCGUAUCCAGGGACGAACAAACCGAUUUUUUAUAGACGUGUCCAGAACUCUUUAAGUCUGCUAAGGUGGAUUGUACAUUUUAUUUGUAUAUAAUAUGUACGGGUACAUUGGUUUAACUAUGAUGUAUGUUUUUUCGUGUCUUCAGACAACAUUUUUACAAAAAAAACUUUAAAAGAACUUUUUUUUUAAAUGUUUGAUCUAGUUGUUGCAUUAGGAGGUAAUUUUAGAAUCUGAAAAUUUGUUCCGGUUUUCAAGUGUAAUACUUUUUCUAAAAGUAAAUUUAACUGGGAUGGUACUUUAAGAAGGUCAUUUUUUCAUUUGGGAAAAACGGAAAAAUGUAUUAUUUUCAAAUCGUAAGUAUUACUUAAAUAUGUAUACAAAAUAUAUAUAACCGAACUCCGCUUAGAAUCAUAUUUCGUUAGCAAAGAUUAAUCGUUGCAUGCAUUAUGAUAUACGUUAAAUUACAUUAAAUUUCUAUCUUCCUAACUUCUCACCUACAACAGUAGCCAACCCUUCGUGUGAAGUAUGUCCGUUUGUUUUUGAAUUUCCCUUUGAGUUUUCUUUAUAAAUAUGAAAAACUAAUAAUUGUUUAUUUGUUUUUCAUUGAUUACUAAGGUAACUCAGAACCUUAGUAGCAAGGGGAAAAAUUAGACUUAUAAUACUCUGUUCAGUAUUCUUUUUCAUUAGCAAUAAAUUAUUUUUGCGAACACAUGUACAUUUUAUUACUCAAUAUUUUAUUUUAUUUAUUUAUUUAUUUAAAUAUUUACAAACAUACAAUUACAAUACUUUAAUUAUAUAACAUUAAUUAAAAUUAUUAUUACACCUCUAUUGUAAAAUUCACACUUUAUACAUUUGUAUAAUGUAUGCGAAUGUCGUCAGAUGUGCGCGUUCCGUUUCGGUUUAUUUCUUUUUAUCAACUACUAACAGCCAAUUAACAAAAAAAAUAAUAAUAAUCAUUUCAUCUUGAAAAAUCAUAUCAUAUUUAUCUAUAUACACAUACAAGGUAUUAUAUAGGACAAAGAUAUACAAACGUCCGUAAUUUACGGAAAUUGGAUAUGUAAAAAUCGAUUAGGUCGGGCUAAAAAAAAUCCGUGUACGUAUUUUAAUCUUAUCUGCGUAUAUCCGUGUGAAGUUCAAAGAAACCGUUUUUUUUCCGCUAAGUCAAUGCCGCGAAAUUUACGUGAUGUGUUUGACUUGUGUCUUCUACAGGUGAAACGAUAUCAAGUUUGCCGGAAAAAUUUACCGUUAAAAGAAAAUAAGUUCCUUCCUUUUUAUUUUCCUAUCCCCGCACGAAUGUUCCGCUAUAUCCGUACAGUUUGUGUGUAAAACAUGUAAAUUUAUGUUUCAAAAGUGAAUUUUUACGCGCGGAGUCCAAAGAAAAAAAAACAACAAACGCUUUCGACGCGUUUCCGGGGUGCGCUUAUUGGAUUUCAGAAGGUGACGGUCGGGGAAAAGGGUCGUGGGCGGCGAUUCUAUGGCUUCUCCUCGAGGGAAAAAAUAAUAAACGCAUUGUGUUUCAUAAAUCUAAAGGUUCGCAACCAGAGGCAGAGGCCGUCGAAAAUCUCCGCGCCUGGCGUCGGUGUCGUUUGGUUUCGGUCGAGAACUUAAUAUAAAUACAUAUAAAGUAUAUGUAUAUUAUAAACAUAUUUUUUUUUAUUUUUUCCCACUAUUCAUUAUUUUAUUAUUAAAAAAAGAGAAUUGUUUCUGGUAAUUUUCUAUUUUAUCCCCGCCUUUUGUGUGUGUGUAUGUAUUUUGUUAUAUUUCUGUCAGUCGGACGACGCUCAUCGAGAAUAUGUUUAUUAUUAUUAUAAAUUAUAAAUAAACAAAAAACUCUGUCAUCGUUCUUCAGUUUUGCAUUCUCUAGACGUCAGGCGAUCGUUGGAAGUUGUUCAAAAAUCAAGCCGAAAAAUGUCCUUCAAGCCAGAUAUUUUGAUUGAACGUAGAACACUCCAUUGCUCCAUAAUAUUAUGUACUAUAUACUUUUACCGGAAUUUUCUUUUCGACUACUUUAAUUAAGAUCAUCUAAUACAUGGUUACUCAAAGUCUCAAACUUCGUAAUAUUUACUCAGGUACUCUUAUUUAUUUUGCCCGCCUCGUCUCAUAAAUAUUCGUUAUCUCUUAUCAUUGAUGUUUUUUUGGGCUGGGUGAACAAAAUACAAAUGCGCUUUUCCAGACACCUUUACGCGGUCAGCCGCACGGUGUGUUUGUGUGAAUAUGUAUGUUUUUAGCUCAGUCAGAGUGGUUGGGUUCGCCGCGCAAAGCUGAGGAGCUACGUGAUGGCGGUGGGUAUAUAUGUGUGUAUAUAUGUAGGUAUGUGUCUUAAAUACUAAAGAAAAAGGGUAACUAGAUAAAUAUUAACUCAAAAUGCGGUGAUGCCUAACUAAAGCCGGGUUCACACGGAGUCGUAAACUGGACGAGAAUACUACUGUUAGAAUAGUUAGUCGUAAUCACUACCUGGUGUGAACUGGUAGUCGUGGUAGUGGGAGUCGUCAACGACCAAAAAUAGGUCGGUCGUGAUUACUCCGCCAUGUUGGAGUGAACACGACCGGUUUAGUCACCCACCAAAUGUGAAGUUUCUAACGUAUAUGUUUCGAUUUUUGUCCCAAUGAAAUAAUAAAAUUUACUAUAAUUUAUUAAUUAAAUAAAUUAAUACAUUUUAUUUUUAUGUAAUAAUAAUUUAUAACAUUUCCUACGUCAGCGUACAAAAUGUCAGUGUACAAAAUGAAUACAAAACAAACAAAUCAAUUUGUUGAAUUGUAUCGCGAUGCGGAACGUUUGUGGAAAUUAAAUUCUGAAGUGUACAAAGACAGAGAUGCAAGAGAUAGAGCCUUAAAAAAAAUAUACACAAAUAAAUAAAAAACGUAUAAUGAACAACUACAUGUCAGCGGCGGUUCGUUUCUGGUCGCAACGCCUUUCAGACACUAAUUCGUGUGAACUGGAGGUCGUAUAUUGGAAAUUUGGAUGCGCGAUUCUAAUAUUGUGCCUAUCAAUCGGCGCCAACAGAUGUUAUCGUCGUUAUAGUAUUAUUUCGUGAUAUGGACCCCUCCCCCCCUCCCCGGUUUUUUCGUACUACAGGAUACUGAUUUGAAUAUAAUAAUAAUCAUAAUAAUAGUACAAAAAAGAAUACCCUUCGUCGCCGUGUAAUCUCGUGGCCCAUGUUCUCCGCGCUUAGAAAUCCGCGGAGGAGGGAGCCUGUAAAUUCGACCGUAAUUAACCGACGGGGGCGGAAGGCGGCGCCUUCGGAAACGUGUCGCAUUAAUCAAAACUCGGGGAAAACCGUCGCCGCCAAACGCCGCCCGAGGACGAGAUAAUAUUCGAAGAACAUUCGCUCGCCCACAGCGUGCACAACAUCCAUAGCCUUUGUCGUCAUCCCCGCAUCCGAGUCCGAGGACCUCUCCUUCCCAUUCCACCUACCGCCACAACCGCUUUGGCAGUCUCCGAAAUAUUAAUCGCGUUAUUGUAUAUUCAAUAAGUAUUCUGCAAUCGUACGGGAAUCGAAAAACCAAAUAAACAUCGUCGUUGGCCAAUCGCGAAGAUAAAAAGCAGGGUACCUGUACGAAUAUUUAGAAUUAAAUAAAAUCAAAUAUAGGUCUAGGCAACAAAUUGUUAUUUGUGUACUCAAAAUUAUAAUAUACAAGGUGUCCCACGAGGAUUCGACAAAUGCAAUAACUUUUGUUUUAUUCAAUAUUUUUAGUACAAACAUUUUUUUUUAAUUUUACUAUAAUUUUUUUAAAAAAAUUCAAAAUAUCCUGACUAAUAGCUGAUAACUGAAUAACUACAGUAGGUAAUAUUCACAUUUUCAAAAACUUCAAAAAAUCGUAGAAAAUAAAAGACUAUACUAUAACAAAGUUUCAACCAUCAACAAUUUUCUAAAAUGUUUUAUUUUAAAAUCCUCCCUCUAAAAAAAAAAUGUCCACGUAUAUAAACUAUAACGUUGAGGCAUACUAAUUAUUUACAAAAAAAGGAAUAUCAAAAUUGUUGAAUAGAACAAGAGUUAUUGCAUUUGUCGAAUCCUUGUUGGACACCCUGUAUUGGGAUUACUUCAGGGCAGAUACUUUAUAUGAACAAUUUUUUUUUAGAUAUCCGACAAUUUAAAAAAUAAUAAUAAUUUAAACAAGAUAAUAUUUUAAUUUUGUAUAUUGCAACAUGAAUCGCGUGUAUCCCAUAGUAUGCUUUGAAAAUAAAAACGACCGACGACGUUCUAAACGAAAUAAAAUUUCAACAAGUUCUAACGAAAUAUAGCAAAACAUAAUAGUGGCGAAGUAUAUUAAUGAAAAAAAAAAAAUCCUUUUUAUCGGUUUAUAUUUUACGUUAUCGAAUCCGUAUAUAAUAAAUUAUUAACUUACCUACCUAUAUUCAAAGUAAAGUUUCCAAUAUUUUGUAAGCAACGUUUUCCUAUAUAUAUUAUAUUAUUAUUUUUCUAACUUUUCGUUUAUUUUUUAUACGUUCUCUGGCCGAAAAAGUAUCUUUUGUACAAACACAAAUGUUGUGUUUCGCUAUAUACAGUUUUUUAUUAUUAUUAUUUAUUUUUUUUUUUUUUUUAUCUCCCGGGUAGUUCGUUUUUCAUCUCUCGGGCGUAAAAAUAAAAAAUAUUAGGAUUUUCGCGUUACACGGGUUGUUGUGCGGUAUAUAUACAAGACCUAUGGGACUUGUCUACGAUCAUAAACGGAUGUAUUAUAAUCCGUUUUUAAGCUUGUUGCUCAAUUUGGAUUUACGACGGCUAAGGGUGUACCUUAUAGCUAAAGAUUUAUGUGGUCGUAUUGUCACAAUACGAAUAUAAAUACAUAUAAUACCAUUAAUAAUAUCUAUGAAUCAUAUGGAUCUUUUGUCCCAGGGAAGAAGAGCUUAAGUCAAAUUUGGAAUUUGUUUUUGUUUUUUCAUAAAAAUUACGUGUUUUAUAUAAAUUUGUCUCCUUUAUUUUUUGAUCUAAAUGGCAUACGAGCAAUUUGACCUGUAUUCAAACACAUGUAUUAUUGUACUCAUAAUUAAAAUAUCUCAACUCACUAUGAUGUAGUUAUUGUUUGACAAAGAAACAUAAGUCGUAUAAUUAUAUGACUGAAGCCUUAGUGGGCUGAACAGACUUAACGCCAACGAUUGCCUGAUGUCAUCACUCAUUUAAGAAUUAUGCCAUUAAACGAUCUGUUAAGCAGUUUUAAAAAGUUAAAUUUCUUUUAUUGUAAAACUAUACAAAAAUUGACUAAAGUUCUUCUUUCCUAUAUAGAACAAAAAAUAUAAUACAUCAUUGAGAAGUUCCGAGCUAGAUUAAAGAAAAUUUUACAAUUUGUUUUUUCCUUAAAAGAAAAUGAUACUUGCAUGGACGUACUAUCUCCGUCUAAUAAAUCUAUUUUUGUAUUGUGAUAUUUCUCUUACUAACAACGCAUAUCUCGCUAAUUAAAAUACCGAUAAAAAACCAACGUUUCAUAUUUUCCAAUCUAAUCUAGCCAAACAAUAAUGUACGUUAAAGUAUAAUAAUUAUCCAUCAUAUUUCAUGCCUAAACUAACCGUAAACUAUUUCCACCAAUAUGCGAUCGGUGCAGGAAAUAUUAAGCUAUUUAUUUAUGCCGGCGCGUUGUAUAGGCAAAUUCGAUACACUCGCGCACGUGUGCCGUCAAACAUGAUUCACGAGUUCGUAUAUAGUUUGUGUAGGUAUAUUAUUAUGUAUAUUAUUGUUUUACCGAGGGUAGGGAAAAAAAUACUAACUUGUCGUAAAAAUACUUUCCCUCCAGUUUCACGUUUUGCACUUCUACUUAUGUCAAAUCAUGUAUAUAUAGGUAUACGAAUCGAUUUAAAUCCCUGGCGGAAUGUCGCGAGAAAAAACUGCAAGAUCCAGAGUGGCUUUAUUCGUUAUUUCAUUAUUAUUAUUAUUAUUAUAUACUCGGGUAUAAGUUAUUGCUUUAUUAGAAUGUAAAAGAAAAAAAAAAUUAAAUAGUUCAUAAUAAAACAUAAUUCUCUAUUAAAUCCGAUUUAUACGUUUUAUUAUUUUUGUUCAAUAUAGGUAUUUACCUAAAGAUAUCUUACAGUCUAAAAUCGCGAAUUUCAAAUAGCAGAAUGACAUUUUCUUCUUUUUCAUAUAUUUAAAAUCGAUUUAUUUAAUAACUCACAUAAAUACGGAUAAAAAAAAACUAUAUUUGGUUUAGGAAAACAUAACUAACCUAAUUUUCGAGAAAAAAACGAUCUAUCGUACUUAAUGAUUUUAUCACCGACUACUAUAAAUUAAUUAUUAUUUUUGAAUUAAAUCGCGUUUCUUAUUUUAUUUUUUUCAAAUUUCCUUUUUAAUUAUAAUUUUUAUCAAUCACGGUAAUCAUUUGAAAUGAUUUAAUUUUACAAAUAAUGUAAAAUGAUUUACACAACUUGAGAAAUCCUAAACCGAUUUCAUGGUUUCGAAAUCAAUGUGUAAUUUAUUAAUACAUAGACAAAAUAAAUUCUUUUGUGUCUAAAUUUUGGUAAUUUAUCAAUCGUCUCAUCAAAAACCAUAGAAUAUUGAUGACGGACAAAUACUGCGAUUUAUUAACGGAAAAAAAAAUUAAAUGUGAUAUUUUCCGAUGAUUUUCCUCGUAUUGGCGUAUUUUGUUUUAUUAUUUUGUGUAUAGAAAUAUAUUUUUCAUUCAAAUGUGUAUGGGGAAACGAGAGCUUCCGGCUUUUCUUCUCGGAUCAAACGUAUAAAUAAAUAAAAUAGGCGGCUGAGUAAAAUUGAAUUGCAGAAAACAGUUGCCGUUCCCACUCGUACAUACGAGAUUACUUUUGGCACGACAAAAUAUUAUUGUGCACGAUAUUCUCUUACACGACAUAUUUUAUUAUCCGACUUUCUUCGAAAAAUUAUUGUGGACAUCACACGUGAAUCACUUAUAAUAACCUUACAUUUUGCUGAUACUGCUGAUGAGAAUGUAUUUUAGAAGGCAAGUUGAAAUAGAUUAUAUAAUUUAUACCCAUACGCAACGAUAAAUCAUUAAUAACAAAAAACAAUUCUUACCAGAGUAUUAUUAAUCAUAUUUUUAUUAUUUUUUUUUUUUUUUGCCGAAGUAGCUCAGAAAUUAAUAAACAUUUACAAUAACUUGCCAGUUUUUUUUUUUCCAUUUAUUAAUGACAGUACAAAGAAAACUAAUAAAUACCUCCUCAAUACACCAACUAGAUCAAAAAUGCUAUCUAAAAUUAUGUUUUGUUGAAAUAGAGUCCUUUUUAUUUUUAUUUAACGUGUCAAUUUAAAUUUCAAACUUCUUACGAUAUCAUAAAUUAUAUACAUUAUGUAAUCCUGUCCAGAUCUAAACAUAAUGUUAUCCUUUUAUUUUCCUUAAUUAAAAGCGAUUCAUAAAAUAUAAACUUUGAAAAACGUACAAAUUAAACUCGCGUUAUUGCAGUAUUCGCGGAUAUCAUCAAAAUAGGAUUAUUAAAGUUGAAUUUUCUACGCUACUUAUACUUAUGUAUAAAAUAUUAUAACGCUCGAUUCAUCGAAAACAUCGUGUUUUGUUUUAAGUUUCGACGAUACAGGAGUUCGUAACAAAAUACAUUAAACUCGAACAAAGUUUAUUUUUUUUUUUUUUUUUACAUAUAUAAUAUUACCUAAAAAGCUAAAAUAUGUAUACCAGUCACGCACGCGAGUAGCUGGUAUUAUAAUACGAUAAAAUUAUCUCAUCAUUGUCCAGUAUAUGAUAAGUAUUAGAUUUUAUCGCGUGUUCCAUGUUACAUAAAAUAUAAUAUAAAACAUAUCGGUUAAUUUAUUUAAAUCAAAAUAUUUCAAUAAAACUUUGUCUAAUAUAAAAUCAAUUUACUUUAACUUUAAAAAUAAUAAAAACACAUAUACAUAUAUAUAGUUUUUAAAUAUAUUCGUACAUAUCUGUAACUCAUAAAGAAAAAAAAUAGCGUAUUUCUUUGUUUUAGUUUUCUCAAUAUUUUAAAAGUUAUACUAUAAUAUAAACAAUCAGAGUUAAUUUUGAAGUUUUUCUCCAUCAUCCCUUAUUCUCUCAGUUUUCCCUUAUUCUUAAGAAAACUACGGGGAAAAAUCAAAAAAUACCUAUUCAACCAAAAACCACCACUAAAUUUGAUUCGGAGCAAUAUUCUGAUUGAAAAGUUGUUUACAGAUAGACAAACUAGUUUAAAGAAGUCGUAGUGAGUAUAUGCCUUCACUGGUUAGGUUAAGUUAAAUAAUUGCAAUGGACGCUAAUUUUGUUUUAUCUUCAAAAUUCGAGCACUGUCUUUAAUCGAGUAUCUUAUACACAUUAAACAUUAUACAUAUUACACAUAUUAUUUAUAAUACUAUGCGUAUUUUAUAGGAUUGUCAGCUCGUCUAACUUGUGAAAUAGUAAAAAUUUCGAGCGAAAAGUGUAGGAUUAUUUAUACAUAAUAUAUAUAUAUUAUAUAUGUGCUAUAAUUGAGUAAAGAUACAGUGAAUUUCCGAGUAUAGUGCGGUGUUGGAGGAGAAACACGGUUUCUCGGUAAUAGGUGUAUAGGUUGGUAUAAUUUAUAGGUAUGUUUAUAUGUAUGUGGAUUAUAUAAAAUAACGAAAAUACUUUGAAAAAGACAAAACAGAAACCAGCAAGAAGGCUGAGUACAUCCCUGAAUAGAGGGGAAGGAGAGCAUUAAUGAACUCGUAUGACGAAUUUCUGAAGGAUAAUGACUAUCGAGGAGAGGCGUAUUUUAUAAUUUAUAUUUAUAUAACUAUAGUAGAGGUAUUUUAAGGAUGAAAGGACGAUUGCAACAUAUUAUUAUAAUAAUUGCGUCGAGUCUAUUAUUAUUAUUAUAUUAUACACUGUAAUCUGUUAUAUUUAUAUUGCUAAAUUUUUUUUAAUGCGAUUUAUAUAAAACCCGUAUUUCGGGAAUCUCUAGGAAACAUAAAUUUCGACUAGUAUUUUUGUUGAACGUUCUCCGAGACAAUUAUGCUGUAUUGUGUUUGUUUUUCCCACUACUUUUGGACACUAUUAGAAGCUCCCUAUGGACCAAACUAACUCAAACUCCGGAAUUUAUUAACUGAUUGAAGUUAUAACAUUUUUGUUGAAUUGCAGUAUGAAUCUCAGUCUUAUUGUAGGAGGAGGGUAUUUUCUUAACUUUUUACACCGUAAAUAAAACCGAAAAAUCACAAUUGUGUAUGUGCACAAUUAAAGUAUCAAAGACGUGCUUUUUAAGUGUAUCAACCUUAAACCCUUACCUCAGGCACGGAUCCAGAGCAAAUAUCUGGAAGGGGGCCAACUAUUUUUUUUUACAACACAAAUGCAAUUAAAAUAUAAUAUAUUAUUUUAUCAUAUAUAUUAGUGAUUGUUAUAUAGUAAUAUUAAUAUUCUAUAGAUCUUGAUCUAUAGAAUUAUAUAUAAAAAAAAAAAAAAAAAAAAAAAAAAAUAAUAUAUCUGGAGGGACUCUGGGUCCCUAGGCCCCCCUAGAUCCAUCCUUGCCUAACCUCGGCCUAUUUCAUGUUUUCACUUGAAAUUCCAGGUAUUUUAACUGUCCUCCUGAGAGUACAGACUAAAAUGUACUUUGGCUACUAUAACUAUUUUAGAUAAAUUAUAAAAAACAAAAUAAAAUAUUAUAAAGGUAACAAGGCGCGUGAAUGAAAAUUCUACUCUAGCUCCGCUGCUCAAAUAUAGGUGUUUUGCUGUUAUUAUUUACAUCACAAUGUAUCCAAACAUUUUUAUUGAACAUUACUUGGUUAUCAAUUUUAUCUAUAUAGUCUAUACGUUAAUAGAUUUUCCGAAAUAAAUCGUGUUGUAUAAUUGUUACAGUUAUUGUAUAGUAUUGCAGAAUAAUUAAUAAUAUCAUACACGGUUCGUGUUUUACAAAUUUUUACGCUAUUAAUUAAUAUAAUAUAUUACAGUAUAUACAUUAUUUAGUAAUACUGUUAAAUAUUAUUUAAGGUUUGGUUUUAUAAAGUUGUUGAAAAUUUUGAUUUUUUUUAAUGAUUAUCAGUUUCCCGCAUUUAUAUACACCUUACUAACUAUAUUAUAAUAUUUCAAUACGGUUUAACAACACGAACAAAACACUGUUAUACAUUUUAAAUCAAGAAACACAGUAGAUAAUACUAAUUAUAUUGUCAAAAUACGUUCUCCGAAAUGGCUUAAAAACGUUAGAAAUGAACAUGUCAUUUGGAAAUAUUUUUAAACCGAAAAACCCUGCAUUUUUCGCAGCAUGGAUGUGCCACAUCUGUUAUGAGUUGUUAAAAGUUCAAGGAAGUUGGGAGUGUAAAAUAAUAUAGUUGAAAAUAAAAAUUAUUCCUAAUGAAAAACGAUUCUAAAUAAAAUUCGGUUAAACAUGUUUUUAUAAAAUAAAAUUGGAAAUUGUAUUCAUUGUAACUAAAAAUUUAGAAAUGUUACUUGUAGAUUUUCGAUAAAAUCAUAGUGCUCUAAAAACAACUUAUAUGAUAACCUUGUAUCACAUUUUUCGAGCAUUUAAAUGCAAACACAUUUAUAAUUACAUCAUAAAACCAACUAGAAAAUAAAAGACUUGACAUUUUCAAAUAACUAUAAAUAACUAAAACACAACCAAUACAUUCUAUGCUUUGGUCAGAAUAUAAAGUAAUAAUAUAUUCGGUGAAAAUGUAAGGUCUUAAGAUCAUUUUGAAUCAAAUUAUAAAGAAAAGUAUUGUCUAAGAGAGUAUCGCGUAAAUAUUUCUGUUUGUCCGGAUUUUCUCUAUUAUUAAAAAACCAACAAGGAAAAUCAAAAUGACCUUAUCCCCAUGCACGAGCUAGACAACAGACAAGAAAAAAAAUAUAAAAUAAAAAUACACACAUCAUAGUAAAACCAAUAAUACAUUCCUCUAAACAACAUACAUUGGCUUAACACUAUAGUGUUGGGUCUAACGAAAACUGAGAGGAAACGAAUUAUAAUACACGUUCUAUCUGACAACAUAUAAUAACAUAUUGCACGAAAAAGGACAGCAAACCGGAUCACACAUUUUAUUACCGCCGUUGUUUCUCUUACCCGGUAUCCGAUUGAAUGUAGGUAUAAAAUAUUCUAGAAACGGACUAUAGAUUCUAUAGGGAGUCCGAACACCGACAACGACAACGGCAACAACAAUACAUACGGUGGCGGUAAAUCGCGGUACGUUUAGGGGCGAACGGCGGCGUAGUGAUCGAUUAGCGUGGCAACCAUCCACUGUCUAGUUCAGGAAGAGCGGGAAGUCCCUUCAAUUAUGGGAAUUAAUCUGCCUGACCAACCUCAGGGUCCUCCAUCAAAUGCCUCCCCCACACCCGUCGAUCCGAAUAUUCCCGAACACUGGCCGCACUAGCCAUAAUCAUCGCAUCGUGUGUGUAUAACAAUAUUAUUCGGACUUCCACAAGCCUUUUCCCCUUGGAUAGGUAUUUUCAGUACGGCCCGGUCAAAUUAGUGGCGGCGUGAGUCGUAUGGAAAAUACGAUCAAAUUUUUUUCUCGGUUUUUUUUAAUUAGUUCCGUGCCUUUUUUAUAGUAUAACCCGAACCCACCAUGUGUUGCUGUAAAAGCUAACCCAGCUAUGCAAUUAUGUGUUCCAAAAUUUGGCGUUCUCGAGUACGCGUAUUGACACGGGUAUAAAUCUAGAAGGGAGGGGAAAAAUGUCAAUUAGUCAAAAUCUUGAUGGAACAUUGUCCAUUGAUAUUUUGUAAAUAAUCAGCUAACUAACGCACGGCAUUAAAUAAUACGAUUUUUAUUUUUUCAUACGUACGUGUCACCAGAUUAACCUCUAAUCAAAUAAACAAAAACAAAUAUACAUUGACCUGAUCAGUAUGUAAUUUCCUAAAAUUAUCUCCUUGUUGCGUAUGUAUCUAUUAUACAAAGAACAUUCAUGCAAAAUUCAAAUUUUUAAAUACAGUCGUUUUUAUGAUGCAGUGAUGAAUCAUUCAGUAAGGCAAUCAGUUCAGUCAGCGGUAUUGAGCUUUUAUAUUAUAUAUAUAUAUAUGUGCUCAAAAACUAUUUUAAACGCUUUUUACAUUAGAAUAGUCUAAAUUAUGAAAUAUUAUUUAUGUUAAUAGACAAUUUUAAUGACAGAGAUUUUUAAUCAACACCUCUUUUUAUAACGACUACUGUGGGAAAGGUUUGAAGCCCUUAUAUUCCCUUUUGGUUUACGGCAUAUACUUACUAGAUAUCUCAAAACUAUUUCUAAACGUUAAUGCAAAAUUCACACCAUUAUUUAUUUUACAGAAUUUACGGUUUAUCGAAAACAAAUUUUCAUUGUAAUAAAUGAAGGACCAUUUUAGUAACAAGAAUUAUGAUUUUUUUUUUUUCAAAAUUUUAUGAUUUUCUUCUCAAAUAUACCUGCAAGUAGCUGCCAUAAAAAAUACAUAUUAUUAUUACCCGUUUUAAUCAUGCAUUUCUAUCUGAAAAAACCAUCUAAAUUAAAUGUAUCCUCUACAAAAAUGUAUGAAAUAAAAACUUGAAUGAAAACCUUAUACAGUUCAAAAGCCUACUGUACUGUACAUGUGGAAGUAAUGGGAACGUCCUUUUUACCGUCUAGCUCUUUUUUUUUUUAUCGGUUUUAUUUAAACGUAGUUUUGGAAAGAAACAUAGUGCGUUUUAUAUUUUGUACGAAGUGAAGUUAUACUAUAUGUAUACAUAAUACAUGUAUAUACAUACAUGUACAUUGUAUGUCUUAUGCGUGUUUUUCCCCUCCGACGAAUACUUUUUAGUGCAACGGGUAUACAUCAAAUUUAUUUAAAUUUUUUUUUUCGCAAAUAGGUUUUUUGUAAACUGUAAACACAGCUAUGUGCAGUUCUUUGGAAAAGUGUUUUCUGUUCGAUUCUUUAAAAAUUAAGAAAAUCCAUGAAACUUAUGAAAAAAAGUAUACAAAUAAACUAGCGAUUCAAUUUUAAUUUGUAUAGCUCUCUCUCCGUUUGGAAUCUUUUUCCGAAUACGCGAUCAAAUUUGGAUAAAAUACAGCUCUAACAAUAAUAACACUACGGUUGACAGUCGAUUGCUUCAACUCGUCAUCGGUGAAAGUAAAAUUAUUAAACUUUGAAUACAAUUAUUACCGUUUGAUUUUAAUAAUAAUAAGUCGAUGUUUAUUAUUUAUUUUUUUUAUUUUUUUUUUUUAUCAUACGUCGGCGAAACGGUUGUCAUUCAGGAAAUUUCAAUAUUUUCAAUUAAAAACGUUUUUUACUUCGACGGGACCUUGUUAUCAUAUUUUAUACCUGGUGUACCAAUUCGUGACGACAAAUAUAAUAUGUGUAAUAUGAAUAGAAGAAAAAACAAAACAAAUGUUUAUAUUUACCAUUGUCAGCAAACUUGUAUUUGUUUCAUCCAACGAAAUAUAUAACGUAUUAUCGCCCUUGGAAAAUUCAAUUUCAAAUGGAAAAUUCGUUGCAGGAGCACUCGCGCUCUGUGGUAUUUGUUUUCCGAAUAAAUAUUGGUUUAUAUGAAAAACAAAUAUAAUAUUUUGAACAUUUCAAACAAAUGUCUAUCUCUCCGUAUUUUAUUUUUCGUUAUCUAUAAUUAUAAUAAUAAUGUGAAUAUAGGACAAUUAUGAAUACAUUGAUAAAUUGAUAAAGGCAUUUUAUAUUAAGUAGUAUAUGUUAAUAUCGAUUACUAUUCAUCGUUCUUUUAUAUGGAUAAAGAUGUCUUAAUAUAUUUUUUCGUUUCAAAUUAUUCUCCUGGACAAUUUUAAAAAUAAAAGUUAACACUUAUAUCAACUACUGACCCAUUCAAUUAUUGCAUGGUGUUUAUAGUGUAUAUUUGUUUUUUACAGGAAAUAUCCGGACAAUGGUGGUUCUAGAUGUGGAAACGAAAUCGUCGUAUUGGCUGACCGUGAUGGCUUUUGACCACGCGACUGUUCCGUUGCACUCCCGUCUCGAGGUAAAUAUCUCCUAGCUGCAGUUCACCAUAGUUUACAUUAAUUAUUUAGUUACUAAUCUAACUUUAUAUUUGAACUGCCACCAUCAUUGCCGAUUACCUGCCAAACUCCAAACUCUUGUGCGUCGGUGGGUAGAUGAUACUUACUCUGCCUGUUUUGCGCAUCCUAUACAUAUAUAUAUAUAUAUAUAUAUAACUGUAUAUAUAUACAGUUCACGCUAAAAAGUACCACUAAAUAUUUCAGUUGGAUGACCUAGUAUUAAAAUGGAAAUUUCGGGAAAUGAUAGAGAAUACCCAAAUACACAUUUUCAUACAAAUUUUAAAUUGUUAACCCUUUUGGUACGUGCAUUCACAUACAACUUUUUUGAACAGCAACAUCGUUUUUUUUCUAUAGAUUAGGAGAGAGUAUUUUUUUGAAAACAAUUUUUGUAUAAAAAGUUUAUUUCUAAUUACAAAAAUGAUAAAAUUAUAGUAAGUUGAAAUUUAAUAUUUACGAAUAAUUUGCAAUUGGCGAAAUUUUAACUAUGUUAAACUUUUAUAUUAGCUUAUCGAAAUGACGAUAUCUCCGAUAUUGUGAAAUACCAGUUUGUAGACAGAUAAAACACAAAUAAUUAGUUAAGUUCUUUUUAUGGGGGCAUUUAAAAAAUAUUGUAUGUGUGGAUCCUCCUAAUAAUGUCCAAGAUUAAAAAUACAAAUUACAAGUAGCAUGUAAUAAUUUGAGAGAAGAGCAAAUAAACGCUGCCACAUUAAGAUAAUUUUUAAACCGUUUGGAAUACAAAGGUGGAAACUUUGAACAAUUUAUUUGAUAAAACAACAGUUGCAAAUAAAUAUAUCUUAAUUUCAAAUUCAUAGUGUGUACAUUUUUAUACUUUCAUCACUUUCAAUUUUUUUCGGAAGAAUAAAUGGAAAAAAUAAGAGUAAAUUACGAAAACAAAAAAGUGUUUAUUUAUGUCUUAUAUCUAUCUACAAACAGGUAUUUCAAAAUAUCGGAGAUAUCAUUUCGAUUUUCGAGUAUAAGUUGAACAUAGUUAAAAUUUCAACAUACUAUAACCAAUUUUGUAAUUAGAAAAAACUUUUUAUACAAAAAUUAUUUUUUUAAAAAAAAGUAAGUUGUAUUACGCAUGCACGUACCAAAAGGAUUAAAAAUUUGAAAUUUGUAUACAUAGAAGAUUGAUCUUUGAAACAUUUAUGGACGGGCUAUUGAACCGUGGCACCUUUUGAACAUUCAUUUUUUACGACGAUAACGGUGGUGUGACAACUAAGGAAACUGGAAUAUCGUGUUAUGAUAUUCACGACCACAUCCUCUCCCAGUUCCAUCUCGAAAUGUUUCGAAUUCAUUCCACUCGACUUCAGUUGUAUAAUAAAAGUAUUUUGUGUGUCAGGAUUGAUCCAUUCUAGAAGUCCAUAAUAUAAUAUUUAUAAUAUAAAAAAGUUUAAAUUAUUAUUUGCAGAACUACAUACUUCUACGAGAUAGAUUUAUUGAACAAAAAAAUUAUGUUGGUUUAAAAAAAAAAAGAGUAUCUAUUAUUAUAUUAGAUUUGCAACGUUGAGAGGUUUUACUACCUAUGAAGUGUGUUUUUUUUAUUUAUUUUUUUCUGUCUGUAAACAACUUUUUCACCAAAAAAUUUGCUCCGAAAUAUAGACUGUAGCAUAUUUUUUAAAAGGUGAAUUUCUCUGGUUGGAGCAUUAAGAAGAUCAUUUUUUGUAGUUUUUUUUAAUAAUGAGCAAAACCAAAAAAUACGUAGAAAUUACGGGAAAAUUUACGAAAAUAUAAUUCUGAAAUUUUUUUAAAUUUUUUUUUAUUGUAAUUCAGUUUAAAUAUUUGUAAACGUAUAACGUUAACAGAAAUUUAUAUUUACUUUUUCUAGGCGAGGUAUAACUUUUAGAACUUUUGAGCUAUUUGUAAACAUUUUAAUUUUACGAGUCUUUUACGUAAUUUUUAUUUGGAAGGUACUCUGAAGAUAAAUUAUUAGACCUAACAGAAAUGCUUGCAAAUUCGAUGGGAAGUUCAUUAUGAGCCAAUAAACUUAGUGGUCAAACAAAAAAAUUAUAUAUACUCGUUAGUUUGAAAAUAUUUCCGGGGUCCUUCAUGACUCUCUUUAAUUUGUUUCUUUUACUAAUUUUCAUAUUUACUGAACAGAAUUUUAUUGAAAAUUGGAUUAUAACGUGUUAUCCCAUAUGAUAAUAUAUGACUACUUAAUGUCUACCGACGUAAACAAAUCAACAUGUCGAAUUAAAUAAUUUGUCGGACAACGCGGGCGUCCAACUUUUCUUUAUAUACCUACGUGUACAUUUACUUUCUGAAUUAUUAUAUUGUUCAAAAGAAGAUUCUGCUUAAACGUUCACCUUUAUAUACACAGACCCAGCCAAAUAAGGGUCGCCGCUGCCACUGUCGUCGUUUACAAUGAACUCAGUAUACAAGAACUAUACAAAAACUUUGAUCCUUUUGUAUACAAUUUACGGGUCCGCGGCACAAGAUAAGUCGGAGAGACCGUACGUUUUAUCUAUGUAUUAUAUUGUGUAUAAAAUAUACUCUUACCUGUUCUACAAACGGGUAUUUCCCCCGCCCGGGUCCCAGCCAUAGGUCUUCGUCGGUCCGCUGAACGCGUAGAUAAGAAAAAUAUAUCGAAAUCCCGAUGUGUAUAUAACUAUAUAUCGUCGCUUGUACUACAAUAGCACGCAUCUAAAAAUUUGAUAAAAUAAGAUUAUUAUCAAUAUUAAUAAAACAAGUAUUACCGAAAAUUGUAUCAAAAACUUGUUUUGACAUACCGUAUUUUAGCCAUUAACACGACCUGACAAUAGUUACGUUUUGAAAAAAAAAAAAAAUACAUUUAAAAUACAUUAUUAGGGCAACGUAUAUUAAUUAAACAUAAUCAGUACUUAAAUUUGGGAGAUUAAAUUAUUUAAAUAGUUUUUUGGUCAUUCCAUAAAACUACAAAAGCCGAAAUACGCAAGGUUGAAGUAUUACUAGUAUUAGUAACGAUAAUAUCGAUAAUAGUUUAAUUUACUACAGUGGCGUGCUGAACAUUCUUUAUACUUAAGGGAAAACAAAAAAAUUUGGACCCACUCAUUUAAAAAAUGUAUUCUUAUAUGUCCUACAAAUAAUUAUAGAAAACAACUUUAUUUAGCUAUACUGACUACAUAAUAUAGGCUAUCAUAGUCAUAAGUAAGUAUAUUAAUAAUAUAAUAUACAAAACUAAAGGCAUCUUUGAUCUCUGAAUUAGUCAUUCUUAAUCAACACAUUUAGUCACCUACUCCUCACCCACCCAUUUUGGUCGUGAGGCAAUUGCUUCAAAAGAAACCUACUUCGGCACGCCACUGAUUUACUAUAAUAUUAUGCUAUUAUAGUUAAAUAUAUUAAACGUCAAAACAAAAUUCUAAAUAAUUUUUGUAUCUAUCGUGAAACAUCGAUAAGAACCUUUAUUGCGUAGAUCAGCGCGUGGUGGCGGUCACUCGUACCCAGCCGAUUUGCAGGGAUUAAACGUUAUAAUAUAAUAUUAAACAUAUACCUGUAAUAAACUAAAUGAAAAAACGCUAAAUAUCUGCACGUAAAAAAAAAAAAAAGAAGCAAUAAUUAAUGGAAAAUAUAUGUAUAUAUAUUAUAUAGGUACCUAUUGAAAUGCUAAAGGGAAAAACGCUCUUGUUUGAUUAACGAAAAUCCUAACAACAAACAAAAUAUUAAUAAAAAGGUAUACAUACCUAUACCUACUCUUCAAUUUAUGAUUACAGAAUUAUGAGAUUUACAAUAUAUCCAUUACAGAAAAAAACUCUCGGUCAGUUUAUUAAAUAACCAGGUAGUUACCUAUUUUCAUUAUUAUUCUACUUGUAAAAAUCGUUGUUACUAUACCGUACACGAUAUAACGACCGACAGCAAGUAACGUUAAACAAAUCGUAAUAAAAUGAUGUGUAUCAGUUGGAUUAAUGAAUCAUUACCUAUUGACUGAUACAAAAGUCUCGAAUACGAAGAAGAAAAUUCAAAGAAAUCUUGUAAAAUACACUUUACAUUCUAUACUAUACUACUAUUGGAUCUAUUUUCAAUGUCGGAGUUCAUAAUAAAAUCCGUCUUGAAUAGGAACUCGACCGUAACCGAAAUGAUUUCCUUUAUAGGUUUUUGAAAAUCUAGUCGUUUAGAACGGUUUUUCAACAAUCUAAUCGCUCGAUUCUCAAGAAAGUAAUAUUGCAUACGUUUGACUGCACAAAGAACAUCCGUAGAGUUACUGUUUUGUACUAAGCUUUUAACGUAGUAUAAUAAUAAUUUUUAAAUUUUUAAAAUAAUAUUACAUUUUUUAAAAAAUUCGAAAAUAUAUUCCAAUAAGAAAACACGCUUAUAAACGUACUUAUAGAGUAAAAUAACUACUAUACUGUGAAACUUCUUAAAUAUCGCGUUUCUACUCAUAUUUAGUAUUAAUGUUUAAUAUAGAAAAAUAAAAAUAAAAAUUACUCAAGAAUUCUAUAUUUUACGGUAUAAAAACAAAAUACGAUUAUCCUCCAUCCUUCACACUGUAAUAAUAGGAUAAUAAAAGUUUUAAAACCAUAAGAUUAAGUAAAACUGUCGAAAUAGUAUAUACAGGGUGAUUCGUUCAAAAUGCUAGUUUUUCAAAUAAAAACCUACAUGUUUAAUACAAAUUGUAAAACUGAUGAUUUUUCUGAAAAUGUUGACUUAUUGUAACCGAAAUUUGAAUAGAAAGUUUCUGAGUUAUUCUACAUUAAAUUACUAAUGAUAACAGUCUAUAAAGCAUAAUAUGUGUGGCGACACGGCAAGCGGCGUUUCCAUAGUGUUCCACUACUCUCCUCCUAUCUAAACUUAAUAGUGGAAUAUCACGUCAACAGAUUGACGAAAAUCAAAAAUGCCAAACAUUUAUUUAAAGUAAUGAUCCAUCUAUUUAUUAUAGAUUCUCAUUUAUGAAACCAGAGUUUUGAAAUCACUACAGGAUAAUCCUUAAAUGCUAUGAAAAGUAUUCGAGAAUAUCAGCUUUAACUACACUUAAAAAUCCCAAAAAUCAUAGUUGUAAUUUACCUAUGCAAAAUAUUACCAUACAAAUAUUGAUGAACAUGUCGAAUGAAUCGCUUUGUAUGUACUUUGCCAUGUAUGUAUAGGUAUAUUAUAUUAUAUACAUGACAAAUGGUUCAAGAAAAAGUAUUUAAAUUAUCGUAUUUCCAAAAUGUCUUAAUAUGUAGAAAGAAAUAAAACGAAUCACCUUUCUAUUAAUAUUUGUUGGCGGAUAUUCAUGAUUGAGGAUGGUAAAUUUACGUAUAAAUCCGUUUCUAUACAUUUAACUCUACGGGUUUUCUAUUGUCGAGUCGAUAAAAACUUGUUAGUUAACAAACAACGGUGGUAUAAUAUAAUAUAAUUUUUAACGACUAUUUUAUUUAAUAACUUUAUGCCUAUUUAAUUAAGUUUUUUUAUGCGCGAUGACCAUAUGUAGGUCAGUUUAAAACUCUCUGUAUAUUUAAUUUAACCUCUCGUUGGUGACUAAUAUAAACAAAUCUACUGCAGGCUCCUUUGCGGUCAUCUCGAAACUUUUAUUUACUUUCGUCGACGACACCGUUAAUUUAUUUUCAAUCAUUCCCAUUACCAGUACUAAACUUAUUACCUAUAACCUAAUCAUUUUUUCCUCUUCUACUCGAUCGUACGUGAAUUACCGGGUCAUCUGUAUUUAUAUAUAUAUACUCUCGCACUCUACAUCUCCUUAUCCAUCACCGUCUACUUCGUCUAUACUUCGCAUACCCGUUCAUACCGAUUCAUUCUAUAUUAUUCUCUCAUUUUCUACCUCUUGAGUAUUUAUAUAAUACCUAUAAUUCUGAAGUUUCUCAAUAUGUACGUAAUAAGCUCCUGUCCCGUCAACCUGAAUUAUUUUUUAGUACCUUCGCUGACAGGGGGUUCGAAUUUCCUCAGGAUAUGUCUUUAUCGUCUAGGGAACGAGUUUAGUGACAAUAAUGCAGUACCCAUUGCAGUAUAUUAUUUGUAAAUAGGUCUCGUGGAAUUUGUAAGAGUGCGUGUUUUUUUUCGAUGCACGCUAUACAAAUUCGUUUCAUUUAAUGAUAAGUAUGAAAACGAUUCGAAUAAUUGGGAUACUUCAUUGAUUAUUUUUUAAAAUUUGUAUUCCUUUAAUGCAUACUUGUUAAUUUUUAAUAAUUUAUGCGACAUGUCCGUAAUUUUUUUUAAGCACGGUUUUUAAUCAUGCAAUUAUUUGAAACUAUUUGUAGCGUUUUAGAGUUUAAAAAAAUUAAUUAUUAAUUAAAAUAAAAAUAUAGUUCAGAUAAGUGAAAAUCGCUUAGGGAUGCCCCCAUUAUUCAGAGAUAAUCAAACGGUUAAUCACACGCGUUUAAAUGUAAUUUGGUUUAAAGAAUUGCUUAAGAGCUGCGCUCUGAAUUGUUUUUCGUUAGCAAUGAUUUAUCAUUGUACGAGUAUAAAUUCGUUAGCAGCACUUAAUAUGCUGUCUCACCCAUGUUGUGCAAAAUUUAAUCCAAACGUUAAUUGCUCAAUUUUUCGACAGGUCUAUGUAAAAGUGAAGAACGUCAACGACAACGUGCCGCUGACCAAAGCUCCGGUGUACUAUCCGCGGGUCCGGGAAGAUGCGGCACCAAACACUCCAAUCAUUCAACUAGAAGCGACUGACGCUGACCUAUCCAACACGAGGAUCACGUACACAAUCACCACAGGCAAUCCCCAGUCGCUGUUUGCCAUCUCUUCAACCACUGGUGAGUUUCGCAAAGAAUAAUAUUAUACUGAGGGAUCCUUGUAUAUCUUUAAUUAUUUUGUUUUUAUUUUUACUUACAAAUGAGACAAGCCCAAAAAACAAUAAAUGAUACAAUUACUAAAACUUAGCAAUGAAUUUAGCGUAUAUUUUGUUUAUGAAAUGUAUCAUCUUAAUAAUUAUUUAGUUCUGGUAAUAUAUUCAAUAGAGCAUAGUGAUGGAUUGAAAAUAAUAACGAAUAAUAACAUAAGAAGGGAUAUUAAAAUUGUUAAUGGAUAUAGUAAAACGGACUUUCAACUUUACCAUAGAUGAGGUUUAAAAAGAAUAAGAUUGCCUUAUGCCAAUUAUCUGGCAAAUCACAGAUCAAAAGGAUCUUACGAACCCGAGAAUCUUUGUAGGAAAAACGAAAGAUCUAAAAUUGUAAUUAGAUCAAAAGAUACAUGACUACUAAUUUAUUAAAAAGUGAUGCCACCGAGGGGUAAGUUCGAAAACUACCCUAGUUCACUGUAGCAUUUAUUUGUUAUAAAUUAGGGUUAGGAACUUUAAGCAUUGGCAUAUUAUUUUUGAAAGAUUAAAAUAAUAGUCAAACAUAAACACUGUUCGUCAUUUAAAUCCUAAAUUUAAUUUACAUAUAUUUGCAUAUUUUACAAUUUUCCAUUUUUAGAACAUAUUUUGUCAGUAUGUAGCUUUUAAGUCCUAUAAAAGGGCAUAAUACACUCAUAUUUUGUCUUAUUAUAUACUACAUAUUAUACACAUAUCUUUCGAUCUAUAUUGUUUAAAUUCAUACGCAUUGAGUUAUUGAGUUUGAUCAAUAACUCUCGUCGUAUUAAUCAUCUAAAAACACAGUUUUUAUGUAAAUAUCAUCAAUAAUAAUGAAAAAAUAAAUAAAUUAGUUAUAAGAGUAUGUAAAGUUUUUAGUAUACAAUUUUAAUAAGACAAAUUGUUUAGAGUUAGUGCCUUAGUGUCUUUUUUGUUAUUUUUUUUUUAUUAUAACAGUUAUCUUUGUUUGCUACGACGUUAUACAAUUUCAGAAUUGCCUGUAUUCUUCUUGUAAGUUUUCUCGUGGUCUUUAUUUCCCUAUCUUCUACCAUUUCUCUCCGUCGUCUGUCGCGUGUCCACCAUUUUAAAAUAUUUCUUAGAUCCCGGCCUUCCCACCUAUAAAUUGCGGUAGGUAUGUCCAACGGUCAUUUUCCAAUCCGGAUUUUCGGAUCUCAAUAACCGUUUUAAUAAGUAUAUACGUCCACAUAUUUCCGAGUGCAAUGGGGAAAAUAAGAGGUUUAUAAAACAUUCCACAAUAAUUCUCGCGUAUAUCAAGCCCGUCCCGGUAAUCUCUUUUCCGCAGUGAUCGAACAGUUUGCGAAACGUCAGUUUUCAGCCCACUUGACAAUAUUAUUAUAUAUUUUAUACAAUACACGCGGUGGCGACCGAGUACGACUCUUGACCCCGUAUAAUUUUCUGGUUCUAGUUUCCUUUUUUUUCUCGUCUCCCUCGAUUCGUGAGGAGUUGGAACGUGCAGAAACGCGUAUAUAAUAUAAGGUGGUGGUUUCCCAUUAGCCAUCGGUCAGCGAAACACAUAAAUAAUUCAAAACCCGCAUGCGGCGUCCACAGCGUUCCGUGACAACAGAAUAAUCGACCGAACGAAGAAGAGAGCCGAGCGCGCGCGUUUAACAAUCGCGAAAAUCCCUCUCCGUCACAGUGUCAUUACGUCCUGGUAUAAUAUUUCAACUAAUAGAAAUUUACAUAAUGAUAUUAUACCUACUACGCGACCGGUGUAUAAUUUCAUUAAAUUCGAUUUCCCAUUUUUUUUUUUUUUUUUAUUAUUAUUAUUAUUUUCGUGUAUAUUAUACGCAAUGUAUACAUCGUCAUAACACCGAAAGACCUCACCCUCGGGCACGUCGCCCCAGGAUUCGGACGACCGUCGUUUUCGCGCUCGCGAUUAAUAACAUCACGGCACGACGGGCGGAAAGUAUUUUUCAGAGAAAAGUUUUUUAAUUAAACGCGCGCCCUCACAGACAUACGACUUUUAUAGCGCGUUAUCCGCUCGCAAAUUCGUUUACCGACACCCUUUAAGCCGUGUCUCGCCCUCUCCUCGCUUAAAUUCGACGGUUAGUCCGACCGUAAAAUCCCCUGUGGUCCUCUCCAUUUCAACGAAGACUUUUCCGUUAUAAUAUCAUAAACGUAAAAUAAGACGUAUGCUUCGCACCAUGAGUUGGCCACUAUUGUAGGUGGGAACUCGUGAUCAGAUAAAUACAUGUGAUACAUUUUUACGAACUAUUUAUAAUAUUGUUUUCCAAACAUUUUGAGAUUUAUUGUUGUACAAAAAGUGAUACAUAUAUAUUUUUGCAUAAAGACUAAACUUAAUUAUAUUUCAGUUAUCGAAAUUAAUAAAUAUCUUAAUCUUAAUCGUAAUAUUGUUGUAAAUGCUGGUUGAUCAACCAAAUGUAAUCUGUAACCUUCUUAGAUAUUUUUCGUCAUUUACAUAAAUUAAAAAUGGAUGAAAAAUACGUAUACAGAUGAAAAAUAAUCAAUUAUUUGAGUUGGUACUUUAUAAUUUAAAAUUAAUCUCCUCGAUGCGCCAACUGGAUUAAAAAAUUCUACUAGAAAAGUCCAAUAUAAUUUUUCAUUGGAGAAAUAUAUCUGACAGAAAAAUUGUUUGCAGGCACAAAAUAAAAAACACUUCAUAAUAAAACAAAUACAUUUUUUGCUACACUUAAAAUAGUCAAAAUAUUAUAUAUUAUAGGAUAAUUCAAUAUAAUAUUGAACUCGUUGAAAACGAUUCUGCGUGGAGUUAGUUUAAACUGUCGCCUUCCGCUGUUUUAAAUUUAAAAAAAGACUCUUUGUUUCUCAAACCAGUUUAAUCCAAUCUUCUCUUAAAUACGCUGAAUUAAUUUUUCAUUCUGGUUUCACUUCAAUUAGAUUUUUGUUUCACUCAAUUUUAGCCAACUCUGUUUGCUUUUCUACCGCCCUCUUAGUCUUUUCCUAUCAUUGUCGGUUAGUAAGAUUCCCAUUUGAUCUUCUUUGUAUGUCCAACUCAAACUAGUUUCGAGCUUUUCACAAAUUAAACUAUAUUUUCUUUUGUAAUUCAUUUUUUGACCUUUCUCCUUGAUUUCAUAUGCUGUCAAAAAACGGAUCCAUAUAUUUUCCUUGAAACUUUUUUUCUCUUUUAUAAUCACCUUCUAUCGUGGCCCGUGUAUUUUUAACCAAAUGUUUCUCUGGUUUCACUAAUAUAAGGAUUUUUUUGUUUUUAUGCGAUCCCACCUGAAGCAUAAUGACAAACUGAGUACUCGUGAUUUCGAUGAAAUGUCAUGUCGGCAAAAUGAUGACUAUGUAGUGCCGCUGAACAUUAAAAUACAGCUAUAGACGUAUAGAUAUAGUGAUGGGGUGUGGUAAGUCGUUAAAAAUCGCGUUCACGUUCAUAGUAUAUUUUAAAUUGCUAUACCCUAUUCUACCACUGCGUGUCAUCUGUCACUAUCUACUCGAUAACGCGUCGUUUGGUUUUUUUUAACUUUGUUUUACACGGCAUCGCGAGAUCUUCGACCCCGACGAUGACCUCUAUAGUUUUCACGAGACCACGUGGCCGUCGCGCCAGGUACUGAAAACGAUUUAAUGGUGGCUUGACCGUGGUAUGAUGUAACUAAUAAAUCUUAUAAUAUUACAUGUUGUAUGUAAAACAUAGCUACCGCGGAAAUGCCCACGUGAGAGUCGUCCGAAAUUAUAAUAGGUUUUCGAUUCCGCGCUCGAUAUUAUAACUGCCGUGAGACACGAGAGUUUGAUUCCAAAGAUACACCCGGUAUCGAGUAUAUAUUGUGUACUAUUUCGUCCAGUUAAUUUUUAUUUAUACACAUAUAUAUAUAUAUUAUAUUAAAAGAUAUUUUCGUAUUGUUUUUCGCGAUUCGGCCGGGCCGGUUCUUUUUCACCGCAUUGUCCGUCAUAUUAUAUUUUGUCUUUCCAAUCAUUAUCACUAUAUUAUAAUAUAUUAGCCUAAUUUUAAAUUCGGUAUUUACAUUCGUUUUUAACAAUAACAUAGCUUGUCAAAAGUUGUUUUUUAUUCCACCGUCAUUAUUGUAAUUAUAUCUUAUACAUAAACGAAAAGCCGUGAAUCCGUCUGUACCGUUGAUUUACCGUGAAAACUAAAUAUAAAAUCCGCUAAAACUCAUCGUAUAUUACGGGCAUAUAACUAUAGUUAUACUUUUAUUUUAUGUCAGUUUCGUUUUUUUUUUUUUUCGAUUUAUCGAUUUGCCGCUAGUAUUUAUUUUUAAAAGUUCUAAUUAAAAAAAAUGAAAUACUUUAUGAACUUACUUAAUUUAAAAAAAAUUGAAUCUACGGCGCGUCUUUUACCUACCACUUUGAAAAAAUUAUUUGGUCAUUUUUUCAUAUUAUUUUCGCCAAAGCAAAAAAUGUAAAUAUAUCUUUUAUUUAAAGAUGUUUUUCUUCAAAGUGGUUGUGUAUACUAAUAAUAACAAUAAUAUUUACAGUGAUAUUACAAAUUCUUAAAAAAUAAUUUUAUAUAAUAGUGUACAAGAUACAAUUAAGUAAAUACAAGCCAUUUUAAUUAAAAAGCAGAAUCAAUAUUAAAUGUUCAUUACAUGUUUUAAGCAAGCGGUAUAAUGGACUGUUUAUAACGUGAUUUCGAUUACUGGGGAGAACAUAAAAACAUAAUAUAUUUCUAGAGUUUAAAGCGGGGACUUUAAGACCGAUUUGAGAUAAGAACUCCAGACACUUUAACAUACCGUUUAUUAACUUGUACACAAAUGACUAUUUCAUUAUACUUUUGAUGAAUAGUUAAUGAUACGAGAUCAAUACGGUUAGCAAUAUCUGAAGAAGAUUUAUUUAAAAAGCCCGUACGUCUUUGGAGUUUAUCGAGCUUUUCGAUUUGACCGGACUAAGACGGAUUCCAAACCAUAGAUCCAAAUUCUAAAAUAGACCUCACUAAUGCACAGUACAGUACAGUAAAACAUUUUUUAACCUUAAAAUCGGCACAAUUCUUUUUUAAAAAGCCAAGUACUCUUGACGAUUUUGUGUAAAUAGAAUCAAUAUUAUGAGCAUUGACACUUAGGUCGUUUGAAAAAAUAAUGCCCAAUUCACCAACUAUAUUAUGUUCAUUAUUUGUAGACAAUUAUUAUUCCUCGCGGUGAUCAUUCCCAGGAAAAAUUAUUCAGUGAUUAAAGACAAUGUGAUUCGAUGAAAUAAAAUAAUUAUGUUGAAAGUGAGGCAUAUCGAUUCGACUACGUCGAAUUUUAGCUCCUUGGCUUAAUAACAACGUAGGUAUAAUGAUUUUGAAAUAGUUGAAAAUCAUUAUUUUCUACACAUACACGUAUUCCGAAGUUCGACGCUUUUAAAAAAUUGAACGCGACCGUUCCAGUGUCUUAGGAACGAUAUUGGUUUGCCAGUGAUUAUUGACACCCGUAAUGUGACGGGUAAAUGUAAACGGGAGAGAGGUGAAUAUAUAUAUACAGUGAAACCUCUGAAUAGCGGACACUCUCGGUCGCCGAAAUUUUGUCCGCUAUUUAGAGGUGUCCGUUAAGGAAGGUUUCACUGUAUAUGCAAACGGUUUAUCGAUAAUUGGAAUACGUAUUGUAGUAUAUUAUACUAUAUUGGGUAUCAAAGACUUCAAUACUCGAAUAUCAAAUUAAGAAAUACGCAUAUACAUAUAAUUGUACGGCUGAUGAGUUGGUGAUGCAUUAAACCCCAGUGUUUAGGAUUAAUCGGUGUUCGUCGUAUCGAAAAUAUUAUAAAGCUAUUAUUUACGGGCUUUUUCCAAUCACAAUAAUUAUUCAAUACGUAUAUUAUUCUUCAUUUAUAAAACAAUAUAAUACUGUAAAAAAAAAAAAAAAAAAAACGUUUUUACUUGUUUGUUUUUUUUUCGGGUUUCUAAAAGCCAUUAAAUAUACUAAAAUUAUUCCGUUAGUAGCUACACAAAUUAACGUUUUGUGAUAUUACUGCUGUCGCUGUAUAAUUGAGCGCUGCCUGUUAUUUACAGAUAGUUCUAUACACCUACUUAUAUUACUUAUUUUACGUUUUAAAUUUAUUUUAUAAAUUUAGUUAAAUAAUAUUUUAUUAAAGAGCUCUGCGGAAAGGUGAAAAAUUCACGUUGAAAAUUUAAUUCAUUUCAUCUACGAAAUAUUAAUAUACAUAAAUAUAAGGGUUUGAUGAAAAUAUCAAUCCUAAAUACGUUAUUUCUUACUGAAUUACAACAAAAAGAAAACGAAAUUGAUUUUGACAAAACCACAAGUAUCGCGUAAAUAUUGCCAAUUUUUCAGAAUUUUUUUUUGUAGAUUUUCCUCGCAUUAUUUGGAAAAAUUCAAGACAUAUCAAAGAAAAAAAGUGAUUCCCGAUAAAUUAAAUGUCUAUAGAUCGAAAAUUCUACAAAAAAAAAAUCCUAUAUGAAGUUUUUGAUCGGAGCGAAUUCUCUUAUAGAAAACUUAUUUCUAAAAAAAAAAAGCUCACGUCAUAUAGUUCAACCCGAAUUUUAAAAAAAAAACUUUGUGUUGACGUGGUAUAGCAAUGAAAUUAUCUAUUUGUUGAACCAUUGAUUUUGGUUGGUUUUUCAUUUACUUACUAAACAUUAUUGGGCAGUGCAAUCAACGAAAAUAAAACCAAGAUUUGCUAUUAGUUUUUUAAAUUGUAUAGAAAAACUCAAAAGAAUAUUAAAAUUGUUUUUCAAAUAAAGUACAACCGAUUGAACACUUUUAAAAAACCGCGUGAAAAAAUCGGAACAUUUUACUCGCCAAAAUAGUGUUUAAGAAAAAAACACACACACACAUCUUCGUAAAACUAUAAUAUAGCUUCUUCAAUGCAUAACAGAAUCUGAAAUAAUGUUAAUAAUACAAAAUACAAGUAUAUUUACUACAUAAACCCGUUGUUUUGUUUAAAAAAUUAACCAAUUUUCAUUACGCAGUCGCGUAUAAUGGAAUUUACGGUAUUAUGAUGUUUACACGUCAUUUUGGCCGACUAUAAAUUACGUCAUUAUACGUACAGUUCACCUACAGCUACUAAUAAUAACAAUAAUAAUAUUCUCGUCUACUCGUCGUCGUCGGUAAGAUAAUAUAAACAGAUUGACGCGGUGCCGCCGGAGGAAGCGAAUAGUAUAUUAUAAUAUUAGGUGUAUAGCGCGUUUAUGAUUUAGAAAAGCAUAAAAGGACAUCGGUGAACAUUAGGACGGGUUUAUUAGGUGCAGGAAGAGUUGACGCCUAUUGUGUAUACGCGCCGACAGGAACCGACUAUUAUACACUUAUAUGUAGAGACUGUGUAUGCAUACCAAUACCUGUCCACGUGUGUAUUAUACUUACCCGCCGUUCACAUCCAUUACGAUUAGGACAACCCGGCGUGGAGGGAGUGGCUUUAAAAUAUAAAAUUGUUAUCAUCGGUUUUAAAUUGUGAGUGAAGCUCAUUGUAUUGGUUUUACUAUAAUGUGUGUGUUUAUUGUGUACGUCUAUAAACAACUUUUCUACCAUAAAUCUUGCUCCAGUCAAAGAGUUCAUAGGAACUUUUUUCUAGCAUUUUUUUCGUCUAAUUAUUACGACCAUGAAGUCUUGUUUUGUAAUUUUCUUAAUAAAUGCGAAAAACUGGAAAUUUUGUAUAUAAUUAUUAUUGUUUUCUGGGUUACCUUGGUAAUAAAGGAAAAAAUAAGACUAUAAUACUCUGUUCAGAAUCGUUCACCGUUAUUAAUGGUUUAUUGUUGCGUACAGAUAUAAAUAAACGAUUCCAAAUAACCUCCCAUCCGGCUUCUUUCCUAUAACAGCGGUACACCCAUCAACAGUACCGGUAUUUUUUCUUUUCUUUUUUUUGAGAAAUAAACUCACGAUAACGAAUUUUAACUUUUUUUUUAUUUUUUCACAGGUCUCAUAACUACUACUGGACGGAAACUCGAUCGAGAAGACGUUUCCGAACAUAUACUGGACGUAAGUUGUAUAAUAAUACAUUUUAUGUCAUGUUAACAAAUAUUUAUACCAUGUGUUCUUAUUUUAUAGUUGAAGGAAAAAAGUUCAAAAAUCAACCUUUAUUUAAAUAACCCAACUUAACCAAAAUCGCUCUUUUUUUAUACUGUCGAACAAAAUGGUCCGCCCUAAUGUACAAUGUUAAAAUGUAUAAAUUUACGGGUUUUCGGAAUCCACAAACGAAAUAAUAAUAAUAUUAUUAUUUUCUACGUCGUAAUAAAACGGACAAUAUUUCAACGCGCAUAACACAAUUUACAUGAUAUUACGGUACGAGUCUAUAUCGUACAGGUGAACGGGCGUAUUUUUAUUGAGUAAUAACUAGGGCCCGGAUUUAUAUGCUCUAAAAACCUUAGAAAUAUGCACUAUACAAUAUAUAUUUAUACUCUUAUUUUGUAGAAAUAUACCCUUUAAAAUGAAACAUAUGCACAAAAAUCGAUUUUCAAAAAAAAAAAAAAAGUGUUUACAUUUUUAUUAUUUCUAUCAUUAUUUUUAAAUUAAGUACAAACGAUUGAUUUGUAAUGGUAUUUUCGACAUUUUUUCAACCUUAAUGCAUAAAAUAUAUUUUGUUUUUAUUUAUUAUGCAUACGACAAAUUCGAUUAAAAAAAAAAAAGUAUUUUAUUUUUAUUAUUUCUGUCAAUAUUUUUAUAAAACUAAUAGAAAUAUAACCAAAAUACUACAUAUUAUGCAUUUAAAAAUCAUUUAUAUGCGAUGAAAAAUCGUGAAAUACAGAAAAAUGCAUUGUAUGUUAAAAAAUAGUAAAAUAUGCAAAAUAAAAUUUUGUAUUUCAGUUCUAUUGACCUUAAUUCAAACUUGUAGCUCAUCUAGCUACUUUUUGGAUUGUCUAAAAAAAAACAUGCAAAUGCAUAUGAAUCCGGGCACUAGUAAUAACUUUUCAAGUUUAACUAUCAGAUAAAACGUCUUUAUUUAUGACUCCCCGAAUACUCGUAAAGUUAUUUACUUAUGCAACGGUUUUACAAUGUGUGUGACGAAAUUUAACGCAGACGACGUUGUUUUAUUUGAAACCAUGACUGAUGUAUCUGUUCAGAUUUCUACUACCUGCUAUAUAAUUCCAUUGCUUAUAUUGCAACAGUGCAGUGUAUCUCAGUUGUGUUAUUUUAUAAGAUAAUCAAAAAACAGUAUCUAUAUAUAAUUUCUCACUAAUAGUUAAAUACUGUUAUUGUUUAAUUUAUACAAAUUGCAUUAUUAAUGUAUUUUAAAAAAAAAAAGCAAUGUCAUGUGUUAUUGGGUAAGAAAUUAUAUAUUGAUACAAAUGAUUUUAUCAUUUUCGUGAUUUUCGGCGUAACCAUGAUCUAACAGAAAAAUGUGCAGAACAAAAUAUUUUCCGAAACGCUUAUUUUAUUUUAAUCGAUAACAAUGUCAUUUAACGAAAUUAUCAAAUACAGCACGGUACAGUAUAAGUGACAAUUUAUUUCCUGAACGGUUCGGUUUGUAGGAGGCUUUGUUUUUUAAUCAUUCCUAACACCAUCACUAUAAUAUAUAUAUAUCGUAUAUAUCCGUUGUAAAUCCUCUCUGUGUUUGAGUGCAUUUUUUUAAAUAUAAUUGUCAAUACAAAUCAACCGUAAAAUUUACGAUGAUUCGAUUUAAUCCCGUUUAAACAUUUGAUAAUCGCAUUACCCACUUUGUUUUAGAGUAUUGUAUUAUGACUACUAUUUUCGCGAAUAGUACGCGCAUAAAGGAGGGUUUUCGGCGGUGUAUUUCUAAAAUUAUUGGGGUGGAUUAUAUGGACGAAACGUUUUUCGGAUCCUUUUUCAUUUCGUUGAGUGCGCAGAUAUAGAAGAAAAACAAAUUUAAAAAAACGAAAAAUCGGCGUUCGAGUGUAUUUCCCCAUAAUUACAAUAAUAUUAUAUAGCCGCCAAAUAUGUUUAGUCCCCCCGUCCGUAUUACAAUACAGUAAAUACGCGUAUAUCUUACAACAUUAUAAACGUAUCCGACAGGUUACAGUCAUUGAUGACGGCGUGCCUGUGCUGUCGUCCACGACCAGCGUGGUGAUAACGGUCGAAGACGUAAACGACAACAGUCCGGAAAUGCUGAAAAAGGCGUACAGGUUCAAAAUACCCGAAACGCAGCCCGCGCAGGAGCCGCUGUCAAUCCAAGAGAAUGGCACGACCGCGGAGCCAAGCGAGAUCGACGAGCAGUUUGACAAAAAACCGUGGACCACCUUCGGCCCCAACGACAUCGUGGGGCCCGCUUUAUUCAGGGUACGUGUCUCCCGUUCUAAAUUGUUUGAUCAUGUAAUAUAUCGGGGCUUUCAUAUAUGCUGUAGUCUAUGGGCUCUCACCAAAAAAGCUAACAAGCAAACAAAAAAAAGGUCAGUCGGGAUCAAAUAUGUCCCUGUACCCGUGGUCGGGCACACGCCAUUCAUAGGCUACACUAGGGGCCAAUAUAUCCUAAAUACAGCCCUGUUAUGUAUUAUUAUUAUUAUGCGAUAAAAAAUAACUAAACAAAUAUGAAACACAAAUAAAAUAGUAAAUGUCAAUUUUUAAGAUGCGACAUUUUUGUGCGUAUAAUAUAGGAUUAAGAAAUAUCAAAUAUAAAUAUACACCAGAGUUGAAAUUUUAGUCCACUUUCAUCGCCGUACUACGUCACAAUAUUUUAAUUACUAGUUAUAUCAGCAAUAUAUUACAAUGAAAAAUAUUCUCCGUUUAUAACACUUUUCAGUUGCUAUAAUUUUUAUUUUUUUAUUUUUUUUUUACCGCGUUGAUGUUUAUCGGGAUUUUUCACCAAGCAUUAUGAAUAUAUGAAUUAUACUGAAUUUAUUCACUUAUAUUAUUUUAAAAUUCACUUACCGACUAUUUAUUUGUUUUUAAAUUUAUUGUUCGGAUAUUAUAAUAAUAUAUACAAUUUGUAUUAUUAUAAUACCUAUAGUCAUAAUAAAUAUUGUAACAAUGAUGGGUUUUUUAUUUUUUAUCUAUGACGAUGUUAAAAUAUAUAAUAUAAAUUUCAUACCAUUGUGAACGCAUUAUUAAAUUUGUCAUCCCACCGCCCUUUUACAGUCAGAAUUUUUAAAAUAUCCUGUCCGCCAAAUAGUCGGGAACACUCGCAUGCGCCGUCAAUACCUAUGCGCAUAAUUGCAGUGCGUCGCAUAAAUAAAUAGAGAUAAAAUAGUUGAUGCAUAGAUAAUAAUAUUUUACACGUACCUAUUAUACAACGUUGUUUGUAAAGGGUUUCUAUAAUUUAUACAUUUUGAAGAUCACAGAAGAAAUCCUAACCCGACCCCGUUUUACAGCGAUAUUAUAAACCAGCGUAAAAAUAUUUAGGUAGGUAGCUGUGUACGUACCUCAAUUAUUAUUGCACGAAAUGUAGCUUGCAAUUAAUUUUCUCUAAUUACUUUAGUAUGUAUACAGUAUAUAAUAUUAUUCACGUUCGUUAAGUUGACCUCACAUAAGUUCUCCAAUUUUUAAUAGAAGGUUAAAAGUAUUCACGACUUUUAUAACAAAAAAAUUACACCAUAAGUUUUAAACCAAUGUCAGAUUAUACAAAUUAAUUUAUUCGUCAAGAAACGGCAAUACGAUUUAUGACAAAUUUAAUAAAUAAUUUUAGCAUUUUAAAACCAUUAUAUAAGUACAUUGUGUUAAUUUGUUUUCAGGUAACAAUUAUAUUUCAACUGAGAUCCAAAUAGUUUUUUUUUUUUUUUUAAUAAGGUUAAUGUAACAAUUUUAUAGGAACAUUGAGUCUAUUUUCAAAACUCUUAUUAAAUUUAAAAAAUUGUACGAGUCAAAGUUGUUUGAAGAAAAUACGACUAUUCGAAUGUGGUAUUAAAAAUAUGUAUUUCCAUUUAAGAAAAUUAAAGUAUUAUUAUGAAUGCGCUUAUAAAAAUGCACAAUAAGAAUUAAAACUUUGAAAAAUAGUUUAAAAAUGCUUACUUUGGUUCCUACCCCUAAACUUCCUGAGGGAAUUUCAAAUCAAAGUCCAUCCACCGAAGUAUGCAUAGUGUGCACACUAGUGUCAUAGUGCUAUGCAUAGCUAUAAUUUUAUUACGUGUAUGAAGUUAGCCCAUCCUAUAUAUACGAGUAUAUAUAUAUAUAUAGGUAUUCGUAUUAUUGUUAUAACUUUUUAAUUUAUCAAAAUACUUGUUUUGCAUUUAAAAUGUAUACACAAAAAUAUAGAGAAACGUUAACGGGAAUAAAUAGUAUUGAAUGCAUAGUUUUGUAAACUGUUAUAUAGAAUUUGUCCCAAAAUAUUCGGAUACAAUUCAUUAUGAUACGAUUAAAAACGUAUUGAAGUGUUCAGUGAAAAACAAUUGGAUACUAUAAAAGUAGAAUGAUAUUUAUUUGUAAUAUCUUUAAUAAAAAGACGUGUGUGAAAUUAGCCCCUCCACUACACUAGAAAACAUCCAAAAUAUUUGUAACCCAAUUUUUUUAAUUUGUAACUCGUUGUUACAACUUUUUGAAAUUUGUAACUUCAUCGUUUACAAGUUAAAACUGGUUUCUCAAUGAGAGUUUAGCAAUAAAAAUAAUCCAAUAGGUACUUUGUAUUCAUCAAAUAUCUAUUGGCUUAUUGAUUUUCAAAUAGUUUAAGGCAGUUGGGAGGUCAAGCUUUUGUUCGAGAAACUAGCUGUAACUCUGGUACAGUGAGAUUACAAAUUUUAAAAAAUCGGUUACAAAUAGUUCCGAAUUAAGCUCAAUGAGUUACGAAUGUUUUGGAUGUUUUCUAUUGAAGUGAAUGAGCUAACUUUACACAAAUAUUUUUAAAAAAAAUAUUACAAAUAAAUACCAUUCUAUUUUUGUAAUCUCAAAUUGUUUUUCACUGACCAAUUCAUUACGUUUUGAACCGUAUUAUAAUGAAUAUUAUAGUAUCUGAAUAUUUUGGAGUGGAACAAAUUGUAUACAACAAUUUACAAAAUUAUGAAUUUAAUAAUAUUUACUCCCGUUAAUGUUCCUCUAUAUUUCUGUGAAUUUAUUUAAAUGCAUAACAAGUAUUUUGAUAAAUUACAACGUUAUAACAAUUAUAUGAAUACUGGCAUACGAUAUAUAUAUUAUAAGUAACUAGUGGAAUGUAUAAUAUUAGGUCGUGAGGGGGCGUUCCUGUUUUUAGCCAAUACGAGGUACCUAUACUACAGGGGAAAAACGUCCUAGCAAUUUUCAGAGAGAAUAUUAUAAAUAUGUACUAUACAAGUAUAAAUAGGUGUAAAACAUAUUUUCACGCCAAACUUCGACUUUAACCUACUGACGUCCAAAAUUGUAUUACAUUUCAUGUCGAAAAUUCUGGAUUUGGUAAAUUGAGUCCAUCGUAUAAAGUAAAUAACAAUAAUUAUGUGAAAAUUGAAUAAUAGUAAUAACAAUAUUGUCUAGAAUAUUAUCCAAAAGUUAAGCGCAUUAAACUACCCUCCUCUUUUAUAUUUUAUCUUAAUUGUAUAUAAUUUUGAUUUUUUUUUUUUUUUUUAUUGUAUUUAAUUAGCACGUAAUUAGCAUUAAUUUGCGCGAAAAUUUUCGGAAUUGUUACGCAACUCGUUCUUCGAGAAAAAUAAAUAUUUUACUGGAGGAGUUGGAGUAACGUUACCCCCUAACCUCUCCCAACUCCCUUAAACACACAUUAUACGAACAUUUUCGGAAUUAGUAUGAAACUUGUUAGUCGAUAAAAAAUAAUUUAUUAAUUUACCAACCUUUGUGUUUUAUACAAAUUAUUUUUCUUUAUAUUGAACUAAUUAAAAAAAACUUAGCUAAUAACCGUCCUAUAUAUGUGUGCAAUACUGAUAUGUACAAUUUUUUUUUUUACCGACACGUUUUUUUUUAUUAUUUUAUAUCAGAUAUUAGAUUCAAUCCCCAUUAUUUUAUCUAUAAUAAUAUUAAUUAAUUCAUUGAACAAAUUUUUCUGGCUAUGUAAAUUUGAAUACUUAGUGCUUGAUAAUUUCCAAGCUUAACAUGAUUACGUAUAGAAAUAAUAAAAAACGUAGUAAUAUGGAAAUAACAAUAGUGUGUAACAUAUUAUUUAUUUUUAUGCCAAAAUGUAUUAAAUUACUUGUUUUUUUAUGUAUUAUAUUAUUACUACUUUUAAGCUUAUGAUUAUUUAGUGCACCUACAAUAAUAAUUCACACGGUACUUACGUACAUUCGGUCGUUAUCCGUUUGUGUGAGCACGAUUAAUGAUUGAAAAUUAAAUAGCAGAUUUGGCUUUACGCUUAUCGUACUUGAUUAUUCCAAAAAAAAAAAAUAGCAAAUGUUAGGUAUUAAAAAUAUACGUUAAAUGUUUAUCUCUAAUCAUUUUGUAAUUAUAUUAAUAAAUUUACCGAUUUUAUUUUUAUAUGAGGUGCUCAAUUUACUGAUUUUGAAAAACGUUAAAUUCGCUGGGACUUAAUUUAUCUACGCCUCUAUAUUAUGUAGAAAGUAUAUUUUAAUAAUUCAAAAGAUAAGUUUUAUCGUUAUAGCCUAACAAAAUCUUAAAAUUUAAUAAAAUUUUUGCCUUUCCGAACAAUAUGAUAUAAUAGGACAUUUGAUGUUUUAUGGAUAUAAGAAUAUUUUGGCGUUUGAAUAAAAUAUAAAGGACUUAAUACAAAAUAAUAGUUCGACGUAUUAGAUCCUUGGCGAAAUUCAUAUAAUAUGUAUUAUUUUAUUUUUUAUAUGCAUUAUAAUAUGUACCUUUUUUUUUUCCUGGUUAACCGACAGCAGUGGGAAAUCAGUUUUUAACAUUACUACCCCACUACUGCCAUCGUUUAUUAAAAAGUAUAAUUCAGUAAUGCUUUGUAAAAUCCUGUUUUCCCCUUCGCGGGGCAGACUCACAUUAUUAACUAUAUUAAGUAAAACUAAGGUGAGUGGUAGGACCGCGUCACCUCCUGGCAUUAUACUAAUUUAACCUAACCUAUAAAAGACCCUAAGCCGGCUGCUGGGUCCUAUUGUGUGGUGACUUUGGUGCCCUGGACUGGUGAGGCGGCUGCUCCUAUUGUAGCCGAUCAGCUCCAACCUCGGCCUCCCUUAUCCUUUCGUCAUGCUCCUUGCGGCUCAGUAUGUUCUCUACCAUGCGAUAGAAAGACUAUGAACUGCGAAAGGAUGCUGCCUCGAUCUGAUCGUGUAAAGCCCGGUCAGAAUCCCGGGAUGGGAUGUCUUCCAGCCGCAGAGCAGGUUUUGAACGUCGCUGGGAGCUAUGUUUCUUCCGCCAACAUACGCUCUGACGUCUUGCCGAUAUAGUUCCCGUUGAGGGCAUGUAAAAAGCGUGUGCUCGACGGUGUCUUCAGGGUAUCGACAAUGGUGACAUUCCGCGUCUAGGGUUAUAAUAUGUACCUAUAUACACUACAGUCUGUGAUCGGUAUAUGUCUUUUUUUUAAUUAUUAAUUUUUUAUUUUGUUUAUCCUCGUUUACAGAUCGUGGCCAGUGACAAGGAUUCCGGAGACAAUGCUCGGUUAACGUAUACAAUGAAAACCAUACAAGGACUCGGCGAUAUAUUUUCCGUGGAACCCGACACCGGUGUAAUAUAUUCUGACCACACGUUUAGAAGCGAUCAAGACUUUUCGUUUUACGUGAGUAUAAUAUAAUAUGAUAUAAUACGAGAUACAUUAUAUUUGGCGAUCCACAAUAAUAAUAAUUACUGAUACGCAAAGUGUUUAUGAUUCUACCAUGACAAAAUAAAUAAGUAUGAUCAAAUGUUUUCGUCUAAUCUUGCACACCAGACCCACUGCAAUUUGUCAGAUAUCAUUAGUUGUGUUAUUUUAUAUCCCAACUAACUACUGUUUUUUGUCUGUUUUUCUUUCUAUUUUUGUGAUCAACAAACUAAUUUUAUCACGUUUUUUAAGUUCAUAGAUUUUAGACUUUAGUUUUCAAUUAAAAUGCCAGUCUGCAAUUCCAUAAAUUGUUUUACUGGAAGUAAAAAAAAAAACUAGUAUACAAAUAAUUCGUAAAAAGUCGUCCAAUCUGAAUUUUACUACUAAAUACAUUAAAGUAUAUAAAUAUAAUAAUAUAACAUGUUGUUUGCUAUCUUUAUAUUGUACCAUUAAGCUAUAACACCCAUAAAAAAAUAUUGUAAUCCUGUGGUAUUCUUUCCUUGUCUUGUAAUGUUAUUUAUUUAUUAAUUACCCAUUAAUAUGAAAUACUCUAUUUUAUUAUUCAUUAUUUAGAUCAAGCGACAUGAAAAAAUAAAAAUAAAACUAACUUACUGGUCUUUAAUCUAUUACCAUCGUAAUAUAAUAAUGUACAUUCGUAAUGUUAAUUUUGACGACCAAUGAGAAGCGUCGAAGCAAGCAUUAGUCGUCGAGGUCUGAUAAAGGGAGUGCGUAUCGGUAGAAAUUUAAUCAUACUCAGUUAUUUUGUCAUGGACAGAUCUACAGAAUAAAAGCAACAAAGAUGGCUAAUAACACUCAAUUUUGUCUGUAACUCACCAAAUUUUUUAAAACGAAAUUCCAUUUUUUCUUUUUUAAGACAGUAUUUUGUUUUCUGAAUAAUUUAUUUUAGUUAUUUAUCAUAUGACAAAUAUCAAAAGAUCUCUGUUGUUAAAUUUUAGAUUUAGUUGGUUAGUAAUAUAGUAAAGUAUUUUAUGGAAAUAACGGUUUCAUUCAUUUAAAUUUUGUUUUUAUUGUAAUUCUGUCAAAAAUAAUUGUAAAGACCUGCAAUUUUUACAGAAUACAUAAUAUAUUGAUCUUUUCUAGUCGCGGUAAAAUUGUUGAACUAUAGGUAUUAUAUGGAUAAAAUUGUUUGACCAAACAGAUAUCCUUAAACGCAAGGUUUAAUUUGUACUCAUAAUAUGAGUGGUCAAAAAAAAAAAGCGUUUUAAGAUUAAAUGUCGACCAAAGUCGUAAAUAUUACGGCUUUUUAAAAUAUGAAUGACCGAAUGUCGCUCAGAAUCGCUUUUCGUGAGCAAUUUAUCAUCGUUUAUUUCAAAUAUAAAUUCAAAAUCUUUCCAAUUUCUCACCUACAACAGUGACGUGAAACACCCGUACUCUAACCUAUUAUCAGCUCUUUUCUUUUCUUUUUUUUUCUUUUUUUUUGGUCGUUUUUAAUAGGUACACGAUUAAUUGUUUUUCGUUUUGAAUGAGUAUAUACCCGACGAACAAUAUAAUAAUAACGACUAUUAUGCACGCGUCUUAUGUAUAAGUACUGACGUAAAAUAUACGGCUGCGUAAUGUAAUACGAAGUCCCGAACCGCAUUAUAUUAUUGCCGUUAUAAUGCUAAUUUAUUUCCGUCAAUACUGUGCGCGAGUAAUGCUAUUCUGUGAUUAUAAUGCCAUUUGGUUUAUUAUAUAUGUAUAUCCAUUUUUCGUUUCGAGCAUAAUUCAGUAUACAUAAAAUAGGUACCUACACGUAUAUUUACCGCCUUGUCGUCAUCGGCAGUAUAUAUAAUAUGAUAAAAACAUCAAAAUCCAAUUUAUAUUUCCACGCGAAAUCUCAAUACGAAAGGCAACGCGUAAUUUUUUUUUCUCCGGAAAAAAAAAAAUAUAUAUAAUAAUAAUUUUCUUUGUUUGACACAUACCGUACAUAUCUCUCGCGUUCGAACCGUCAUUAUUUACUUCUGUAUCAAACAUCUAUAUAUUUACGAACAUACGAACUCGUAUCUUGGAGUUAUUCUACUAAACGCACAUCGUGUAUAUACAGAGUGGUUUUUUUUAUCAUGAACCAGCAAUUAUCUCAGAGGAUUUUAAAUGAAUUUGAUUUCUGUUUUUUCUAAUCUCUACGGAAUCGUUUAAGCUUUAUUUUCAAACCAUUUUUAAUCUUUUAACCCUACUCCAUAUACCUUAAAUAAGUGCAUACUUUUUAAUUUUCAAAUAGGAACCCCCUCCCUUUUGAACACAUAUUUGAAUAAAAAAUAUUUUUCCUAUUCCAUAGAGAUUAGAAAAAACAGAAAUCAAAUUCACUUGAAAUCAUCUAAGAUAAUUACUGAUUCAUAAUAAAAAAAAAAAUCACCCUGUAUGUAUAUAUAUUAUAUACGAUAUAAUUCACGAAAAACGUUCGCAAGUUUCCGCAUUGCAUUGUUUUUACUUUUUUUUUUUUUUUGUCCCAAGGCGUUUUCGUACUUAGAAUUUUUCUUCUCGACUAGCCUCUAUGUUUUUAACGCAACAGAAAUAAUAAUACUCAUGGACUCCUUUGAAUCAUAUUAAAUGUACAGGGCAAUAAACGGUGUACAAUAAGACGAAUAAAAGAAGAUUCAUAAAACUCCUUUCAUCUACUAGCAUUCAAAAUAAAAUUAAAAAAAAAUCUUUACCAGAACAGUAAUAAUCGCUGCUUCGAACCUUUCCCUAGCAAAUUAAUUUGAAUGGAAAUAAUAAUUUUUUUUACAGACGGGCGCUUAUUAAUCAUAUUAUACCUACUGUUCUACAUGAUAUUUUAUCAAAUUUUUUUUUUUUUUUUUUUUCUUCUAGAAAUGGGAGGGUUAGUCAGCUGUAUAGAAGGUAAAUAAAGUCGAUAUUAUCAGUGUUAAGCGUAUUACAAUGUUUUAAAAAAUAUUUUCUUAUCGUAUUCAAAUUCACAAAUAGGGGUGCAAUUUUGAAACAAUAUGGUAACACGGCCGUUGAACGAUUUUAUAACGUCUAAAAAACCACACCAAUCAAAUUUACUCAAAAUAUUCGGUUAUUAUUAUUAUUAAGUCGUAGCACAAGUAUGUACGAUAACGAUAUUAUACACUCUAGUUCAAAAUAGUCGACGCGUAUUGUUAACGAGCGGCCAUAUACGCGUGUCCAUUGGCCCGUCGCACCACAUAUAUUUUAUUUUCUACGUAGGUCAUCUCAUUAGUGCUAAUAACGAGGUAGUAGCAGCCGUCCGAAAAAUAAAAAAAACGAAACAAACCCAAAAUAACGCUCACGACAGAUCAAAUCCAUAAUUUUUUUUUUAUUAUUUAUUUUAUAUUGUUGUUGCUUUAUAUAGAUACGAGCCACCGACAAUGGGUCACCGAACAUGAGUGCCACGGCCAAAGUGAUUGUGGAAGUGUUGAAAAUUCCCGAAAACUCAAAACACGCACCCGAAAUUCAAAAUCCAAACCAACAAGUAGACAUAACUGAGAGCGACAUGGUUGGCUAUAUAGUGGCGCUUAUCAACGCCGUGGACAAAGACCAAGAUUACCUUUGGUACAGGAUUGAAAGUAAGUGUAUUUACUUUAAUAAUAUAUGUAUAUGAAUCUCUGUGACGGGAUACAUAAUGCCUCCCUCUCUCGUGUUUCGGAUUUAUGAAAAAAGAUUAAAAAAUAUGUUAAAUUUUGAAAAUAAAAAAAACUGACGUACUAAACAAACCUUUUAAUAUUAUAUUAAAUUUGUAUGUUCCAUUUAAAUUCUGAGUGGAACAAAAAAUGUGUUGGUUUUACUAUGUUGUUUAUUUUUAUCUGUGCGCAACUUUUUUACCAGCAAUCUUGCUCCGAUUUUUAAGUGUAGUAACUUUUCAAAAAGGAAAUCUUAAUAGGAAGGUGCUUUAAGGAGGUCAUUUUUUUGAAGAAUUUGUAUUGUCAAAUGGGAAAAGCAGAUGAAAAACGGGAAAAUGUACGAAAUGUAGGUAUUAGUUGAACAAUAUUUCGGCCAUUUUUUUUCCUGUGAACAAUUUUUCUACUAUCAAUUUUUGUCCGAUUUACAAUAAUAGGACUUUUUCUGAAAGGAACUCUGACAGGGAAGGUACUUUAGGUAGGUUGUUUUUUCGAUUUUCCUGUGAGUUUUCCCAGCAAAUAUGAAAAACCAAGAAAAAAAUAUGGGAAAAACAUAGAAAAAACGGGAAAAUUGGUAACAAAAUUAAACAAAUAUUAUUAAAAAAAUAUAUGAUGCCUAUUUAAUUAUUUUACCAUAAUAUGACAUACAUAUUGUUGACAAAGUAUCGCUAUCAACUGAACUCCGCUCAGAAUCGUUUUUCGUUAGAAUGGUAUAUCGUCGCUAACAGAUAUACAAUAAAUUACCUAUAAUACCUACAAUAGUGGCUGCACUCGUCCCCAUUAACCUAGGACAGCUUUUUUCUUUUAGAUUCGGAUUGUAAUGAGGUAUUGGUUUUACUAUUAAACUAACUAAACUAAUUAAACUAUUUUUGCUACCAGUAAUAUUGCCCCAAUAUAAAGACGACAAAAACCCCUUUUUUGGUGCAUUUUUAAAAUUUAUUGGUUUGUAGGAAAAUCGUGUUUUGGUUUUUCCUGUAGUUUUUUGAAUAAUUGAACAAACCAAGAAAAAAAAACGUAGAAAGAACAAAAAUAAUGCUUUUAUUAUUUUCAUUUUUGUUUGUUGUUGUAAUUCAGUUUAAAAUAUUCGUAGACAUGAUAAAAUUUUCAAAACGUUUUAGCCAUUUUGAGGUAUUUAUAGGCAUUAUAAUUUUGUGAAUUUGUUUCAUAAUUUGUAUGUGAUAAGUAUUGUAUGAAUAAAAUUGUUGUUUGACUAAACAGAAAUGAUUACAAAUUUAACAAGUUUUUUAUAAGCCGUACUUAGUGGUCAAAAAAAAAAUUUGUUUUUAUAAUUUAGUAUUUUUUUUUUUUUUUUAUAAGAGUUUUAAUAUCACAUUUUUAAAAUGUGUCUUACCGAGCUUAGUUCCGAAUCAUUUUUCGUUAGCAAUGGUUUAUCGUUGCUUACAGAUAUAAAUUAAAUUACUUUUUAUAUCCUACCUUCCCUACUUCCCACCUAUAACAAUAGCACACUCUACCAGUAUAUCAGCUCUUUUUAAUUCUUUUAAUACGAUGUUCGUAAUUGCGUUAUAGUUUAUACAUUAGGUUUUUUUAAAAAUAGAAGAAAAAACAGGAAUCGUAAAAACUACCAUAAAAUACAUAGAAAUUAAGUAGGAAAAAAAUAUGCUAAAGGGGGAGGAGGAAGACACACAAUUUUGAAAUUACCAAACAAAAAUGUAGUAUAACCGAGUCCAUAUUACUGAUUUUUACAUGACUAAUUCAAAUUGUAUACAGUAAGAAAACAUUUACCGUUGGGCAACUAUGCCAUUUACCAAUUUUCAAAAUUUAAUUGUAUUUAUAUUGUUUAAUAAAUGCUCAUUUAAAAAUACAUUUUAAUUUGCUUAUAUUGAAAACCGUUCAACAUUUACUUAAGUCCUUCUUCCCUGAGACUAAAGAUAUAAUAUGUUUUUCUUAUUUGGUACAAAUUUAUAUUCGUCUCGACGACGGUCUCUGUGAAGAACGACAACCAGAAACAUCAACCUAAAACGUUCAUGACACAAACAGCUAAGGGAAUAGCGUAUACUACAAUUGUUAUUUCCAAUAUACCACGGCAAUAUUAUGUAAAUAGUACUCAUCACUAAGACACUGAAGUCUAACGUACGCAUCACGUGUAUUGCGUGUAUAAUGAUAGAAAAAACUAUAUUAAACCGAGACUUUGGGAUUCUCGUCUUUAUCUUUGUCGUUUUUCACAGUACGUAUAUUGUUACUGAGUCAUAAACAAUUUCACGUCGUGUGUCAAACAAUAAUUUUAGGGUAGUAAUAUAAAACCAUCUGGAUGCAUAGUUACGUCGCAUAUCAUAUCAGCUAAUGGUGUAACUCGAACGGGUUUUUGUUUAUACAAAUAUUAUCACUUGUUUUUCCGAAAUUCCAUGACAUCCGUAAAUAUUAUUUUCUUUUCCGCGGUACAGUGUCCUGGUAAAUUUGUUCGAAAACACAAACUUCAAAAUACUCGAUAUUACACCAAGUAUUAACAUACGCGUAUUACGCGUAAGUAUAUGCAUAAUAGUAUAAUAAGUUUAUUCGAGUUUUUAAGACCUGACUUUUUUACUCGGUACCUAGUCCUUUCUGGUCGUGGUAAAAUUUUCAAAACAUUUGAGCGAUUUUUGAGAUUUGUACGUAGCCAUUUGACAUUCUCUAAAUUAUUUUAGUUUUAAUUGAUUUUGUAUGAAUAAAAUUAAUGUAGCUUCUAAAAAAUGUUCUCAGUAAGUUGUUCUGUUUGGUACUAUAAAAAUAUCGGAAACCCGAAAUUAUGUUUUUUUUUUUUUUUUUUUUUUUUUUUUUUUAUAUAUAUAUAUAUAUAUAAACGGUCAAAGUUCAAAUGUUGAUGAGAAUAUUAAAAAUCAUGGAAUUUCGCGUGCUAUUUAACGAUUAUUUAUGAGAAUUAAAUUUGUUUUGCUUAACAAAAAUGCUCAAAAAUCGAAUACAAAAAAAUACGAACAAUCUUAACUUGUUUAACCAAACUACGCUCAGAUUCAUUGCAAUGAUUGAUCGUUACAUACAGAUUUAUAAAUUAUCCUAUGUAUCUAAGAUAAUUCUAAGAAUAAUUUAUGAAUCACGUAUCAACUCUGACACUGAGGAAUAGUUUAGAAAUAGACGAAAACUCUCGUAGAAAAUAGGGUUCAUUAAGAAAUAUACGAUUGGGAAAAUUACGUUUAGAUCGCGUUUAAGAUGGGAAAACCGUGUCAAAAAAAUGUUAAAACAAUGAAACCAAUUAUACAAUAAAGAGAAGUUAUAGAAAAUAUAGAAAGAUUGCGACAAAUUUAUCUAGAGGGCUGGUAUUAAAAAUCGAAACCUACAAGUAGAAGAAGAAGAUUAUACAAAACGUUAUUUUCCGUUAUUCUAGUUCGGUUGUAAAAAAAAAAAAUAAAUAUAUAUAUAUUGUAAUAGAGACAAACUAGAGGAAAUUUCUAUUAUAAUAACGGAUUUUUUCUGCUAACUGAUGUUUUUCUUGAAGUGAAUCACUGGCGCAGCCAGAGGAGGGAGAGUGUUUCGGGUGUAUGCACAUUGGAGACUCUCCUCCAUCCGUGUUUCAGUAAUACAAGUGUAUUACAAAUUGUUAUAUGUAAACAAGUGACACCUCUUUUCAAAAACUCCUGGUAGCGCCAAUGACGUGAGUUAUUUAAUAUUAUAGUUUAAUGUACCUAUUUGUAUUUAUAGUACAAAUACUGCGAAUUAUAUAACUAUGUAUAUGCAACAAUAUUAUAUAUAAUAUAAAUUAGAAACUAUUGAAAAGCCAAAAAAAUGAAAUAUUUGUUUUUAUCUCGUCAGUAACGUUUCAAAGUUCAUUUGUGUGUUUGUGUAUUUCAUAUUACAAACCGAAUUUUCAAAGGAAAAUCAACAAAAACUCAUUUAUGUACAAUUUUGAAAAGGUAGGGUACAUAAAUCUAUUUAAUUUAUAUCUGUAAGCGACGAUAAACCAUUGCUAACGAAAAAUGAUUCAGAACGAAGUUCGGUUAUACAUAUUUUAAAAAUUUGUAAUUAAAACUUUUAAAAAAUGUUUGUGUUUUUUGGGAGACAAAAGUUUCUGCUCAAAUAUGUAGUGUAUUAUACAAUGUUGCAAUAUUAUUUGUUUAACUGCCGGGACACGCCCAAAAUAGUUGCCUGAAACGAGUGUCGACGCCUUUCGCGGCGGACAUACGAUCCAGGCAUUAAAUGAUGUAUUUCGGUUAUUUUCGUCCUCUAGGCGGCGAUCCGAACUCGGAUUUCAUGAUCGAGGACGACGGAAACGUGCUGCUGGCCCGGCAGCUGGACUGGGAGACGCGGAAGGAGUACAACCUCACGGUGGCGGUGACGGACGGGGUGUACACGGCCACCACGCAGCUGUUGGUCAGCGUCAAAGACAUCAACGAGUACCGGCCAAAGUUCUCGCAGGACGUCUACGAAGUAAACGUGACGGAAAACGCCGAAGUCGGUUCGCCGGUUGUCACGCUCAAAGCCACCGACGACGACCAGGACCUGAAGCUGCUCUAUGGCAUACACAGCGCGCAGCACGUCAACUCGGUCAGGUCGUUCGCCGUCGACUAUCAAACGGGCGUUGUUUCGGUACAACAGCCUUUAGACAGGUACGUUGUACAUUAAUUUAGGGCCCGAGACUCAUUGCACUUAAAAUUCACAAAAAAGCGUUUAAAAACGUUAAAAAAAUGCUUAAAAAAAGCACUUUAAACAAAUAUUAUUAGACAAUAUGUUAGAAGGGUUUAAAUGUUCCUCUGUCUACAGACUCUAAAUUAUUAAAUACAAUUUUCUAAUACGACACAAAUUAUUUUGUUUGGAUACAAUUUUACGUAUUUAAAAAAAAAUAACUGGGUCAACUUUAGUUUUGUAGUGUUGGAAAAUUGUCGUGGUUUAUUAUCAAUAAGGAAGCUGUGUCUAUAGUAAAUAUAGUAGAGUAAAAAAUGUAUUUAUUUUAAUUUUUAUUAUCAUCAUUAUUAUUCGUAAGGGAGCCGCUAAUUUGAUUUUCAAGAUCAGAAGAGCCAUGGACCCAAGAAAGUUGAAAACCACUGGUCUAUAGGUACAGCGUAGUGAAACCGCAAUGCCGGAAUAUAUUACCGAUAUCGAUUCGUACAAACGUUUUGUACGAAAUUCAGCGUUGAUUUUAUCUUAUUUAAGGCUCAUUUAAAGAAAUUCGUUUUUUCAUAUGAAUUUGUUAAGCAAGAGUAGUACAAACGUACUUCCUUUUUUAUUUUUUUUUGUUUUUUCGGUUUUUUUUUUUAUUCUUGAGUGAAAGAUUAUUUUAAGAAUACAAGUUAAACUCACCGUGCAAAAUAACUAAAUUAACUAAACGCACACAUUUUUCCUGCUAAACAAUAUACAUUACAGAAUUAAAAUAACGUUUAUAAAAUUAAAAUUUGGGCAGCGGUUAAAUUUUACUCCAGCUUAUUGGUCUUUAACGUCAUAUUCGUCCGUAAAAACGACAUUAAACCUGGACAAUAGAUUAGUGGACAAAUCGCAUCAUUAAAGGUAAAAAUAAUUUUAAAAUUUUACAAGAAAAGAGAGUAUAUGGAAAACCAUUUCCAUCCUUAGAGAAAAAUCUAACAUCGACCGUUUUAUUUUCGGAAAAAAAAAAUUACAUUAUUAGAUUUAUAUGACACACUGCCUAUCACACUUUUAACGUCCAUAUACUGUAUACCUAACAGUUAAACGUUUUUCAAGUUGUUACCGCACGUUGUGCGGAUUUUUCUAGCCAAGUUCCGUACGGUCAGAUACGUAACAUAAAAAUUUAUCAUAUGCUUUUUGUGGUGUAUUCAAAGGAUUUAAUUAAGGAUUUUUAUCGACUUCCGAGCCGCUCUUUUUCAAAUCCAAGAUUAUAGUUACUAAUUCGUAAAAAUAUAUAAUAUAAUAUAAUAUAUGUACAUUUUUUUUUUACAAACAAAAGUGUCUUCGGACUUCAAUUUAAAACUUCUUUUACGUAAUUUAAAUAUACUUCUUAUAUAUAAAAAACUAUAUUAAAAAAUGAACGAAAAAUCCGAAAUAAUAAUAACAGCUAAAAGUGAAAAUUAAAACUUUUUCAAUUUUUCCAUGGAUAUUUUUAUUUUUUAUAUAUAUAUUGACUAAAUGUAAUUGUAUAUAAAGUUUAGUGUUUAUUUUAUUGUCUACAUAUGCCCAUUAACAUAAGAAUCCUUUGUAAUAUCUAUGUAUAAUGUGUAAUAUUUUACAAUUUUAUACAUGUUUGUUCUAUAAAUUAAAUAAUUAAUAAUUAUUUUAAAAAAAAAAAAGGUAAAGUCUACCUUUGUGUUUUUUAAAACAUGUUUAAAUUAUAAUACUUCGGCAUUAUUGAUUAUUUAUAAACUUUUUGAACUAGAAUGCGUGUUUAAAACGAUUUCAUGAUAGUGCAUAGCAAAUUUUUUCGCCAAUUUGAUUACCGGGUGUAUAAUUAUACAAAUAUGAUUUUUGUUGAUUUCUCAGUUACCUUGGCAACAAGGAGAACAUACGACUAAUAGUAUUCUGUUUAGAAUCGUUUUUGAACAAUUUAAUUCAUUUUUAACAAUAAACAAUUGUUUAUUGUAGCAUAGCAUACAGAUGUAAAUUAAAUUAUUACUCUGUAUAUAUUCUCCCUUCCAACUUCCCUUUUUAAAUAAUAGCACAUCCAUCAUGUAGUAACAGCCUCUUUAAUAAUAUAUUUACGUACUUUUCUAACUGUCGUUUUUUCGUUUGUCCCGCGAUACCAACAGGGAAAGUAUAGCCAGACACGAACUGACCGUUUUAGUCAAAGACCAGAGCACGCCGUCCAAGAAGAACUUUGCCCGCGUUUUAAUCACCGUGAUCGACAGCAACGAUCAUGCGCCCGAGUUCAGCUCCAACAUCGUACAGGGCCGAGUGUUCGAGACGACCGCUGUAGGCACUAGCGUCCUCCAAUUGUUGGCUACGGACAAAGACCACGGGGAAAACGCCGCCGUUUCCUAUCAAAUCAUAUCUGGUAAGCACGCAACUAUUUUAACGUCAUUCGGGGACACAUAUUCCUCGUCCCCGGCAUCUGACCGAAAUAACUUAUUCGUUUAUAAGUACCCGCAAUCGAGUAUACAGGCCGAAAAUUAAACUUCAAUUUUAAAUUGUGAAUAAAGCGUGAAAUCUGUUAUUAUUUAUUUUACAAAAUACAGCAAUUUUUUGUUUCCCUUGAAAAAUUCCAUCUGACAACUGAACUGUCGGAGGAAACGAUUUUUUUCGAAAAACUCAAAACAGCGAAUACUGCAAUUGUUGCAGUAGCUCUAUUCGGAUAUGUAUUCGUGAUUUCUCGCUUUUAUUAUGUUUCAACAAACAAAUGAUUAUUAUCAAAAAUAACAGUGUAGCAGUGUUCGUAUAUAGAGUAGGUAAAUAUUCCCAGUUGCUACCGUUGUGUUUCAAUACAACCCGAUUCAUUUCAACCCGAUCGUCUGAUCUGUCCAUGAGUAGAUUGCCCGUAAUUUUAUUUGAUUAUCGUGUAAUUCUUUUUUCUUUCCUCAAAAUGUCUGUUCUACUCCACGAACAGGGAAUAUCGGCAACGUGUUUAGUAUCGACAGCAAGCUGGGCACCCUUCACGUUAUGAAAGAACUGGACAUGUCCGUAACGUCGGAAUAUACUCUUAACGUGAAAGCCGUCGAUUCGGGUUCGCCACCACAGUAUUCCACUGUGCCCGUGUACAUAAUGGUUGUGAUGGCCGACAACGCCCCUCCCAAGUAAGACAAUACGUCCAAAUCUCUAAAUAUGUUGUUUCCAUUGCGAUUCUGACCGCGUAAUUAUCCGGUGGUUCACGUUUCGUUCCAGGUUCGACAGCCCAGAGGGAUCGGCCGAGAUCUACGAAAACGAACCGUCCGGCACAGUGGUGAAACGUCUGCAGGCCAGGAGCACGUCGUCCCUGCUUUUUGAACUCGUAGACGGCGACACGUAUAACCUGUUCGCUAUAAAUCCGAGUACUGGAGUGCUGAUCACCCGACGGCAGUUAGAUUACGAAUCGUGUCACGUGUACAACCUGAGCAUCACGGCUACGAACAUGGUAUGCACACAUGAUGGGUACUUGUAUAAGUCUAUGAUUAUACGGUACCUUUUCAGCGGUUGUUUGGAGUAUAAACCGCGACUCCAACGGACGAUAUAUUACAAUCUUCUACAUCCUCUUAGUUUUAUUAGCUAUGUUCUUAUUCUUGCGCUACACAUCCUCCUGUCCAUCAUAACACUUCCCGGUUUAACGUAAAAUCAAUUUUUCUUCGAUUUAUCCCUACCGCGACUUUCAUCUACACGUGACUCAUUUAUAUCUUCCUGGCCAACAUCAUUGCUCUCAUUUUUCUGCUACCUUCUACCCGAUAUAUUUUGUCUUCAGCAUUGUUACACGGCAUAAAUAUUCUAUGUACACAUUAUAGGCCGGUUCGAAAGCUAUGUGCCACGUAUCGGUGCACGUGCUCGACAGAAACGAUAAUUCACCCGUAUUAGUCAACACCAGUUACAAGGGCGUCAUUAGCGAAGCGGCACCGAUAGGCUCGCUGGUCCUAUUGAACGACACGUUGCCAAUGUUAAUCAAAGCCGUGGACGCCGAUUCCGGAUCCAACGGUUUGCUGCAAUACGAAAUAGUGGAAUUCGCUCAAAGUCGAAUGUUUCAUGUAGUUUCGAACACGGGUAUGCCUUGGCCACCGUUCUGCUUGGACAAUACAGACUAUUUGCACUACUAAAUUCCCGGUCGUUGUUUGCUUACAGGCGCUAUUAGAACUACCGCGUUGUUGGAUUAUGAGACUUCGCCGAACAUAACGUUCCACGUCAGGGUGAUCGAUCAGGGCAACCCGAGACGUACGUCCGACGUACUUGCCAAAGUAUUCAUCACCAUUUUGGACGUAAACGAUUGUCCACCGAUUUUCACGAGUUUCGAAUACAACACGUCAGUACUAGUACCCACUUACGUUAACGUGGCCGUUGUUCAACUAAAUGCUACUGACGGCGAUUCGGAAAAGCAAACGAAGUUAACGUACUCAAUUGUUAGCGGAAAUGAAGCAAACGUCUACACAAUCGACGCUGAUAGGGGACUCAUAACAGUUAGGGAUCCGAAUUUAGGCAUCAAGUCGAGUCCUCAUAGUCUGGCCGUUUCCGUCUCUGACGGCAAAUAUUCCAGCCAAUCGUAAGAUUUCUAGAUGAUUUUUCGUGUUUACCAUUAGUAAUUUCAAACUAUAGAAUUAUAUUAUAAGAAAUAAUAUAUGUGUUUUUUUAGAAACGUAAACAUCCGUUGGUAUCGAAGUGAAGACUCCAGUCUUAAAUUCCAAAAACCCAUUUAUUAUGCAACCGUUAUGGAAAACGAUACAAAAGACAGAUUUCUAUGUGCGGUUACUGUUAUCGGAGCACAUCUCAAUGAACAUUUACUGUUUUCCAUUUCAAAUCCGAGCAGAUAUUUUCAGAUCGGAUCGACUACGGGAAUAUUGAGGACAACAGGAAUAGCUUUUGACCGGGAAGUAAAAGAAAUCUACCAAAUUAUUGUUCAAGUACAUAAUUAAUUAAAUUCAUUAGUUUAUCUUUUAUCUUAAACAUUAUACUUUUUAAUGUUAAGGUCCAAAGCAUGGAUGGUGAUAGUGAUUCGUUAAGAGUUGCCCAUGUUCCAAUUAAUAUAACCGUUUUAGACAUUAACGACAAUGCACCAAUGUUUGUCAACUUGCCAUACUAUGCAAUUGUAUCUAUUGAUGCUAAAAAAGAUGAUCUCGUUACAAAGGUAACUUAAACUAACCAUUAAACAAAAUAGUUUCCAAAUUUGUAUUUGUUAUUUAAUCACCAUUCACCUGUAUAUUUUUUCAGGUGCACGCUGUAGAUUUGGACCAAGGUGAAAAUGCUGCCGUUCGUUAUGAACUAACCAAAGGACCGGGUGAAUUGUUUAACGUCUCCAGGAGUACUGGAGAGAUAUUUUUAAGACAUAAUUUUGAAGGUCAAAACAAUGGACGCAUAAGCGAAUUCAAAUUGACUGUCGCUGCGUUUGAUGGAGGUAGUUUGCAACAAUAAUAUAUCCUAUUUGAAUAACAAUCAUUAAUGUUUAAAAAAAUAAAUAUAGGUCUACAAUCUUAUUCAACUGAAGUAGAAGUCAAUGUCAAAGUCAUGGAUCGAUCAAUGCCUGUGUUUGACAAACAAUUUUACUCUGUAUCUGUACCAGAAGAUAUUGAUCUCUAUGCUCCUUUACCAUUAUCCAUUAGAGCUGAUUCGCCAAUGGCCAGAAAAUUAAUAUACAGUAUUAUAGCUGGAAAUACAUUUGAAGAAUUUGCCAUAGAUUUCAAUACUGGUUAGUUUUGUUUUGAGUUAUUAUUUUUUCCUUUAGCAAUCAAAUAACCACUCUUCAUUAUUAUCUUAAGCUUAAUGGUGAAGGACAGUAAACACUUGAUUUAUAAUAUUGUUAUAAUAAUUCACACCUUUAUAAAACACUUACUAUUUGUUUUUUAUUUCUUUUCUUGGUGCUCUCAACAGCUGAUGAUUACGGUGGUACCAGUGAGUACACAUUAGUUAUUCUAUUGUGUGUGUUAUGGGCUUUUUUUCAGUCUAGAUAGACACCUGAGAUAGAAUUUGGACAUCAUGGAUAAAAACUUAACAAAAUUCUACUUCUGUGCACAACUAAUCUUUUUCCACAGCUUUAAUACAAAUAUUAAAUUUGCAAUUUCAUUUUUGAUAUGACCAAGUUUUCUCGGGUGUUUUGACAUUUAUUUUUUUUUUUUUUUUGUCUUCAGUUGUAUGUUUGCAUUUGAUUGUAAUCUUUAAUCUUUUUAAAUCAUACAGCUUUGGUUUGCUUAAAACACAAAUUAGCUAAAUACAUGAAUGUUUAAUUGGGAAAAUAUGUUGUAUGGAUUAUGUUUAUUUACCAAUGAAGUUAACUUUAAUGAUUUGUAAAUAGGCUUAUUGUAUGCUGUUGAUAAUUUGGAUUAUGAACAAGUGCAACAUUAUACAUUAACUGUUAGAGCUACUGACAGUGUAUCUGGAGUAUCAGCAGACGUGUUGGUCAGUAUAAUGGUAAUGGAUGUAAAUGAUUGUGCUCCUGAAUUCAUUCAAGACUCCUAUAACAUUUCUAUAUCUGAAUCAGCAUCGUUUGGUUCAUUUAUUUUAAAAGUAACUGCUACUGACAAUGAUACUGGUAAGGAAUUAUUACUUCUUAGGAAUAAAUUUAAUACCUGAUUAUUUAUGUAUAUUAUGUAAUCAUUUUAUAUUAAUAGAUAUAAAUCGGAUGAUUAAAUAUUCAAUAAAAAAUGGUGAAGAAAACUCUACCGAUUUCUUUCACAUAGAUGUUAAAGAAGGUUCAAUAUAUCUGAAACAAUCAUUAGACCACGAAACACAGCCUCUUCAUCAUGUCAUAUUAGAAGCAACUGACUCGGGACUACCGUCUCUAAGUACUAUCACUCACCUUUGGAUCACCGGUUUGAAUAUAUUAUUAUUAUUUUCUUUAUAGCUAUCUUUUCAUUAUUUAUAAUACAAUAAUUGGAUUUCAGUUUUGGAUGUUAAUGACAAUGCUCCUAAAUUUGAACAAUCUUCCUAUUCGUGUUGGUUAUCAGAAGAUGCUGAAAGAGGCCAAUUUGUAACUAUGGUCACUGCUACUGAUCCAGACAUCAUUGAUCAUUCACGUUUAAUGUACGGCAUAACGGGAGGAAAUAAUCAACAAAUGUUUGAUAUUAACCCAAAGUCUGGUAUGAAUAAAAUAAUAAAAUAAUAAUACUAAUGAUAAUAAUCAUAUACAAUAUAAAUAUGUACAGGUAUCAUAAUUGUUUCAAACUUGAAUAAGUUAACAACUGUAAAUGAACAUGUACUCAAUGUAUCAGUUAGUGAUGGAGUUUACACAAGUUUUUCGAGAGUUAGAAUUGAAAUAGUGUCAACUAACAAACACAGUCCAAUAUUUGAAAAAUUCCAAUACGAUGGUCGUAUUUUGGAGAAUAAGCCUGCAGGCACUGAAAUUAUUCGCGUACAAGCAAUAGAUAAUGAUACAGGUCCAUAUGGUGAAGUGAGCUACUCGAUACCAUCAAAAAAGAUGUCAAAAAUAUUUAGUAUAAACAAUAUUACUGGUAUGUAACGGCUAAUUUAAAAUUAUAUUACACACAACAAUAACAUGUUUGUAUAAUUUAUAUAGGUGAAAUUGUAUCAAGGAUGACGCUAGACCGUGAGCAUACAUCACUAUACGAGAUCAGUGUUUUGGCUUGUGAUCAAGGCGCUAGAUGUGGAUUUACUUUAGUUCGAAUUCGGGUGAGUGAUGAAAAUGACAAUUCACCAAGGUUCCUUUUGCCAGAAUACAAAACAUGCAUACACAGCUCCUUACCAAUCAACACAGGAUUUCUCACGGUAUAAUAACAAAAUUAUAUUUCCUGUCAUUCAGCUUACUUUACAUCUUUGUUUAAAUGGAUAGGUUAAAGCUGUUGAUGAUGACCAAGAACCAUCUGGUCAAAUUACUUAUUCAAUCAAUGACAUUGAACCCAGUGACAUUACAAAACUAAUGUCUGUCAAUAAGUACACUGGUGUACUUGUCCUUCAAAAAUCAGUUGAAUCUUUAAGUAAGAACCAAAUUGAAUUUGGAUUUUAAACAAUUAAUAUAUCUAUGUAUAUAUUUAAGAUGGAUCAAUUAAUACAUAUUUCAUUAAUUUGUUUAGAAAACAAUGUAUAUCAAUUUUUCAUACGAGCAACAGAUAGUAGUAUACCACCAAGACAAUCAGACGUUCCUAUUGAGCUAUUUGUGUUAUCACCUGAAGAUCAUCCGCCAGUGUUCCUACAAGAAGACCAGAAAUUCAAUUUAACAGAAAAUGCUCCUAUCGGUAUUUUUAUAUAUAUAAAAAUUGCUAAACGAUACAAUAUAAACUUAAAUUUUUAAUUGAAUAGGCACCAUUGUAACUACUGUAAAAUUAGUGUCAGAAGGGGAAACUAAGUUCAGAAUUACUGCUUCUGAAGAGACCUCCAAACUGUUUACAAUCAAUGAUAAAGGUCAAAUUACUACAACUGGAUUUUUGGAUAGGGAAAAACAAGCAUUUCACAUACUUGGAGUGUUCGCGUUUACUGAAUCAUCACCUCCAUUAACUGCAUUAACUGAAGUCUAUGUUAAAGUAUUAGAUGAAAACGAUAAUGCACCAGAAUUUGACAAUGACUUAUAUAUCGCCAAAAUAUCAGAAGCUAUUGCUGAAGGCACAACAGUAGUUAAAAGUAAUGCAAUAUUAAUUUUUUAAUUAUUAUUUAUAUUAUUUAUAACCUCUAUAUUUUGUAUUUAUAGCUCGUGCGAUUGACUUAGAUGAAGGAAAAAAUGCUGAAGUCAAAUACUUAAUAAAUUCUAAAUCAAAUGUACCAUUUGUUAUUGAUCAAUAUUCGGGGUCAAUUAGUGUUUCUGUAUCAAACUUGGAUCGAGAAGUGAAAUCAUCAUAUAUUUUUGAUGUGAUGGCUUUUGAUGGUGGAACACCAUCGCUUAACUCAACUGUAAAAAUACACAUAUCUUUAGUUGACUAUAAUGAUAAUCCAUCACAUUUUUCUGAAUCUAUGUAUUCAGCAUCAGGUACAAUUUAAACUUGGAAUUUCAAUUUAUAACAAUAUUUUACUGAGCUUUUUUUAUUUUAUAGUUGAAGAAGAUUCACUGCCAGGAACAGUCGUAGUCCAAUUGACAUUAGUAGACAAUGAUAACGAAUUACCAUCCACAUUAAUGUACUACAUUCGCGACGGAGAUGUGCAUUCAAAAUUUGCUAUUCGAUCAACUGGUGAAGUAUAUGUUGCCAAUACAUUAGAUCGAGAAACUUUAGACAAAUAUCAACUUACGAUACUAGUUACCGACGGAAAAUAUGUAUCAACUACACAGCUAUAUAUCUCCGUCACAGAUGUUAAUGGUACAUCAUAAAUCAUCAAUAAAAUUAAUUCAAAACUAAAAAUUAAUUUAUAUUGUAUUUUAUUAUUAGAUGAAAAACCUUACUGCCUUCACUACCGCUACAGGAGAAUGCUUUCGGAAGGAGCACCAAUCGGCAGUAUAGUUUUAAAAAUUGAAGCUCGUGAUGUCGAUUUAAAUCCAAAAUUACGUUAUUAUUUAACUGGUCAUGGAGCAGAACACUUUAGUUUAGAUAUAGAUAAUGGUAAUUUUAUAUUUCUGUAACUUGAUCUUAUUUAAUAAUUUGUCUAGUUAAAUACAAUUGUCGCUAAAUAUUAAAUCAUUAAAUAAUUAUGUAUUUACUUAAAGGGUUAUUGAAAACUGCAGUUUCACUAGAUCGUGAACAACAAUCACGGUACAAUUUGGAUGCUCACGUACAAGACAGAGAGAAAAGUGACUGGGAAUGUGUAUCAAAAGUUGAAAUUACAAUGUUGGAUAUAAAUGAUAAUGCUCCAAUAUUUAUUGCUAAUAACAAUAAUACUGCUUCGCUAUCAGAAGAUGCACAAAUUGGUACUAUUGUCAUCAAGAUGCAUGCAACUGAUGCUGAUAUUGGUAAAUUAAAAUUGAAAGGUACAUAAAUACCAUUGAACAUCCAUAGCAAAUAUAUGUACUUUUGGCCUAGGUUUAAAUCGAAAACUCAAAUAUUCUUUGCAAGAUUCAGCAGAAAAUUAUUUUAUUAUAUCACCUGAUAGUGGUAUUGUAACAUUAGCUAAAAAAUUAGAUCGUGAGACUUGUGAAAUAUAUAAUAUUACUGUUAAAGCCAUUGAUCACGGUACUCCACCUCUUUUUAGCCUUACUGAAUUAAAAGUUAUUGUAUUAGACGUCAAUGACAACCCACCUAUAUUUGUACAAAGGUAAAUAAGCUCAAAAUUCAUCUGUAGUUUGUGUAAUUUCAACUCAUUUACUAAUUUCAUUCCAGAACAUACUAUGCUACGGUUUCUGAAAUUGCACCCAUUGAUACUGAAGUGACCAGAGUUUUAGCUACAUCACUCGACUCUGGCAAAAAUGCAGAAGUAGUGUAUUCUAUUGCCGGCGGUAAUGAGCACAAUAAAUUUUCAAUAAAUCCAGAAACUGGUGUAAUUAGUGUGUUUGAGAUGCUUGACUAUGAAAGGAUACGUGACUAUUUGCUCACAAUACAAGCAACAGAUCUUGGUGAACCGCCACUAAACAAUCAGGCAAUAGUAAACAUCACAAUUUUGGAUGCUAAUGACAAUGCGCCAAUAUUUGGUCAAUUAGCAUAUACCACUCAAAUCAGUGAAGAUGUACACAUAGGUGAAGUUGUUAUUAAAGUUUCGGCGACUGAUUUAGAUAGCGAACUAAAUGGAAAAAUACGUUAUGCCCUGGUAAAAGGAGAUCACCAUCAACAGUUUGCUAUUGACCCUUUUACUGGUAACAUAACAGUGGCCAAACCUUUAGAUCGAGAACAGGUAUUUAAGAUUUUUCUAUUCUCAAUUUAUUACAAUAUAAAUGUAUUAUAAAUAUAUCAUAAAUAUUUUGUUUUUUUCAUUAAAUCUUUUUCCAACAAUUAAAAUAUUGAUGUAUACCUUCUAAAUACAAUUUAUUAUCUCCAGGUGUCUACCUAUAAUCUACAAAUUAGAGCAACUGAUUCUGGUGUUCCUGAACUCAUGAGUUUUGCUUUAGUACAAGUGCAAAUAAAUGAUGUUAAUGACAAUCCACCACUAUUUUCACAACACAAUUAUUCAGCAUUCGUCCAUGUAAGGAUAAUAUUAUACAUAUACACUUAUAUACAUACAUUCAUACAUACAUACAUAUAUACACACACAUAUAUUAGGUAUUCCUAUUUGUAUUAUGUAACAUAGGUGUAUUUAUUUUAUUCAGGAGGACAAAAAACCCGGUUGGAUCGUUUGCCAACUUUCUGUAACUGAUGCAGACUUACCACCUAAUGGGGGACCAUUCACAUAUGAAAUCCACAACAAUGACGAUGGUAAUGCAUUUAGCAUUGAUCCUGACGGUACAGUUAGAACUGCUUCACAACUUGACCAUCGUUUUCAACAGAACUAUAAACUGGCCAUAAGUGUUUUUGACAAUGGUAAGCCAUUACUACAUUCAGACACGUGGCUUCAUAUUAAGGUACCUAUAAAAAAAAACUUAUAUUUUACAAAUUAACUUUAUAAUCUGUGUUUUAAAACAGCGGUUUCCAACUUUUUUAUGGGUCCUAUGUAUUGAAAUUACCCAUGGACCAUUCAACAUAAUAACCUUUUUUUUAUUUUGAUAAGUUUAAAAUUAUGGCACCCUUUAUUAUUAAAACUCCGUAGUUAUAAGCAUUAAUUAAUACACAACAGUAAAAUUAAAUAUAUAUAGUUUCUAUUUUUAUAAUUAUUUAUGAAUUACUAAUGACAUUUUUUUUUUUUACUUAUUAAAACAUUUCUUCAUAUACCACUUACAAGCUUUAUGCGUACCACAGAUUGAGAACCGCUAUUGUUUUAAAAUAUUACAUAAAUUAUUGACUAACUUAAAACAUUUUUUCUAAUUGUAUAAUUUUGUAAUUAUUAUCAUUCAGGUAAUUGAAGAAUCACAAUUCCCACCUGUUAUAACACCUUUAGAAGUGUGGGUAGGAUCGUGGCAAGACCGGUGGGAAGGAGGAUCAUUAGGACGUGUGCAUGCUACUGAUCAAGAUGAAUAUGAUACAUUAGCGUAUUAUGUGAUGAAUCACAAAGAAUUGUUCAAAAUUGAAGAACGAUCGGGUGAGAUUAGAGCGCCUCAAGGAUUGGAUGCUGGCUAUUAUUCCAUUAAUGUAUCAGUAAGCGAUGGUAAAUUUUUGUCAUACUCCACGAUUAAUGUUGCUGUUGACUCAUUAACUGACGACAUGUUAAACGAAGCCAUCAGUAUAAGGUAUAAUUGAAUCAAUACAAAUGAAGAUAUUUUACAACUAAUGAAUUCAUAAUUAUGUUAAAGGUUGAAGUCUGUUACGCCACAACAUUUUAUAUCUAGUCAAAAGAAAAUAUUGAUGCGCACAUUGAAAUUGAAUUUGGGUAAGGAUGUAAAUUUAAUCAGCAUUCAAGACGCACCCCAGGGAAAUUUAGACAUAUUACUGCAUGUCCGUGGAGUAAGUUGAAAGAAUUAAAUUGUUUUUAUUAUAUAAACAUUUGAGUGAAUAGUUUAAAGAUGAAAAAAAAAUUAAAUAAUAUCAAUGUCAACCAUAUUAAAUUUUCUAGGGGACUGAUUUAAGUACCAUGCAUACUGCCCUGCAGAAAGCUGGCUUAAUAAUAUCAAAUAAUGUACUGCCUUGUAAUUGUACACCUGGCCAGGGUGUUUGUAGUCAGCACAUCACUUGGCUACCAGACCAGGUCCAGACAACAGUUACAGAUAUGGUGACAUUUGUGGCACCUGCCCAUACCCAUCAACCGCACUGCUCUUGCCGACUGGGUUUUGCUGGCAAAUGGUGCGAAAACAAAAUGGCAACAGAGUGUCCAUGUUCUGUAGACGAAAUUUGUGUACCGGAUAAUGAAAUUGAUGGGACAUAUAAGUGUGAUAAACCACGGGGUGUUGGUGACCGCUGUUUAGCUGGCAAUGAGAUUGCUUGUUGGCCCCCGUUGUUUUCUAACUUACACAUAACUUGGAUACAAUUGACUGCUGCUGCUGCUGCCAUAGUCUUUAUUAUUAUGGUCAUAUGUGUGUUGAUUAUAUGCAGGUGAGUCACUCUCUUUGUCAUCUGCAUUUAUAUUGAUUCUUGUUCGUACACAAAAAAAUUUCCCUUACACAAUUCAUUGUCAAUUUUAGAAAGUGUCGUGUUAAACGUCGAAAUGCUCGUCGCAACAAAAAUAUUAACAUGCUAAACACAGAAUUCAAAAGAACCACAAAAAUUAACAACUUAGAAGUAGCACAGGUACAUUUAUAGUUUACACAUCAUAGUAAUGUUCUUCUUAAUAUAUAUUACUAUUGUUAUCAUUUUACAUUGUUUUAAUUUUUUUUAGCGACCUGUGUCUUAUACAGCUAUAGCAAGCAACCCAGAAGCAGCAUACAUGGCUGCUGUGACUUCAAAUCAACUAAACAAUUUAGAUACACUGAGGAGCUAUGGCUCAGCUGGCGACGAACUAGAAAAUGUUCCUCUUGAUUACUUACGUAACUUGAACCGUGGCAAUAACAAUAAAAUAAUGAAUGGUAGGUAAAGGUUAGAAUAAUUAAAAAAUAAUGAUCACGUUAAGGCAAAUAUAAAAUAUAUGUUAAUUUUAUGUAAAUAAUUUGAAUAAUUAAUCCACAUAUCAUCCCAUUGAAAUAUAAAAAUAAAAAACUUGCAAAAGUUUUCUAAAUCUCAUUCCAUGUUUUUUUUUUUAUAGACCUCAAAGCAAUUCCGGAUGUUACCCGAGUGCCUAGAAGGUCCAUGCACUGUCCUGAAGAAGAUACAAAAAUAUUAGGUGGUUACCACUGGGACUGUUCGGAUUGGGUGCGCCGCAGUCAAAACCCACUGCCCAAUAUCAGUGAAGUACCUGGUAGUGAAGUGCCCGAUUCUUCUAGUUUUCACAGUGACAGCAACGACGAAGUGCACCACCAUAUCAUAGGUAAAUUUCAACUAUGUAAAAAAAUGCUCAAUGCUCAUCAUUAACAAUACUCAAUAAUAGAGUUAAGCGAGUACUCGACUUUGAAAAUAUGUCUGUUGUUAGUUAGAUUAUUGGUAGAAAAGUUGUCCACAGGAAAAAAAAAAUUGUAAUAUUAUACUAAUAUAUUUCGUACAUUUUCCUGUUUUUUCCAACUUUUUUGGUUUUUCGCAUUUGAUGAGAAAACUCUUAUAAAAUCGAAAAAUGAUCUCUUUAAAGUACCUUCCCACACAGAUUUCCUUUUUCGAAAAAGUGCUACACAUAAAAAUUAGAGAAAGUCCUCUGGUAGAAAAAUUGUCCAUAGAAAAAAAAUAGUUUUAAUUUAACAGUAACUAAUCAAAUUUUUUAUUUAAUAAGACAUCUAUUAUGUACUCAUAUUCAGUAUAAUCAUAUAUAUUAUACUCUAUAAUAAAUAUGUCUAUGUGCGAAUACUCGCUUAUUUUCGAAUACUCGUCAAUUUUCGAGUAUUUAACUGUACAACUCAACAUUAAUAAAACCUUACUUGUCCAACCCUAAUCAAUAAUAAUUCUUAAUGUGUUUUUUUUUUUUCUAUGCCAAACAGACCCAGCCAGAGAUUUGGAAACACUCGACGAAGAGCUAUAUUUAUCAUAUCGCAGUGAAGAUGAUGAUGUUGUCACAUACGGUUUCCCACAACGAUAUCCAAGCCAGAGUGAACUUUCUACCAAUGUAUGUGAAAUUGAAGACCCAGAUAUGCCCAUGUCUACGGCUGUAUGA